AAAAGUAAGUACACCUUCUGAUAGCAGCGGAAUGACUGAUUGUUACAUUUUUAUAAACUAGUUUGAUUAAAAAAAUAAUAAUAAUACAGCUCGUCAUGUACAAUGACUGUAGAUAGUGUGAAUAUAAACUUAACAGUUCAGUCCAUGGGUCUAAAUGAAAAAAGGCACGCAUUCAUCUGCACAGAAUAGGAAAACUACCUCUCUGUAUUUGGGGGUAAAUAACUAUUGGGAAUAAUAGUUCCUGUUGUAUGCAGAGCGUGAAAACUCUGUCUAAAUCAGAUAUUCUCUGUUCAUAAUCCUAGUUUAGCCUAGGCCUACACCCACACAUAUUUUGGAAUAUUCAGAAUCCAACUGUUUAAAGAUAUUCUGCUUGUAGAGUAAAAUGGGUUUAUUGCAUACCAUUUUUAAAGGACCACUAUAGUGCCAGGAAAACAAACUCCUUUCCUGCCACUAUAGAGUCUUUAGGUCCCCUCCACCUUAAGGGUCCCACUCCCGCUGGGCUGAUGGGGGUUAAACACUUGCCUUUCUCCAGCGGCGGGCUCCCUCAGCGCUGGGGAAAUCUCCUCCCUCUGCCAAUGUCAGCUUAAUGCUUUCCUGUGGACGUCCAGAGUCUUCUCAGGUAGACAGCCACUAGAGACUGCAUUAGCCCUAGUGUGAACGUAGCAGUUUCUCUGAAACUGCUUUGUUUACAGCUGCUGGGUUUAACACUAGAUGGACCUGGCACCCAGACCACUUAAUUGAGCUGAAGAGGUCUAGGUAUAGUGGUCCUUUAAGGAUCCAUAUAAAUUCCACCAUGGAACUGGUGGACAAUGCAUCUUCUUUCCCAAUGCUGCACUCUUAUAAUAUGUUACUAGAUAGCUGAACUUUCACUUUUGUGGACAAUGUUAAUUUUUUGCACCAUAACCACUACAGCUUGUUGUAUUGGUUAUUGUGAAAUUACUCUUUUGGGUGCAUUCUCUCCAUUUUGUCAAAAUGUUUCCAAGUGGAUGCUAUCCUGGCAUCCAAAGUCUGGCUCCUCUCCUUCCACUAACGUAAUGCAGAAGUUUCAAAGAAAUAAUGGGGUGUAAAUGCUAGGUCUGGCUCAGAGGAGCUCAAAUAAGGUUUGUUAGAAACCAAACACUCCUUGCAACAUAACCACUAAGCUUUAGGGAUCGACUGAUAUUAAUUUUUAUGGGCCGAUACCCAUUAUAUCUGGCCUUUUGGGCAGAUAGUCAGUAACUGGUACCGUUUUUCUUCCCUCCUCCCUGUCUUGUACAUGUUGCCAGGUAGGGGGAGGACAGAGGGUGCAACAGGGCUAAAAGUUUUAUUUAUAUAAUUUAUAAUAAAAAAAAAAAAAACUUUAUUUUAUCGCCCCCUCCCCCUGUCUUUUACCUGUAGCUAGGGAGGGGGACUUUACACUCCCUGGUGAUCCAGUGGCUUUUUGCAGGCUGGUAGGGGGUCUCACAUUUAGAGGGGGCGACUAGCAUCCAGGACACACUAUCUUUGGUUUCCGGCUGGUUCUUUCUCAAACUGGUAACCCACGGCAUCGCUUUGGUAGCCUGGGGCUUCCGAUAGAUGGAGAGAGGACUGCUAGAAACAGAAGAUAGUGUGUCCUAGAUCCCACUUGCCCCCUCUAGAAUGUGAGUGGCCCAACAUUAUUGGCAUUGCCGGUAUCAUUUAUACCGAUGCUGAUAUUUGCCAAAAUUCCGAUAUCGGCUGAUAUUAUCGGCCAAACUGAUAAUCGAUCAAUUCCCUACUAAGCUGAAGUGGCAACAGUGCAUUGAGUGUCUUUUUCAAACCAUGCAUUUACAAAGUUGUUACAUAGAGUGUAAUAAUACAAUAAAUAAAUUGAUGGCUCUCUAACAGCCAAUGGGUUAUGAUUUAGGCAUUACCUAUUUGUGUUCAACUAAGGAUAUCUGUAAACCACGGGCUGUUAGUGAAUUGUGAAAACACUACUAUACAGGAGGAAUGCAUUAGAGGCUUGUAACAUGAAUACAUUUACUUGAGGCAUAGUGGAAAAGCUGUUAUUGGGUCAUGUUGAAAGAGCUUAUUGGGUCAUGCUGUUAAUCCUUAAUUAAGCCCCAUCCAUGACGUCUCUCCUAGAAUGUCAUCCUUUGGAAGGGUCCUUAAAGAGACACUAUAGUUACCAGAACAACUACACCUUAAUGCAGUUGUUCUGGUGAGUAUAAUCAUGAGAUGCAGCCAUUUUCAUGCAAACCCUGUCUUUUCAGAGAAAAGGCAGUGUUUACUUACAUUGCCCCUAGGGACACCUCCAAGUGGCCACUCCUCAGAUGGCCACUGGAGGUGCUUCCUAGCUCAGUGCUGCACAGUAGGCAGCACUGCCGUUCAGCGCCUCCACGCUCUGCAUGGGGACGCUGAAUUUUCCUCAUAGAGAUGCAUUAAUUCAAUGCAUCUCUAUAAAGAAGUGCCGAUUGGCCAAAACUGCGUAUGACCCCCGCCCCUUGCCAGUUUUAGCCAAUGCAAUGCUUUCCCCAUGGGAAAACCCUGGACUGGGUAAAAAUCAGCAAUUCUGACGAUGUCACAAAGGGGGCGGGACCAGCGCCGGCGGAACCGCGCAGUGCUGGAAAUAAGGUGAGUUUUAUUAACUUUUAAAGGGGCUGAUGGGGUGCAAGUCACCUAAAUGGUGGGUUUUGCACUAUAGGUUCAGGAAUACAUGUUUGUGUUCCUGACCCUAUAGUAUUCCUUUAAAUAAAUCUGGAGGCUGUGUGGGUAGAAUUCUGAUUACCAUGAAGAUUUGCAAACUAGGACAGUUUAGGUCAGGAUGACUCCACACUCCUUAAGCAAAUAUACUAGUUUACUUUAACAUAGCUUACAGAUGUAUAUAGCCUAGAGGUACAGAUAUAUAACAUAGUACAGUGAAGAAAUCUAUGAUCCCAGCAGCUGUUAAUGUGCUUCUACUGUAAUAUCUGAGUUGGCGUAAUCUAUUUGGGAUAAAUGCUUUUUUUUUUUUUUUUUGUCCUUUUCCUUCAUUUCUAAUUGAAUUUACUGAUAUACAUUGUUUUAUUUUUUUAGCGGGGAUCUGACGAGCUUCUCUCUUCUGGUAUCGCUAACGGGCCUCUUACCAUGAGCCAUUCCACUCCAGCUACAGGUACAGUGAGAGUCUUGAAGAGCCCAGCGUGCUGUGUGCUUUGCUGGUCUCUAAUUUCGUACUAAAAUUUCCAAAUAUUUCUAUUAGUCUAGAAGUAGGGGCUCCAUAUCAACGGCACUCUGUAGCUCGAUAAGUCCGUAUACAUAGAAAUCAAUGGGACCUAUAUGUUGUUUAUGCCCAUGCAGCAUUAAUAUUAACAAAUGACCUUGCCUGACCUGCAGCUUCUACCUAACCCCAUAUUUGUACCAUUUGCAGUUUUCCACAUUAACCUGCAUUACGCUUUAUUUAUUUUUUAUGCCAUGCCUUCUCUGCCUUGCACACCCCUCCUCUAGUGUGGUAUGUUCAUGUCACAAACUAAUGGAUAGACAUAACUUAAUAUAUUAGUAACCAUAUUUGUAGCAAUAUUUUAAUAUUUGUCACAAAGUAGGUGUACUUCAGUACUCUGAUUGAGGUUUAGACUAUUCUUGUUUAUUAUUAUUAUUAAAAUUUGGUAUUUAUAUAGCGCCAGCAUAUUCCAUGGCGCUUUACAAUAUUAUCAGAGGAGGCGAUUUAAAAAUAAAUUAGACAAUUACAAAAACUUACAGAAACAAUAGGUUGGAGAGGACCCUGCUCAAACGAGCUUACAGUCUUAUGUUAGUACAUACAUGUUUUUAGAUACAGGCGGAUCCUCCUCCAUAUACUUGUCUAAUAAAUUCCUACAUAAUUUAUUCCAUUCUACAGGUAAGAACUGCCUGUCAUUACUUUCAGGAUAUAACAAAAUGCAGUUGUGACAUUUAAUAAACAUGUACUCUCCUCCCAUAAUAUCGUAGUAUUAUAAAAUGUUCAACUGUAUUAUAUAUUCACUGGUUUAUAUUAGUUUUUUUUUUUUUUUGCUGAUUGGUCCUUUUUUACCGAGUUUGUUGAGACGCCAAAGUCACCUUUUGUCUUUGAACAUACCGUGCUUUUAAUUUCAUACUAUGGGUGUAGGUAUAUUAGCCACUAAUCCAUUACUUAAGCUGUGGUAAAUGCAUGAUGUGCCCUUUUAAUAUAUUAUAAUGGUAUUACUUGCUGUUGGGCUAUGGCUACACCUUUUUCCUGCGGGCUUGGUAGGAUUCAGUGAUCGUUAUACAGUAGCUCUUUGAAAGGUGGUUGUACAGAUACUACUUAAGCAGAUUCAGUAGUGUUGUAUCAGUCUAGCUUGCCUGAAUUACUAGCCAGUUGUUUUUUUUUUUUUUUAUGUUUGAAAGAUGUAUGGUAUACCACUGAUAUUGAAGGAGUGAAUUGUGAAUGUGUGUGAUUGUCUGUCUGAUUCUUAAUAUAUAGUGUGCUUUUGUAUGUUAUGUUUUAAGGUAAAACAAAAAUAAUAAUUUUAUAAACCGUAUUUUUACCUUGAAAUUGAAUUGAGACUGAAGCUUGAAUGGAGGUUGUUAUCGCUGAUUUCUCUAACUGGCAACAGGAGAAGACUCCUAACUUUAAGUGUGUUUGUAGUGUUGAUCUGUGUGUGAGUGUGUUGUAUCUACUUCAAAAUUAAAUAUGGUGGUAAAUCCAUAAUUGUUACAGAAAAUAAUGAAAUCGGUAGAUGUCAGUUGUGAUGUCUCUAAUGGCUUUGGCUAUCAGCACUAUCUAAGUUUUGUCCUGUAUUAAAAGCAAGAAAAAAAGUAUAAAAUGUUUCUCGUAUGUUGGCUUGUGCUUUGUCCCCUUUUGACAACGAACAUUUAAACAAGGACAAACUCUUAUUACUGUAUAUGUCCAUGUCUAUUUUAUGCAGCUCAGUGCAAUAAAUUUACAUGAUUAACAAAUGAAGAAAACAUUCCUUCUUUGGGGCGUUUAUUUGCAAUUCAUAGUUUAUUGUAUAGUGGGAUUAAAGGACCACUAUAGUGCCAGGAAAACAUACUCGUUUUCCUGGCACUAUAGUGCCCAGAGGGUGCCCUCACCCUCAGGGACCUCCUCCCGCCCGGCUCUGGAAGGGGGAAAGGGGUAAAAACUUACCUUUUUCCAGCACUGGGCGGAGAGCUCUCUGCCUCCUCUCCUCCUCCGUUACGCCCCGCCGGCUGAAUGCGCACGCGCGGCAAGAGCUGCGCGCGCAUUCAGCCGGUCGCAUAGGAAAGCAUUUACAAUGCUUUCCUAUGGACGCUGGCGUGCUCUCACUGUGAAAAUCACAGUGAGAAGCACGCAAGCGCCUCUAGUGGCUGUCAAUGAGACAGCCACUAGAGGAUUAGGGGGAAGGCUUAACCCAUUAAUAAACAUAGCAGUUUCUCUGAAACUGCUAUGUUUAUUAAAAAAUGGGUUAACCCUAGCUGGACCAGGCACCCAGACCACUUCAUUAAGCUGAAGUGGUCUGGGUGCCUAGAGUGGUCCUUUAAGCUUAAAAUAAUACCUAAUAAUUUGUUCUGUUUGAUUAAAUACCUUAUUUCUUAAAGUGUCACGUCUUGUUGUUUUUAUUUUUUAUUUAUUGUAUUUUGUCUCAAACUUUUGCAUUCCUAAAGUUAACUAAACUGCAUUUUUCCCCUUAACUGCAUUUAAAGAAUACAGUGCAGGUUGUUUUUAAGAUACAUUUUAAAGCCUCAAUAUUUGAUUGAUGACAUGUAGUCUGAUCAAUUCUCACUCAUGGUGAGUGACCAUAGAUUUUACAUUCAGACGAAGACACUCUAAACAACAUAAUCAAUGCAAUACAAUGAAGCUCAGUGUAGUAGUUAGGCUGCCAAUAAUCGCUUGGCUCCUUUACUUGGUUCUUCUCAACAGUUUGACAAAAACUGGUGCUCUCCACAGGACCCAGAGACUACCUCUUUCUCAGUCACAGCACCUAUCAUACAUAUACAUAGAACAUGUUAGAAGUUUAUUUUACAGAUAAAUUAGCUGUAACACUUCAGACGUUGUGAAAUGCAACUAUAAUCAUUGCCUGGUCAGUGCAAGGUAGGAGAUUGGGUGCACAGAUCGGACGAUCUCUCACUUCCUCGAUAGUGGACUGUGUUAUCCACUCUGUGGAUAAAUCUUGGUAACUCCUAUAUCGGAAGACACUAAAUAAUUGUGUUAAAAUAUCAUAGAAGAUGGUAGUGAACAUAUAAAGCCAUGUAGUGACCAGCAUGUUGAUUUCAAGUUUUGGGCCAUAACUGCCAAACUAGAAAAAGUACGGAAGUCGGAUAUCUUCCGUUAUUUUAACCCUGCAUUUUAAAACUUGCACUAGGUGUUAAAACACACCUUUAGUGGCUAUGUACCAGACAGACACUAGAUGUCCUUCUACUGCACUGACAAAGUAAAACUCCAUCGUGACAUUGCAGCUCAAAGAAAAGCAUUGGAUUCAGUGCUUUCCUAUGAGAAGCACUGGAUGCGUGCAUAACACCACGCAUACACACCAGGUCCCCAGUGCUCUUCUAUAAAGAGCAUUUGAUCAGAUAAAUGAUGAGGAAGCUAUCCCUCCUUGAUGACGAGAGGCAGAGAGGUGAGAAGCUGCGAGGUAGUCUCUGCACUGGAAAAGGGUGGGUCAAAAGUAAUUUUUUUUAAAAAGGUUUUUACACUGGAAACUGGGGUCCCUGAAUCUAACUAGGGACAAUGACCCUAUAGUGUUGGGAAUAAAGGUUUGUAUUCCUAACACAAUAGUGUUUCUUUAAAGUGCACUUUGAAUUCUCGACAGACUGUACAAUAUGCUUAGUGACAUGCUCUCUGAAUAACUUGUUAAAUCUUAUAUAAGUGUAGACACAGUUGUAUAGUCCAUGGGUUAACAAAAGAGGCCAGUAGCCAUAUUGUGCAGGACAACAGACUGUUUUCAGUAACUUGUUUAAUCCAGUACAACACUGGUAAGCCUCAUGAAAGACUGCACACUCUGUCGCCCUUUAACAUAAUUGAGGAAUAGCAUAGAACCAAGAAAAGGUCCACUUCUUUUAGCAAAUCAUAUGAACCUGUGGUUGCAGUGGGUAAGGAAUGCAAACAUUGGUCAUUGAAGUGUUGGAAAAACAUAUCCUGCUCUGAUGAAUCAAGUUUCUCCUGUUGUAGGUGGGUCUGGGUUGUUGAAGGUAUAUAGAGCCUACCACUUGAGAAUAUGCAUUCAUGCAGGCAGUUCACCACCCAUAAAUGUUUUAUAUGUUGUAGCAUUUAUAAAAAUGUGCUACUUACACCUUUUUGGUUUAAUUAUCGUUCUCUCAUUAAAAAUCUUAUUACAGGUUUUACUCUUCCUCUCCAUCCUCUGUUGAUGACUUUGUCGUAAAUAAAUUCAUGGAGAAAACGACCACCUACACAGAUCACUGCUUGCAGCCUGUAUAACCCACACUACGCGCGCGCACAAAUAAACCCUGUGUUUAUGGAUUAAUCAGUAUCUACUGCACUGGUCAAUACUGGCAAGAGUCUACAUUCACACUUUGUAUGAUGACGGUCAACAUGUAAUCAGUAAACUAAAAGUCCAAUAAUAUUUUAAUUUAAAUAGCUUUUCAAAGUUGCAUUUUAUGAUAUGCUUCAACAUGGUUCAUAAAAAAUAACUUGUUAUAGAGUUAUGUCAUUAUUUUAAAGCUCAAAACAAAUAUUUAAGAAAAUGUGCUCUUCCGUCAGAUGAUGUAAACUAUCAUAUAAACUGUGAAAACCUAAUCACAGACACUUUAUAUGUUUUAAUUUUUUAAUGCAACAGAUUGUAAAGGUUAUUAGAAUAUAAAAGUAAUUGGGGAGAAACAUUUGCAUAAGUGUCAGUGUUUAUUGCCACAAUACCACUUAUUUAAGAAACCAUUACAAACUUCUUCUGGCAAAUAAAAUUAUACACGUCUUGGCAAGUAUCUUCAAUGCAACAUUUAAUUUAUGUCACGUGUGUAAGAGCAAUCCUUUCACUUAAAACAUUUUAAUUAAGUUCAAGUUAAGUAGACGUAAAAUACACACAUGCUUGUUAAAAACAUUUCCUUAUUUUAACUCCUUCACUUCCAGUACACCUAAAUAAAAACAGACAUUAAAGGAGCACUAUAGGGUCAGGAACACUAACAUAUAUUCUUGACCCUUUAGGGUUAAAACCACCAUCUAGCCCUCCUGGUCCCCUCAUGCCUCCCUAAAUAUAGUAAAAUCUUACUUUUAUUCAAGUCUGCAGCUGCUUAUUUUGUCCCUGUUUCCUUUAGACCUGCCCACUGUCUGCUGACCUCAUCCAAAGUGGUAACCUGAUCCAAUCACAAUGCUUCCCCAUAGGAUUGACUGAGACUGACAAAGAGGCAGAUCUGGGGCAGAGCCAGCAUGAUUCAAACACAGCCCUGGCCAAUCAGCAUCUCCUCAUAGAUAUGAAUUGAAUCAAUGAAUCUCUAUGAGGAAAGUUCAGUGUCUGCAUGCAGUGGGAGGAGACACUGAAUGUUUGGAUGCAUUUUAGGCAGCCAUGACCCAGGAAGGAUCUCUAACAGCCAUCUGAGGAGUAGCCAGUGAAGUUAUCACUAGGCUGUAAUGUAAACACUGCAUUUUCUCUGAAAAGACAGUGUUUACAGAAAAAAGCCUGAAGGUAAUGAUUCUACUCACCAGAACCAAUUCAAUAAGCUGUAGUUGUUCUGGUGACCAUAGUGUCCCUUUAAACAUGCCCCAACCUCUGUCUUGUAUCUCACUAUUUUAAUUGUUUGUAAAUCACAGAAAUAUGUAUUUUUUGUUUUUUAAUUCCUUUAUGUUAACAGUGUUAACAGCUAUUUUGAGUGAUCUAUGAUAUGAUUACCUUCUUGUGCUGUUAUAAUUGUAUAUGGAUAUGAAAUCUACAUUUAUGAAAUACACAUUGUUGUUGUUUUGUUUUUUGUGCAAAUAAUUUUGUUAAUAAGGUGUUAGCAAUCUUUAAAUAUUGCAAAGCAUGUAGGCUUUUUAGUAACUACUUUUGUUGAGCCCUUCGAUAGAAGCCGAAACAUUAAUUACAAAAAAAUAUAUACAUUAAUUUACCUGAAACUAAAAGGUCUUUGCAGACAUUCCUAUGAUCCCACAGAGUUUGCACACAGCCGUAUAUUAAACAUUACUAGAGCGAAUUGGGAGGAAUCCACCAGGGAACUGUAAUUUUUUUUGUCAUAUUAUGAUAUUCUCUUCAAAUGAUUUGUUUCCAGUUUAGCUGUGUGGCCCUAAAUGUGUUGUUCCUUGCUGAGUUCCAAUCAGUUUGAGAUGUGUUUAUAAAAGCAUGGCAGUUACAAAUGUGUAGUCCUAAAGAUAAAUGUUGCAUAAUUCAUCAAAGACUAAGAUGGCAUCUGUCAGUUUGCUAACCGGUUGAUAAGAACAGCAUGCAGACAUUUUGUGUACAGAGCAGCCAUGAAAUGUAACAAUGUAACACAUUUUGAUCUAUCUUAUAUAAAGAAAUUAGAAUGUGUCUAACAUUGUUAAAGGAGCAAUCUUGGCACCAUAAUCACUUCAGGCUAAAAUCUCUGGUGGUAGGUCUAUAGUGGUGAUGGUGCCAGAAGUGCCCUGGUGUACCCUCUCCCCUCCCCCUCUUUGGUCCUAUCUGAGGUUUUGGGAACCCUACUUAGACAUAUAAACUCUUCUGCUGUAUCAAGUAGGAGGAUCUUAAAUGUAUUUAUAAUGAUGACUAGAAGGUCUUUAACUUUGUGCCCAUGUAGUGCUUCUUGUCUAGGGACAUUUGGCAUAGGUUCUGUAUGGUUUAAUGACCGUUCUACACGGAACAAAAUUAUAAAUGCAACACUUUUUAGUUUUUUCCCCUAUUUUUCAUGAGCUGAAUUUGAAGAUCUAAGACUUUUUUUCUAUGUACACAAAAGGCCUAUUUCUCUCAAAUAUUGUUCAUAAAUCUGUCUAAAUCUGUGUUAGUGAGCACUUCUCCUUUGCCGAGAUAAUCCAUCCACCUCACAGGUGUGGCAUAUCAAUAUGCUGAUUAGACAGCAUGAUUAUUACACAAGUGUGUCUUAGGCUGGCCACAAUAAAAGGCCACUCUAAAAUGUGCAGUUUUACUGUAUUGAAGGGGUCAGGGUGGGGGUGGGGUUCUGAAAACCAGUCAGUGUAUGGUAUGACCACCAUUUGCCUCAUCCAGUGCAACACAUCUCCUUUACAUAGAGUUGAUCAGGUUGUUGAUUGUGGCUGUGGAAUGUUGGUCCACGCCUCUUCAAUGGCUGUGCGAAGUUGCUGGAUAUUGGCAGGACCUGGAACACGCUGUCGUAUACGCCGAUCCAGAGCAUCUCAAACAUGCUCAAUGGGUGAAAUGUCCGGUGAGUGUGCUGGCCAUGCAAGAACUGGGAUGUUUUCAGCUUCCAGGAAUUGUGUACAGAUCCUUGCAACAUUGGGCCAUGCAUUAUAAUGCUCCAACAUGAGGUAAUGGUUGUGGAUGAAUGGCACAACAAUGGGCCUCAAGAUCUCGUCACUGUAUCUCUGUGCAUUCAAAAUGCCAUCAAUAAAAUGCACCUUUGUUCGUUGUCCAUAACAUACGCCUGCCCAUACCAUAACACCACCGCCACCAUGGGCCACUCAAUCCACAACGUUGACAUCAGCACACCGUUCACGCACACGACGCCAUACACACUGUCUGCCAUCUGCCCUGUACAGUGAAAACCGAGAUUCAUCCGUGAAGAGAACACCUCUCCAAAGUGCCAGAUGCCAUUGAAUGUGAACAUUUGCCCACUGAAGUCGGUUACGACAACGAACUGCAGUCAGGUCGACACCCCGAUGAGGACUACAAGCAUGCAGAUGAGCUUCCCUGAGACAAUUUCUGACAGUUUGUGCAGAAAUUAUUUGGUUAUGCAAAGCGAUUGUUGUAGCAGCUGUCCGGGUGGAUGACCUCAGAUGAUCUUGGAGGUGAAUAUCCUGGUUGUGGAGGUCCUGGGCUGGUGUAGUUACACGUGAUAUGCGAUUGUGAGGCCGGUUGGAUGUUCUGCCAAAUUCUCUGAAACGCCUUUGGAGAUGGCUUAUGGUAGAGAAAUGAACAUUCAAAUCACUGGCAACAGCUCAGGGGAACAUUCCUGCAGUCAGCAUACCAAUUGCACGCUCCCUCAAAACUUGUGUAAUUUCCCCAUUUUGCAGUGGCCUUUUAUUGUGGCCAUAAAGUUACACCUUUGCAAUAAUCAUGCUGUCUAAUCAGCAUCUUGAUAUGCCACAACCAGGGCCGGAUUAACAUAGGGGCUGAUGGAGCUGCAGCUCCAGGCCCAUGCCCAUUGAAUAGGCCCAUUUAAAAAAAAAUAAUAAAAUAUUUAAACUUUUUUUUUUUUUUUUUAUUUGCACACUACUCUUAGAUUUGCCACCUGGCUGGUAUUUUAAGGCACAGCCGGUAUUUGAGGCUGCCUGGCCGUGCCGGUAUUGCAGUAAUACCGGCAAUACAAAUGCAAAUAUUUUUAAACGGGGAUUACUCUGCAAUACCUGCACCGGCCAGUAGCGGUCACUGUGUAUGGAGAGAGGCAGGGAUAGGAAAUUACAGCAUCUGCCUCUCUCUAAUCACUGAUGCGCAGGGGAGCAGCUACACAGCACAGAGUGUCCAAACAGCAGCUACCAGCCUGCAGAGACAGACUACAGCUCAGGUAUGUGAAGGAGUGGGGGGGGGGGGCAGCAGGGAGACAUGGGGACACUGAGACACUAGAGGACACUGGGAGACGUGGGGACACAGACACUUGGGGACACUGUGAGACAUGGGGAUGCUGAGACACAUGGGGACACUGUGAGACAUAGGUAGACACAUUGGGACACGGAGACACUAGGGACACAGUGUCUCCAUGUCUCCCAGUGUCCCCAUGUCUCCCAGCCAGUGUCCCUAGUGUCUCAGUGUCCCCAUGUCUCCCAGUGUCUAUGUCCCUAUGUCUCUGUGUCCCUAGUGUCCCCAAAUGUCUGUGUCCCCAUUCUGUCCACAAGUGCCCAAUGUCUCCCAGUGUCCCCAAGUGUCUUGUGUCCCCAUGCCUCCCAGCCAGUGUACCUAGUGCCUGUGUCCCCAUGUCUCCCAGUGUCCCCUAGUCUCACAGUGUUUGUGUUCCCAUGUCUCUGUGUCCCUAGUGUCUUAGUUUCCCCAAAGGUCUGUGUUCCCAUGUCUCCCAGUGUCUGUGUCCCCAUGUCUCUGUCUCCCUAGUGUCUGUGACCCCAUUUCUCCCAGUGUCCACAAAUGUCUUAGUGUCCCCAUGUCUUUAUCCACAAGUGCCCCCGUGUGUCCCCAAGUGUCUCAGUGCCCCCAUGUGACCCAAUGUCUCCCAGUGUCCCCUAGUCUCCCAGUGUCUGUGUUCCCAUGUAUCUGUGUCCCUAGUGUCUUAGUUCCCCAAAUCUCUGUGUCCCCGUGUCUCCCAGUGUCUGUGAACCCAUGUCUCUGUCUCCCUAGUUUCUGUGACCCCAUUUCUCCCAGUGUCCACAAAUGUCUGUGUCCCCAUGUCUCCCAGUGUCCCCAGGUGUCUCAGUGUCCCCAUGUCUCUGUGUCCCCUAGUAUCCUGGUGACACGGGACACAUUGAGACAUGGGGACACAGAGAGAAAUGGGGACACAGAAACUGGGAGACUAGGGGACUAGGCGACAUGGGGACACUGAUGCCAGGCUUGCCUUCCAGUUCUUUGGACAGACAUGCCCCCUUUUUGGGCAUGUUUGCCCCUUUUGGCAGUUCUGGUCCCUUGAUUGCAUUAGUGGCCCACUCUUUUACCUCGCCCAUUGACUUCCUGCUUCACCGGACACUGCUUUUAGGGGGUAUGGAUUUACUUGAAAAAUGAAAGCAUAAAUUAGAUAAAGAGAUUAGCAUAGAGUUUGUGUUUUCUUAUAGCUGCAUCCUUUGAGUUUCCCUACAACACCAACUCCAUCAGAUACACGACGCUUGAGAGGUAUGACUGUUUUAGUGUUUUUGGUCGAUAAAAUUCUGUAGUUAGGCCCCAUCAUAAUUGUCAGCACCAGGCCCACCAGGCUCUUAAUCUGGCCCUGGCCACACCUGUGAGGUGGAUGGAUUAUCUCGUCAAAAGAGAAGUGCUCACUAACACAGAUUUAGACAGAUUUGUGAACAAUAUUUGAGAAAUAGGCCUUUUGUGUACAUAGAAAAAGUCUUAGAUCUUUGAGUUCAGCUCAUGAAAAAUGGGGGGCAAAUGCAAAAGUUUUGUGUUUAUAAUUUUGUUCAAUGUAGAUUGAAGUCACUGCAGAAACUGUGGAAGUCGUCUGAUCUUUUUCCAGGAUAUUGAACAACGACCAAUAAGUCUUGGUGAAAGUUAAUGAAGCUCUACUGUAAAAUUAUUUAUUAGUGAAUUUCGACUUGCAAUGUUGUCUCUGUGAGGGCUGCAGAAUAAGUCAGACGAGUGGAUCCCAUUUAUGUUGUUAUUAGUAUUUAUAUAGCGCCAACAUACUCAGCCAUGCUUUACAGUUAGAGAAAGCGGAAACUGAUAUCCAUUCUAAGGCAGUGAUGUUACCACUGGUACCACAAUGUUAUAUCCAAACCGUAUGUUAAGGCAGGCUGCAACGCAGUGUUUCCUAAAUACUUGGGUAAUCGCCUGAAACAUGGAGGGUUCCUCUCUGUGCAGGCAAUUAAACAUGUUUGCCAGCUGUUGUAUCAAGAGAAGGGGAACUAUAAAUGUGGAGAAUAAACUAGAACAUGGGUAGACAACCUUCAGCAUUUCAGAUGUUGUGAACUACAUCUCCCCUGAUGCUUUGGUUAUAGCUGCAAGGACAUCAUGAUAGAUGUCCACCACAUCUGGAGUGCCCAACGUUACCCAGCCCUGAUAUAGAAUAUGAGAUGUUUAACAGAAUAAAAGGACUCCGCAGCCACCCUGGCCACUGUUCCGGAUCCGUUAUUCCUUCUGUUUAAGGGAACAACUAUGUACUCCACUGCUAGCAAUAUGUUGACAGAUAUUGUAGAGCUAUAGAGCCAUAGAGCCUCAUGGAACCAAUAAAACAAAACAAAACAUGAAAGCGCUCUGUAUCUCGCUAAUCAUGCUAAUUUUGGUCACCAGCAGUAACAUUUUUCUUUUUCUUUUUACCUAUAUGUCUCGGUUUAAACAAUGUUUAUUUUAAGGAUCCUUAUGCUCAAGCCAAUGAGUAGAUAUUAGUUUCUCAUGGUUAUGUUUGAAAAAUUAAUGUGAAUUACUUUAUUUUAUAAUAUUCACAAAAAAAGUAUGAUGGUGUUUAUAAUUGUUUAUAUUUAAACAUUUCUAAAAAUUGUGCAUGUGAGUAAUUUUUAUGCAAACCAAAAAGAGAAAAAGUUUGGGUUUGUUAUUAUAAUAAUAAUCGUAAUCAUACCCAAGAUAAAAACCAGUGCCUGUUCGUAAAUAUGUGUAUACAAUUGUGGAUAUUACUUUUACAUAAAUUCCUAUGGAGAUUUAAUGUGCUCUCCAUCUCAGUAUCUUUUGUACAGAAAAAAAAAAUCAUAUUUUCUGGGCUCAAUGUUUUAACCAUGAAUAUUUUUCCUCCUUUGUUUGCAGCUAAUGGGAACGACAGCAAAAAAUUUAAAGGAGACCGCUCUCCCUGUUCUCCAUCUCGAGUCCUCCACAUCCGCAAAAUUCCAAAUGAGGUCACUGAAUCAGAGGUCAUCUCACUAGGUCUGCCGUUUGGAAAAGUUACCAAUCUUUUAAUGCUGAAAGGAAAAAGCCAGGUAUGUUAAUAUACAUUCUAUCAUAUAAAAAAAUAUUAUUUUUUUUAUAUAUACAUAUAUAAAUAGGUCUAGAGUUUUAAUUAUAACUCUACUAAAUAUAAUUAAAAGAGCUGCUGUCCCUAAAAAUAAAAAAAUAAAUAAAAUAAAAACCCAGCAACCAUAAAUCCUCUACUUUACAAGUUGUCACAUAACCAUCCGUAUGGAUAUGAACCAUAUUUCAUCAUAUAAGACAUGGACUUCAGUUCUAAUAUUUUUGCAAAAGCUUCUAAUUAUUAUUAUUAUAUUUUUUUUUCUUUUUUUUAAAUAUUAAAAUGUAAAAAAAAAAUCAGUAUGUAAAAUAUAUCAAAGUAUGAAAAUGUUUUUCAAAAUAUCAAAUCAUUAUAAAAGUUUAUCCAAAAAUAUUAAACCAUUUGGUUUGGCAGCAGUUGUAAUGAUGCUUGGCUCUUUGAGUUUGCCAGUCCUGAUUUGGCCAGUGAUACAUUAAUAAAUGCAUCUAUGUUUUGUUUUGUUUUUUUUUGUGGCAAAUUACAUUUUGCUUUUUUAGGUGCAGCACACACAAAUUACUAAAUGCAAUUAACAAUAUUUAACCCAGUGUUAGGUAGAGACGUAGCAACGAAGAAGGGAGGAUUAUAUAAAUACAAAGUCUCAUUAAUAUUGAGCUUCUGGCAGAAUAUUGAUACAUUUAAAGGCACACUCCGAAUCCCUAAAGCACUUUAGCUUGCUGAAAAGCUUUGUGUGAAGAUCGUAUCCACUUUUUUUUUUUUUUCCAUUUAGCAAUUGCAAUAGAAACUGACACUUUUUAAAAAAAUUUAAAGGGUUACACCCACUUGGCUUUCAAGCAGACAACAGGUCCUUUUACUUCCUAGUUUGGUUUGCUCAAUGGAUAUAAUCUUAAAGGGACACUCCAGUGCCAAGAAAACAAUCCGUUUUCCUGACACUGCAGGUCCCCUCUCCCUCCCUCCCCUCAUCCCCGGUUGCUGAAGGGGUAAAAACCCCUUCAAUCACUUACCUGAGACCCCCGCCAAUUUCCCUCGGCAGUGGUUUCUGCUCACCGCCGCUCCUCCUCUUCCUUAUGUCAGCCGGUGGGCGGGACUGAUCCUGCCCGCCGUCUGAGGAGACCUAAUGCACGCGCAUUAAAGCUCUCCGUAGGAAAGCAUUGAAAAUGCUUUCCUAUGGGGAAUUGAGCAACGCUGGAGGUCCUCACACAGCGUGAGGACGUCCAGCGACGCUCUAGCACAGAAAACCUGUGCUACUGAGCAGGAAGUGCCCUCUAGUAGACAGCCACUAGUGAAGGACUUAACCCUGCAAGGUAAUUAUUGCCGUUUAUAAAAAAAACUGCAAUAAUUACAUUUGCAGGGUUAAGGGUAGUGGGAGUUGGCACCCAGACCACUCCAAUGGGCAGAAGUGGUCUGGGUGCCUACAGUGUCCCUUUAAGAGGCAGCAACUGCCUUGCAAAGACUUCUCAUUGAGCUACAUUGGGAAGUCUGUGAUUGGACAGCCACAGAACAUCUGGGUGGGGUUAGAAGAGGAGGGCUUGCAAAGACUGCAGAUAUACCUGUAAUAAAAAAAAAGCAUUAAAUGCAUGCAAGUUUUCAUUUGGGGUAUAUCUACUAAACACUGAUUGUUUAUUUUAUAUUUGGGCAGUAAAGUGUCUCUUUAUGUUUUAGUUGCAUUUCCAAUUAUUACAUGCAACAUAUGCCUAGGUUUAUGUUAAAUGAACACUAUAGGGUCAGGAACCCAAACAUGUAUUCCUGACCCUAUAGUGUUAAAAUAGCCCCACCCCCCACUCCCACCUUGCCUCCCUAAAUAUAGUAAAAUCUUAUUUGUAUUCAAGUCUGCAGUGUGCAGCACUGCCCUGGGAAGCACCUCUAGCAGCCAUUGGAGUUAUCACUAGGCUGUAAUGUAAACAUUUUUUUUUUCUCCAGAAAAAAAAGUGUUUACUGCAAAAAGCCUGCAGAAAAUGAUUAUACUCACCAGAACAAAUACAAUAAGCUGUAGUUGUUCUGGUGACUAUAGUGUCCCUUAAAGUUUUUUAUUUGUUACAUUUUUUUAUUAUUUUAGAUUCAAUAAAAAAGAUUUUAAAAUAAAUCAUUUGUGUAGUGGGAGAUUUCCUAAUUACCACUCAUUGAAAGGUAACUAGGUAGAGUUUAUUUCCACUCUGCUAAGAAGUGGCUUUAUGUUAUAUAAAACAGAAAAUUAUAAAAUAUGCAAAAAGGUACCGCUUUAAUUUUAUGAAAUCAGAAAUCCGUUUUUAAGAAAAAAAAUUUAGAACAGUUUUUUAUUAGUAUUUAUUAAAUUAUUCCUUUGUUAUAUCCUUUCAUAUACUUCUACUACCCAUCAGUCUAUUGCUAAGAGUGGAAAAAUCUUUUGCGUUAAUGUGGGCUAAAUGUUCUAGGUUUUGUAAACACGUUCAUGGACAAAUCUUUAUAUACAUGUAACGCCAUAGUCCAAACCAUUUGAAAUGUCCAUGUAGUUAAUUUAUGAGGUCUUUUUGUUUUCCGAGACGUUUCAUAAAGAAUUAUGUAAGUCAUAGCAACUAUCUCCUCAUUUAUACAGUGUAUGUUGUGUCUGAUAAGAUAAUAAUGCUCAUUAACAAUAUAGCACUUAAGUAGAUGAGUUAUCCAGAAAAGGUAGACUGCACUUCAUUGACAUGUCAUAGUUCAUGGCCAUGGUCUCUUCAAAAUAGUGUUCUUAAACUAAAUAAAAUUAUAAUAAAAUUGUUUUUAUUUUCUUCACUAUACCUCCUGUAUAUAUUAUUUAACAAUAAUUAAAAUGUUACCUGAAUACCUCUUUUCACUGCAACUCGUAGACUACCCUUGCUCUAUGACUGCAGUCUCUGGAUCUGAGACACCAGGUUGGGUGGGUCACCAAGAGGUGGUGACAAGGGACGGGGUUACCAAGAAAAAGGACCGACCUGUUCACAAAGUUGGGGUGCCCAAAAGGGAGCAUGUCAGCUUGGCAUGUGUGCAUACUUAUGGUUGCCCAAGCACUUCUGUGGUGCUCUGCAAUUGGCUCACUGCUUUGAGGGUACUUUGUACAAGUGUGUCUAUUGAUGCGCUGAUGCUAUGCUGAUUAGGGAAAUUAGGCUCCUCAGGUGUUGGAUUCCAGGAAACAUCCCAAGAUGGCAGCACAUGACUGAAUGUGAGACAUUUUGGGAGGUGUGCAACUGUUUGUCCUCUUUAGUUAGAAACACUUCAUAUCUGACCAAAGACCAUGCAGCUAAUCUCUUCUGCCAGUUCAUUAAAUAUAUACAUCUCGAGUAAUCACCUAGCACCCAAGGAAAGACCUUUGGGACUGCCAGACCUGUUCCCAGGGUAAAAGGGUAAGCCAUGAGAUGCACUGAAAAGGCAUGAAGGCAUGCAAUUAUGUGUAUUGAAAUACAUACAUAUUAAUUUACUUUAUGUAAUAGUAUAUGUUUUAGCUAAAAUGCUGCCUUAAAUCUCCAUCAUAUGUAAAGCUUAUACUGAAAAUAUCUACAUUCCAAAAGGUUGCUUCCACUUCAUCCUCCACGAUUGCUGCCACAGUGGCAACAGAUGUAUAUGCUUGGAAUUCCUGCAAGAAAAAAGAUUGACAUGCAUUCAUGUUCACAAUCCUGUUUGCAAUUUUUUUUAUCUUCAUGUGAGCGUUGUAUAACGGCUUACUGUAGGACUAAAGCUGUGUCUCUAAACAUUUUGCUAGCAAAAUAACUAUACUUUUUACACUUUGGAGUUUUGUAAAAAUAAGUUUUUAGCCCAUGGUUCUGUGUGUGGAAUAUUAAUCAGAAACAUGAUUUUUAAUAAUACCCCCAGUGUACAUAAAAGCAACACAGCAUUCUGUUUCUCUGAGAUCGGAUCCGGUAUUUACUGGUGGUGGUUAAUGUGAAAUAAAAACAGUCAUCCCAAAACCUUUUUGGGGGAAAAUGGUGCAUAAAAGCACUGAUUCAAAGGUGUCAAAUCUCCACAGCAUCAACAGCAUACUCCACACAAACUAAUUCACAUUAUAUAACUGCAUGGGAAAGAGAUCUAGGGCCACCAGACGAACCCAGUGACUGGUUAGGAAAUUUGGAAGCUACUUCGUCUGUCACAAUCUCAAGGACCAAGAAUACAAGAUGCUUUUUUUUCAUUGGUACAUGACAUCUCUACCAAUCUGUGCUGGAAAGGAUGUGGAGAGGUGGGAUCCUUCAUCCACUGUUGGUGAAUCUGCCCCAAAAUCCAAUAUGUACUGAGAUCACUGUUUUACUGAAAAGGGCAGAAAAAAAAAUAUAUUUUAUUAAUGUUUGCAACAGAUAGGCAGUUAAGUUUCUAGAAUGAUAAAUUCCGACCCAACAAAUUGUCACACGUACUCUAGCUCGCUCACUGGACCAGAUAGACUGUAUGUGAGCAGUAAUUUGAUAAGACAGGGAUGAAGGUAUGCCGAGAAAUAGUACGUCAUAAGCUCAAAAGACCAGGCAAACUGAAGAACUGUUUCAAAGAUAAAUAAGCAAACAUUCCCCUGUCUUUAAGUAUUUGCCCCUAAGAAUAGCAUUCACCUUGAGCUAAAGCUGAGUGAUGAAAAAACCUCAAAGGAAAAACAGCUGUAAAAUAUUUCACUUUCUCGAUGAUUAGUUGUUUCUUCUUUCUUUUUCGUGUUUAUUGAAAUUUAAUUUGACUGCCUCUCUCUCAUUGGUUCCUGUGUCCUGCUUGGUUCUAGGCAUUCCUGGAAAUGGCUUCCGAAGAAGCAGCAGUCACCAUGGUGAAUUACUAUACCCCUCUUACUCCUCACCUCCGCAGCCAACCUGUGUACAUUCAGUAUUCUAACCACAGAGAGCUGAAGACCGACAAUCUGCCUAACCAAGGGGUAAGUGCUGCUUUCUUCGAUUAGUAAAUAUAUAAAUGUGGUACACUAAAAGACAGGAAGUAUGAUCCACUGUUAUACGUUAAAGAAGCUGUAUAUCAUAUCCCUCUAGAGGAUAUUGUGCCAGGGCUUGGGGUUGCAGCUGUGCUCUGAGUAAGCCAACACUUGUGUGUGAAGAAAAGAGCUGCUGCGGAAGUUCUCCAGCAAGUCCUACAUUGAUUUCCUUCACCCUCCCACACCACAUUUACAGCUCGGCUAGGCUCCAGUGAAGAUGAGCAGUUUGGUUAGUCUUCCCUUUUUCUCCCUGCUAACAGACAGCAGGGCAGGCAUUUUACUUCCAUUGUUCUUGCAUUCAUCCCAACAUUCCAGGUGCACUAAAAGGGACAAUUGUCUAUUUAAGGGUGUCAGUGAGGGUGUAGCCAAGGGUGGGGCAGAUCUGAGAGAUUUUAGGUGAUCUAUUAAUAAGAAUUUGCGCAUUUUAAAUAUAAUUUAGAACUAGAACAGCAUAUCUUAAUUACACAGACUGAUUUGUUAACACAUUAAUUCUAAUUUAAAGACCCAUUACUGUGACUAUUAAUCAUGCAAUGCUCUGUUAUACAUUCAGACAAACCAACAACAUGGAGCCCCUAGAAAAGAGGGGACAUUAGGGCAGAAAGUAGGGACACUUGUGAGGUAUGCUUCUUGAGAUGAUGAUCCUGCAAAUUACAGGGUCACAAUAUUAUCUGAACAGGUAUGUGCUAAGAGUGACUGACCAAAAAGUAUUUAAAAUAUAUGAGAUAAAUAAUCAGUACUCUCCAUAUGUAAUGGGCAAUGAAAUAAAAAAUAAAUCAAAAUGACACAGUCUGUAAGGUAUUAACAUAUUAAGAAGUGUAUAUCUCCUUCUAAAUAUGAAGAAAUACAUUAAUCUGUCCAUAAGAUUCAAUUGCAGGUAAAACCUACCAUUAUAAUGACAUGUUGGAAAAGAAGGGCCUUGCUGAUACCUGGAGCAAGUGAAUUCUAUACACCAUGGCUGCAAACAGAGAUGGGUAUAUAAUAGGAGAAAUUCCGGGGCACAGUUCUAAACGUGCAGCAGUCACUAUAGAAACCAAUAGAGUGUUCAGGCUCAUUCAGCCACUUUUAGAACUUUGCCUCAGAAUUGGACUGCUUUUUCACAGUCAUUUUUUCUUAAUAAUUUUUUUGUUUUUGUUUACUAUUUUGCAACUUUUUCCUUUUGGGUAGUACACUGCCUACUUCUAGCAUUAUUUGUAGGGAAUGGACAAAGUAAUUACAAAAAUGAUACUAUCUCAUAUUUGUAGCUCUGCCACCUAGGAAAAAGUUUGCUAUUUAUUUGUUAAUUCUUUUACAGUUCUCAGUUUAGUAAAUAAAUUGGAGAAAUUAAAAACCAGUGAAGAUUAUAGACACCAAAGACUAUGUUCUAGCUAAACUAGAUUGCUGCGACCGUCCUAUCGUAACAUCUAAGCAUAUAUUCUUUAUAUCUUGCUACAUAUAAUUCAAAUAACUGCUUCUUUUUGUAACGUGUUCAAGGAAAAGAAUAAAAAGCCUUAGGAAUUUUACCUUGAACGUCUAAGCAUAGCUGAUAACAUUCCUAUGCUAGCAGUAAUUAGGAGGUACAAGUUUUAACAUGAAAAACAUCUGCAUCUUAAGCAAUCUUACAAAUUUAUCCUGCCCUUUCCAAAACAGUCCGGGAAGAAGAUAUGAGGCCCUUAGAAGACAUAUUAACUAGAGUGCAGAUGUUAAGUUAUGUUUUAUGCAAAGAUGAGAGAAAAAAAUAAAUAAGCAUGUGUUGAAUUGGAUUCUUUUGUGCUACGUUAUAAGGGUUAUAGACUAAAGGCUCACUUUUGCAGCCAUUAUUAUUUGACUUGCUGGCUCAGUUUCAUGCCAUACUUUAUAUUUAAACUAAAUUGAGUCAAGCUGAAUGUCUCUGAACUCUUAGCUGAAUUGUUUAUAAAAUAGUUAGACACGAUAGUCACAAACAAAUUGUUUAAGAUGUUUUGAUGAAUGUAGUGUCCCUUUAACUCUGGCUAAAAUCAUGGAAUGAAGCAUUGGCAAUACUCAUGGUAAAUACAGAAUUUAUAGGUAGGGAAGACACAGGACUUUAAUAGUGAACACAUAUUGUAAUGAGGGGGUGAGUGGGGAGUGAUUAUCUGUAUAGUGUGCAAGCUGACACAUUGUGCUAGUGAUAUCAUCAACAUAUAGUUAAAAGUUUCUAAAUUAUGUUGUUGUUUUUUUUUUUUUUACAUACAGCUCCUGCACUGGAAAUUCUUAGUACCAACUCUUUACAGUAGUAAAUGUUUUUAUAUAUAUUUAAUCUCUUGCAGAGAGCACUGGCAGCCUUGCAGGCCGUAAACACCGUCCAGUCAGGAGGCCUGACUCUCACAGGCGGGUCUGGUAUUGAAGGCUUGACACUUCCUGGACAGAGUCCAGUCCUCAGAAUUAUAGUGGAGAAUUUAUUUUACCCAGUCACCUUGGAAGUACUAUAUCAGGUAUGGAAAGAACACCUUUUUUAACAUUGACUUCUAGACCAAUGUCAUCUUACUUUCCAAAUUUUCUCUAGCUAAAUUUUAUUAGAGUUUUAAAAAAAAAUUUGACCUUAAGGACCAAGGCUAUUUUGCGCUGCUACGCAUUUGGGACUAAGGCCUUUUUGGCACAUUUGCCAUGCAUUCAUUCUACCGCAAUUUCCCUCUUUCUGUGAACCCGUAAAUAUCAUGUGUAGUUAUUUUAAAGAAGAAAUAGUGCUUUCUUUUGAUACUCUAUAUGAAUACAAUAUAUUAAAAGAAACAUUUGAAAGUUUUUUGGGGGGGGGAAUAAUUUUUAUUUUUCUCUGUUUUACGUUUAGUUAUUUCUACCUACAAAGUGCAAAUAAAGAAACUUAUUCAAAAUAGAUUCACAAAUUAGUCCUGAUUUUUAAAAUGCCCAAUAGGUCUAGGAUUUCAAAAAAGUUUAAGAAGUUAUAAAACAAAAACAAGCAGCGAAUUACAAUUUUAAAGUAAAAAUUUAGCAAAAUUUAGCAUGCUGAGAUUACAACUUUUAAUUUUAGUCACAGAAUCCAAAAUCGCUACACAAAAGUAUACAUUUGUGAAAAAACAAUUAAAAUACACCCCCUAUGUAACUUAGAUCCCUUUGACACUCUUCAUUUAACCAUUUUAUCACAAACUUAGGUCAAAUUAAUGUGUUAAUUAAUUGUGUCCCACUUCUGCAAACACCCUAUAUUUUAAUUCUACUACUGGUCUCGAGUACAAUGGUACCCACCAUGUAUACAUUUUACCCUAAUCCUACCUAUAAUCUUACCCCUUAUAUUGUUCCUAAUCCAAACCAUAAUCCAAACCAUAAUCUAACCCAUAAUCCAACCUAUAAGGCCAGUCCUAAUCCUACCUUUUCUUUUUUUUUUUUUAAAUGAAAUUUUGGUUCACAGAUAUAGAUGAACCAAACAUCAAGGCAAUGUGGACAUUAAAGUAAUAACAUUUUGUACAAAUACAACAAACGGACCCAGUGUUCAUGUUCUACAGACUGUUAAUAUUAGACAGAACUUCAACAUCGUGCUGUGAGCAUUUACAUUUCGAUUAGGAGUAAAGAGGGGGGCGGGGGCAUUUGAGAAGUUUACAUAUUCAAACACCCAUUCAUGUACAACUGGAAUAUGUGGUACAAUAAUGUCACAAGCAGUUAUUUGCCGUUGUGGUGUGGGCCGAUAUCGGGAUAAAGCACUUAUCCGGGCUGUUAGGCCAUACCAUGAGUGUGGUAGUGUUCAGUGGGCACACCAUGUAAAACGUGAGGAUAGUUAGGUACUCAUUUGUCAUACCAACAUUGUACAGUGAUCUCACGGUAUGAGCACAGGUGUCGACACUUCUGAGAGUGUGUGGUUAUGUGUUCAUGGUCUUUGUGACCUCAUCCCAUCUAUUCCAGGCUAUUCUCCAAAUUUUGUUCUUUUGGUGGGCUGCUAGUCUUGCUGCAUAUUCCGAGGAUUUGUUUUGGUCCACUAGGUGGAUACAUUCUUGUACAGUCGGAGGGUCUGUACUCCUCCAUUUCCUACUGAUGAGCGUCAGCGCUGCUAUGUUAAUUUGGUAGGCAAGAUAAAUCAUACCUUUCGCGAGCCCUGAGGGGUAAUUUUGUAGCAGGAAAUUUUCUGGCGUAUACGGAAUGGUCAAUUCUGUCAUGGUUGUAUGAGUUGUGCAAUGUUUUGCCAGUAUUUGAGAGUAGCGGGCAAGCCCACCAAAUGUGGAGCAUAUCUCCUAUUCCUUCGUGACAUUUCCAACAUUUGUUAGGCACACUGGGUGUUAUGCGGUGUAACCGCGUUGGCACUAGGUACCAUCUGUAUAUCAGUUUCUUACACCGCUCAAUGUGGGUUGAGCAGAGGGUUAGUUUUUUUGGGGGUUUGUGAACAAUUUUUUCCAAGCCGUCUCUGGUAAUGUGAGGUUUAGCUCGCGUUCCCAAGCUCGAAUAAACGGUAAUUGUUUAAUAUUCUGGCCUCUGUUCAGGCUUGCAUAUAGUUGCAUAUAUAGAGAGAGUUUUCCUUGCCGGCAACUAUUGUAUUAGGAUUCGCUCGAAGGCCGUCAGUUGUUGCUCAUGUACAAGUGUCGUUGGUGGUAUAAAGUGUUUAAUUAACCAUGCCCUUAACUGGAAGUAUGAAAACCGAGCUGUAUUCGGUAGGUUAUAAUCCGUUUGUACAUGUUUGAUUUUUGCCUCCCUGAAUCAGUUGUGUAAUGUACCUGACGUGGUGCUGCUCCCAAAGUCGAAAAUUAAAAUCGGGGAUCACCAAUUGUAAAGUGGUGACUGUCAUUGCUGGGGAGUAUGCCUUGGUCAAAUAUAAACUGGCUCUGUGAGACUCCCAUAUGUGCUUUGUCAACGAUGUGGUGGGCAGCAUCUUUAAAUUCUUAGGUCUUAUGUAAGUGGGGGUCCACAUUAUUGAUAAAUAUGGUGCCACUGGGCCAUUGCGGACUCCAGCUCCACCCACUGUGGGGGUGAUUCCUGGGUAUGUGCAGCGAUCAUGGGGUUGAUGUUGGCUGCCUGGUAAUAAUGGCGUAUAUGGUGUCUGUACAUCGUAGGGGUGGUGCCCCUUGGUUUUUUGCCUGCCCAGGUAAAGUGGUUAAAUAUUCGUUUGUUUUCUGUGAAGUAAUAUGUUGGUGUCUGGAUGGGGAGGGUCCUAAACAGGUACUGAUAUUUUGGGACCACUAUCAUUUUUACCGCGGCUACUAGGCCCGACUAAGAUAUGAACUUUUUAUUCCAGCCCUGGAGGAGUGCUUUCACCUGGUUUUGCAGGUUCACUUAGUUCAUCUUAUAUAAUUUAUCUAUGGAGGAAGUUAUUUUUAUCCCUAGGAAAGUGAGAUGGUCCGUUCUCCAAUCGUAUUGGAAGUUGUUUUGGGAGUAGUUGUAUGGAGGCACUGGGAAGAUUGAAGCCCAUGGCUUGCGUUUUGGCCACAUUCAUUUUGUAGUAGGAACAUCUACUGCAGGCCUCUAGGGUGGCCACAAAUGCUUGUAAGGAUUCCCUUGGGUUAGUCAGUGUGAGGAUGAUGUCGUCAGCAAAAAAGUGUUCAUUUGUGUUCAUGUCAGUGUACCUGGAUGCCCUGUAUGUGUGAGUGGUUGUGGAUCAGAGUCGUAAGUGGCUCCAGUGCCAUUGUGUACAGUAGUGGGGAUAAGGGACAUCCCUGUCGUGAACCAUUAGAAAUGGUGCAUGAUUCAGUCGGAUAAAGCCUCCUCCAUGCGUCAGAGGCUAAAUUCUGCCAAAUAUUUGACCAAAGACUUGCAUUGAGUUUGUAGUAAUUUGCAUCUAGGUGUUUGAGGAGUCGCUGAGGUAUCCAGUUCAUGAUCAAAAAUGUGAUUGAGAUCACCACAGAUGUUCUGUUUGGAGGGGGCUCAAUUUCAUUAAGACUUUAUGGAGGAAGUUCCUCUGAUUUGUAUUAGGGCUGUAUAGGUUUACAAUGAGUCAUAAUUUUACACACGAUAAUCAUAUAUCUACCUUGGCUGUCAGUAACUAGUUUGAGUAAUUCAAAUGAUUGAGAUUUGUGGAUGAGAAUUUACACUCCCCUAGCCUUUGACGUAUGUAUUGCAUGAUAUUGUAGAGGAUAUUACUUGGUAUCAAAGGUUGGGACUUAGGUUCUGACAAAGUGUGUUUCCUGGAUGCACAGAAGGUCAGCCUGGGCUUGUUUAGCAUCCCAGAGCAGCAUUCUGCACUUGUGAGGGGUAUUCAAUCCCUUAGCAUUGUGUGAAUACAUUUUCAUAAUGGGUGUGUGUUAAAGUGGUCAGGCGGCCCAUUGCUUGUUGCCAAUUGUACAGGAGCAUUUCCACCCCCUGAUUCCAGCCGUGAAAUAUGCGUUUAGCGUGGAAUAGACCAGCAAGCGACUGCAAAUUCUCUAUGUAAUAUAGGGAGGGAUUUGAGUGGGGGUUCAGGGAUGGUGUGGGCAGUGAAGCCCCAAGGUAACUGAGAAAGAAGGGACAAGAGCAGAAGCAAAGGAAUACCAGGGUAGGGAAAACUAUAUACAAACAAGUCCCCAAGUGGGGUAUGGUGCAACAUGGAUGCACCACGUGGGUGGGAAACAUUUUUUGUUUCCUAUGGGUGGCUAGCGAGCUAUAUUACUCAUGGUAUACAGAACAUGUCAUGCAAGUAGAGCAACAUUUUGUGAUCUGUACUCAGGAGUAUUGAAUUCCCCCAUAGAAGUGUGUAUCCUUAGAAGUGGGUCCGCGCCCUACUGUGUUAUAUGAUUAAAUGACAAAACCUGGCUUGUGUAGAGCAAGCGUACUACAGCCCUAGGACUACCAUCCCCUGCCCACUGGAUUGCUAGGAGUGCUUAAUAGGACUCAAGGACGGCAGAUAUGGCUCCUCCCAGCGCCCCUCCCCACUUCAUAAGCGUGUAUAGAAGGAGGGGUAUGGACGUACAUACCGUCCGGUACAUGUUAGCUUGUGGCCUCUGCAUGAAGAAACAGAAUAUAUAGUCCUUGUACAUCAAUAAACGAAUAUAGCGGUAUACAACAUACCAAUGUGUACCCUUUCAACUGUAUGGACAUUAGCUAUAGUCUACCAUUAGAGGGUCAAGUUGGUAUCUGUGGCCAUAAGGGCCGGGUAUACCGUCCACGGGUUAGGGUCAGCUGUGGGCCUGUCUGAUUGUGGGUACGAUUACCUGUCCUGUAAGGGACCGGUACUUGCAUCCACUGAUUUGGAACAUGGUUUAAAAAAACAAAACAAAUUUAUAUAGACUUUUUCAUCAACAGUGCUGUCUCGUUUUCCCAGACAAUUGAAUGCCUAACGCGGGCAGUGCUUCUUAUGUUUAGCGGAGAUUAAUCCGCACGGUGCCAGCUCCCGAUUUAUGGGUUUUCAGUAAAGGGAGUAUGGAAACUUAUAUAGUGGCCAUUGCUCGUGGAAAUGUAGGCUCUGUGUGUGUAAAUAGGCAACGCUAACGUAGUGUAGAAUACUAAACCAUUAAACCCAUAAGUGUGAGAGCAACCCGGUGAGUGCCGUGCCCGGCCCAACCUGUGGCGUAUAUAAGGUACGCUCCUUAGCACAUUAGUAUGUUGUGCAGUCGAAAGGCCCGGCGCGCACCAGGAGCUCGUGCCAUGCGGAGAUAAGCUCCCUUCCCCGAGCGUGGACUUCGAGGUGGGAGUACAUGGCCGUUCAAGUCGGCUGUUGUUUGUGGAUGUGUGGACUAUGAGUGCAACAUAAAUAUUAAGUUAGUAAACGCUCUAUGUGGUAUCGCUUACGUGUAUGGAACCAUCGGUCCAUCAAAUAAUGCAUAAGAAAUACUUGCGGUACCAGGCAACCCGGCACUCGAUCUGAGGUUGAGAGCCAUUAGUGUUUUCUGGGUUGUGUAUGCCAGGACAGCCUGAGUCUUCUUGGUGGUGAGGCUGUGUGAUCCUCUGGGAUGUUGUCAAGGCCCCAUGAUCUCAAUUUUCUGGCUCCAUCUUCUGAGGAGAGUAUAGCUGUCAUUCUCCCAUCCCUGGUAACCAACACUUUAGUGGGGAACCCCCAUCUGUUUUGCAUGCCAUUUGCCCGCAGGAUCUCCACGAUGGGUGCAAAAUCCUUUCUCCUGCGAAGUGCAGCUGCAGAGAGGUCUGCAAAGAUUUUCACUGUAGGGUAGUCCUCUGGCAACCCCCUCGCCAGAUCCUCCAAAUCUGCUAGUUUAGCUUUCGGUGUGUUCCAACUUGGACUCUAAACUUUCCACAUGGCUUGCCAAAUCAUUAUGCGCUGUGGCGAAUUCAUCCAUUUUGGACUCUGUCUGGGCUGUGCAUUUGCCUACGCAGGGAGUCCAUGGAAUUCUGCCAUGAGGCGAUCAAUUUGUGUGAGAAGGCGUUGAGUGCCUUGGUAAGAUAGCUUGUGGUGAGUUUCCCUGCUGUAUCAGAUGCCUCCAUAUCUUGCUGUGGGCUGUCUCUCUGUAAGCCGUCGUCGCCAUCUUUGUUUGAGGCCUACAAGCCGGUAGGCUCCAUUUGUGGUUUGUGUGUGAAGAAAUUGUUUUUUUGCUUUUGAAGCAUUCUUCUUGUUUUUAUGCUGGGACAUCUUGGUGCACUUUCUCACUUUCUGUAUGCUGGGAUUGCGAUAGAUUGAGAGCUCAUGUGCCAGAGCCGUGGAUUAUGCUUCCAUCUUGCUCGGCAGGUAGCCACGCCCCCCUAAUCCUACCUUUCAAUAGAGGUACUUGAUAUCAGCAGAGGGAUUUCCUUGCUCACACAGUACAGAGGGUUUUGUAAGUCCUCUCAACUGUGUGAUUGCAGCAUGAGACGGAGAGAUCCAGCUCAUACUGCAAUUGCAGCACACAGAGAUUUGUGCUAAGCAGCUGGCAGAGCCCAGCACUGAUCUGCAGCAAGGAGGGAUCACCAGGAUAUUUUCAAGAUACCUGGGGAACUUGAUGCAGGAAGCAGUGAUAGAAAUACUGUGCCUGACCGAGGUUUCUCCGCUGCAGUAUUUAAAGGGCUAUGUGCAGCACUCACUUUGAGCGCUGCACACAGCUCAUCAGUCAGUCUGCCCCACUAACUAUCUUGAUACCUGGGGCUCUUUGGCACCAGCAGAGAUUUAACUCCUGCUAGUACCUUUACUGCAUGACUGUAUUUCCUGUGUCUUGGCAUUAAAGGCCUGCAUUGCUGACGGCAUAGGCAUUCAUGUGGUCGUUAAGUGGUUAAAGAGGAAAAAUAUAUAAAACGGGUAUCCCACGAACAACAUAAAAUGGAGGUAAAAAUAAAUGCUCUGCUUUGUUUUUUUUCCCUCCUGUUGUAUUUAGGUUAUGGUUCAGCUUGGUGGUGGUUACAUGGUUUUGUAAUUAUAUGUGUAUAAUAAUGAUGAUGAUGAUGGUGAUCAUCAUAAAUAGAACUCUAUAAAUGGUGGUAGAACACUUUUCAAUGCGGGGGCGGGGCUUGACCGCUGAGCCGAGAGGACACAGAAAAGAGGAGCUCCUGCUCUUACAGACAAAUCCCCUGGAUUAUAAGCCUACAAAGUACCCCAAUCUACUCACGUAAGCUCCUCACGAAACCGGGAGCUACCUGCGGAUACCGAACAUGUGGAAUAAUGGUCAGGAGCCACUGAAGGCCUACCAGCAUGACUGGCGCGGGGGAGAUGGCCUCUCCCCUGUCGCCUUCAACGGCCACAAGCUUGAUUGCGGGCUCUCAUUCCCCCUCCUAUGGACCGGCAGAGGUCAUCCCGAUCCCAGGUGCGCCCCUACAGAGGUUGCAGCAACAACCCCAACUGAGGCAAGUUGACUCCAAUAUAGCGGAGAAGGCACCCGGGCCAUCUGAUACCUCACAGGGAACUGACAUCCUGGCGCGGAUAAAUGCUACAUUUGAAGCGUUCUGGCAAAAGCUGGACGACAGACUGAGCAACACUCAGGCUCAGGUCGCAAACUCACCCAUGGAACUACCCUGCGGCUCCCGUCUAGGCCGCUUGCCCAUCCAAGCCAUGCGCGCCCAAAAAUGUCGCCGAAGACGACGCUCUCUCCCUCCGGCGGGGACACAGAUGCGUAGGCGCACACCAGUGACCACAACCCUACACAAGACACAGCCAGCCUCACCAAAGCAUGCAUGCAAAGAGCAGCUUGCUACAAGAGCUGGGAAAAGCCUGUGCCCCUGCCCAAGAAGGACCUGCACAACGAACAGCAAAUUGUUGGGACGGAGGGCCGGCAGGCAAGGUGCCCACAGCCUCCACUCACGCCCGCAGACACGACGAUGUCUGGUGACAGACCCCAGAACCAGACCCUGCAAGCAAGUAAACGGAGGAAAAGCGAGGUGACAAAGCAGUUAGGAGUACCGACACAAGGCUUGUGGGAAUCAGUGAAGGUACCCACUAAUGAAUACUCUCACUGGCUAUCGGGACACUACCUGUCAGGUAUAGGCUGAACCGACAGCACUCUGCAACCUGUCAGCCACAUGGACUAGGGCUAUAUAUGCCCUCCAGCUCAUUUUAACCAGUGGUAUUUUUUCCUAUGUUUUUCUUUAAGUUCCACAUAUAUGUGUUUUCUGCUAGUCUCAUAGUCCAUAAGCCUCCUCAUGUUAACACGUAGGGAAACAAGGCACUACUUCGAACUCAGAAGCCGGCUACCAGCACCCAGUGUUGUUUAACAUAAUAGUCCGACGUGUGUCUCCACCAGAUAUUAGCUUUGUGCAUUCUCUCAUGCUUUACUUACCCUAUUACCAUGAUUUGUCUCUCUAACUGUCCUCGACUAAGCAAACUUUAGCCACUUUCCCUUAACAUGUACUCUAGACGUAAGCUGGUUAGCCUGCAAUCUAAGCAUAAUAUAAAUCUUAAAAUUGUGCGACAACCAAGUCUGUUCUCAACAUCUUCUUAAUUAACUUAAAAAAAAAAAAAAGUGCACAAAAUCUUGAAUACCCCACUGUUAUGAAUGUUGAAAAUAAGCGUGAGGAAUGCCGUUGGGGUACCUCACGCGUAUUGUUAUAUUUUUUUUGUACUGCAACAAUAAAGAAUAUAAAGAAAUUUUUUUAUUUUUUUUCAAUGUUACAUUUUUGGGAUGCCUUUUAAAUCGGCAAUUCUCAAACAGAUGUAAAAGGAAUCCCUAAAAUCGUAGAUGUCAUGUUUGAAAAAUAAAUCCGUUAAAGGGGGCACCAAAAUUGAUAGUUUGUGUUGUAUUUAAAAUUAUGCAAAACCAACCAGUCUAAUGCAUCAAAAGAUUAAAAGAAAAAAAAAUAGCUACACUGGGAAUGUAUUGUAUGUGCAGAACCUUGUGACUGACUCAACUGAUUUAUCCCAUACAUUUCUUUAGUGACUGUAGCACUUUAAUCACUAUUUUAGAUGUGGGAGCUGGGACAGGAAGGAACACUGUAGUGACAGGAAUACAGACCUGCAUUCCUGUCACUAUAGUUGUGAAAACAUAAUUUAGGUGACUGCCCCCCUAUCAGUAAAGUAUCAGCAUCUCCUCAUCAAUGCAUCUCUAUGAGAAUCGUUCAGUGCUGCAAAUCCCUUUUUCUACUACAUCCCCACUAAAAAAACGUAUUCUUCUCAUUGAAACAAGGUAGUAAUUAGACAAAUUAAUAAUAGCUAAUAAUUUACGGGGAGCUGUGUAUGCAAAUUUCAUUUGCAGUACAAAACGUUCACCCAUUGCAGACAAGGAUCUGGUUACGAUAUGGUGAUUUCAAUACAUUGGACACCGCAUAUAUCAUGUGUUGACUGUAUAGGACCUCUACUAAACGGCAAUAUUCAUAUAUACAUAUGUAACACAAAUCUCGCAUUAUUAUUAUUAUUAUUAUUAUUAUCGCCAUUUAUAUAGCGCCAACAGAUUCCGUAAUGCUUUACAGUAUUAUAAGAGGGGGGGAUUUAACUAUAAAUAGGACAAUUACAAGAAAACUUACAGGAACUGCUUAAACAAGCUUACAUUCUACAUAAAUCAAAGGGUUAGGUUUUUGGAGUUCUGCAUUUUAUUUUUUGAUUUUGAUUUAACAACCCACUUAACAUGUCCUACUGGAUGGGAGGAACCUAAAGGAGAGAGAAAUCAUGUAAGGCUGUGGAAUCUUUCACAGAUCUUUUUGUGCAUGAGCAAGUAGAAGCUUUAGGAACCUUUUGUAUAUCUUGCAAGAAGGAGACUCCUUUUGGAGACAAUUGCAGACGAUUUGCAGACAAUUGCAUCAAUAAUUUAAUAAACAGUAAUCUUUUGCCAUUUAAUUGUAAAUAAAAAAGACAAAGUAGGGAAUACGUGUGUGCAUGUGUGUGUAUAAUAUAUGCUGAAACUGCAGCAAAAUACCAGUGUAAGAUAUUGGCAGCUUUUCUUUAAGGUUCUGAAACAAAAUAUCAGAUGUGACCGGGAAGAAGGUAGGAAAUGCAUACCUUAAAAUGCCAAAAAUGACCAACUUGCUUUCUUUAAACAGAGCAAAGAAUAUAAAUUGUAUAAAGUUAGCGGUUGUGUAGGUGAAAAAUGAUUUCACUAUAUAUUAUUUCAUUUUAAAAAAAAAUUAUAUUCUUUUUACAAAGGACAAGUGACAUGACUGUAUUGAACAACUUUUGGAAUUGUUGGAUGACAUUUGUCAUUUAGAAAUGAAAUGCACAUGCGCGGUGUAUUAUCCAUUUCAGAACUCCCUGUUGUGUGAGACGAUAGAGAAAUAUAAGCUUAUCUUUUUUAAUCUAUACAUUCAAUGGGAUGUCCAAAGAAAAAGAUGACCACAUUUUCAAUGCAAGAUCUAGAUAUUUUUUAAUACAUAUGCAAAAACAAUACUUUGAAAGUCUGUGUCUUUAUUAAUUUAUUUAAAAUUCCUGACAUUCCAUAAUCAUCCUAUGGCUCUGCCCAUGCUAGAACGCAUUUUGUCUCCCUGGAGGCUCUCAUUCUGGCCUGUGGAGACUGAACUGUUGGACAACUCUCUGCAGAAAUUAGAAAGGUGACCGCUGUGUUUUCCCUCCUUUAAAAUUAAAACUAAAGAAAAUACAUACAUCCAGUGAUUACUGCAACCUGAAGUGGACCACCUUGCAUGGUAAUAUCCAAUACCUCUAACACAGAAAUAUCUCAUGCUGUCCCAUUAAAAUUGCUCAAGCUGUUGAAAGUUUAGUUCAGUGAAGGCCUUGGCAUUCCUGAUGUACCUGAUCUACAUAUCCUACAAUACUUUGGCAGUCAUAAUAGUUGGCACUCAUAACUUUAGUUGAUCCCAUUCAGAUUGGAGAAGAGGGUGCUCUACAAUAUUCAUCAAAACUAAACCUACCAAAGUGUAGUUGCUGUUCUGCUCCACAUUUAUUUCAUGUCUCAGUUAAAUGUAGAAUUGGGCUCAUAUGUUUAUUCCUCUAUUUUCUUUUAAGCCUAUAAACCAAAUGUGAUAUGUACCUGUUUACCCAGUUUUAUUUUUGCUUUUCAUGUUACAGAUCUUCUCCAAGUUUGGAACUGUACUGAAGAUAAUUACUUUCACAAAGAACAACCAGUUCCAGGCCUUGCUGCAGUAUGCUGAUCCUAUGAACGCACAUCACGCCAAAGUGGUAAGGGCAACACAUGAUGUUCGCACGUAUUGUAAGAACAGGGCUGGGGGGUGGGGAGGAUGACACUAUAAUUUUUUUUCAUGUUUUAAUGUUAUUUCUGGGUUUUGGCAUCCUAAUGCUUUGCAUUGUCAAAGCUACAAAGCUGCUUUGUGUAAUGUUGCGCCUGCUAAACAAAGACCUUCAGUAAUGAAUGAGCGUGAAUUGCACAGGGAUCCAACUCUUCAAUGACUGACCUAUUUUGCAACAUUCAGAUAAGUAGUGUUGCCUAUAUAGAUACGGGGUGGGAAGUGAGAGGGGAGCGAACAAUUGUUACCAUAAAAAGCCUUCAGAAUGAUUUGUUUAUAGCUGGUCAAAGUUGCUGCUCACAGGUGUUUAACUGUGCUGGUAUAAUAUGUGAAGGUGCAGAGGCUUAUUCACUAAAACCCGAACUAAAGAAAAUUAAAAUCCUAAUAGCAAAAUUUAGACUUGUUUUGGAGCUUGCUUAAAAGCCCUGACAGAAUUCAUGUAACUGCCAUGUAGGAUUGAUUGUGAUUCCAAAAGCAAUUCCUUCAUAUAGGUUUUGUAUGUUUUGUUUUGUUCAUGUUAUGUUAUUUGUCAGUGUUUAUUGGGUGGGAUUGUUUCAAACGAUACUGAAAAACAGUCAAAGUAAUCCAGGAAGAAUUGGUAGAAGCUCAAACCAUGAGUGUAUGAAUGAAUACAGUGUUAUGCUAGUACCAACUACAUAUGGAGAGGGGUCAAAAUGUCAUGUCCAACACAAUGGGUCAGGUAUAAAAAUUACUUAGAAAGGCAGAGACCCUUCUGUAAUGUGACUGCUGGGAAUGGACAGGGUGGCAUCACGUACGGCGAGUUCUGACACUUUAGAUUUAUACACUCUGUAAAUGUAAAACUGCACUGUCAUAGUGACUGAAUUGUUGGUGUAAGAAGAGAAAACUGGUGGAGUGGGGCUUUAGAGUCCAUAACUGCUUAUAUAUUCCAAAAGCAUUUGAUCUGUGAUAUGAACUUUGCCGCAAAUUCACAUUUCUUGCAGUUGUUGCAGUGAGAUUUGCUCAGACCUGACCGUUAUUUUGCCAAUCAUGGUAGCUACUUACCUUUCCAUAGCCCUGCUGAAUUUAUCACAUGAACUCUGCUUAAUGGACAAAACAAGGCUUUCUAUGAGGUGUAGUUCAUGUGUUCUUUCUACUGUAGACUAUCCAAGUCAUUUAACAGAUUCAAAGUAAAGUAGACAAUCCAAACAAACCUAGGAUCUUUACGGACCAGAUUGUGAUGAUCAAAUAUAACUGGUUAGGUGUUAAAGACCAAAGACAUUUCAGCUAGAAUUAUAUAGAAUGAUCAUAUGUAGAGUAAUUAGCCCAACCUUUUUUCAUAGCAUAUUAAGGAAACUCUGUCCAAACAUGUGUGGGUACAUAUAUAUUUAUUAUUUUUUAUAUUUUUUUUUACAUAUGAUUGUUGCAAAAAUAUAUUUACUUAAAUUUCCACAAAUAUUUAUGUAGGUUCUUCUUUUUUUCAUUUCUGAAUUUUUAUUUUUUUAUUUUUUUUUAAUACAAGAGCACGGAUCAAAUGCCGGAACUGAUUUAUAUUUCUAGUUUAGGGAGUUAUAGAUUUAAACUGCCUAAUAGAUGGGCACAAAAGCUUUGAUAUUGUGGGUAACUCAACCAGCAAUGGGUAGACUGUCGAAGAAUGGCACAAAACUCAUUUUGCCAGGAAGAGAAUAUUCCAGAGUAGAAUUUCUAUUUUUACAUGUGUAUUAAAAAGAAAUUAAAAAACAAAACCAAAAAAAAAAUAAAAAAAAAAUAAUUCAUUUCUGAUUUAUUAAUUGUUCCUAUAUGACAAUCCCUUUAUGUGCCGAGUUUGCUGUGCUGGAGAAUAUGUUGAAUUUUUAAAUCAUAAUCUAAUUCUGCAUAAUAAUAAUAAUAGAAAAGUAUUUAACCAGGAAAUAAUGCUUGAUUCAGUGUUGUUGUCUGGGUACCAGGGAAACUUGCUUUGAAGUUGAAUUAACAUUAAAGGAUCACUACAGUGUCAGGAAAACAAACUUGUUUCCUGACUAUAUAUAUAUAUAUAUAUAUAUAUAUAUAUAUAUAUAUAUAUAUAUAUAUAUAUAUAUAUAUAUAUAUAUAUAUAUAUAUAUAUAUAUAUAUUUUCAGCCACUUACCUUAAUCCAGCGCUGGGCUCCCUCGGCGCUGGUGACCUCUCCUCCCACUCCGAUGUUGGCUCCUGAGUGGAGUGGAAUGUGCAUGCGCGGCAAGAGCCGCACACGCAUUCAAACAGUCCAUAGGAAAGCAUUUCUCAAUGCUUUCCUAUGGACGUUCUGCACGCUGAAUGCAAUUUUCGCAUCCAGCGUCACAGAAGCGCCUCUAGCGGCUGUCAGGAAGACAGCCACUAGAAGCUGGAUUAACCCUCUAUUAAACUGCUAUAUUUACAUUUGAAGGGUUAAAACCUGGGGGACCUGGCACCCAGACCACUUCAUUGAGCUGAAGUGGUCUGGGUGACUUUAGUGUCCCUUUAAUACUUAUAAGUGAGUCGCAAUAGGUUUUGAUACAAUGUAUACAUUGCUUUUACAAAACAAUCCAAAUUAAGGUUCAAAAUCAGUGACUUUGUAUUCCUGCUAAUUGAGAGAGUUUAUUUUGUGUAUACUUUUUGUUUAUGUAAGCCAUCCCAAUUAGAAUAUAAAGUCAACUUAUCUAUUAUCAUGCUUGAUUGGGAGGCUUUUUGUUUUAAGUAAAUUAUAUACCAAGUUUUAAAUAAUGAGAUUGAGUUAGCCAUAUUUAAAUGAACAUCACAUUCCAGCCGGCAGAACUACAAAUAUGCAUCUGAUAAAGCACAAGUUCUUAACCUGUGAGUCAGAAUAUUGUGUUAUUUCUGUGGAACCGCAUCAUCAUACUAAUCAGACUCUCUGACAAUUUGCCCACAAUAAAUAUAAAUGGUAUGUUUUUAAAAUGCAUAUAGUACAUGUAGUCUUACAAAUGAUCAUUUUCCCAUUUUGUUGCAAUUGGAUGGUGUUAGCACCAUUACUUUGGCAAAAUAGUAUUUCAGGUACAUGGGAUAUUAUUAAAUAUUAAAAAGGGGAAUAGGGAGUUGGAAAGUCAAGUCAUCAGGAGCAUUGGGUAAUGGUGAGAUUAAAAUCUCAGGAAGACUAGAGAGUGAGGCGUAGUAACAGAUUAUCUAUCACAUGACUGAGGGUAGGGCAGAGAGUAUUCUAUAUAUUACAUUUUUCACUGUGACUAUAUAUUCACAAUAAAAAUCAGUGAUGAACAUUGUGCAUCAAAGGUUGAAUAGAAUAGGGGGAAAAUAAGCAAGAGGAAAGCAAGGUUUUUCUAUCUCCUCUCAUUCAUAUUUUGGAUGUCUUGACAUUGAAGCAAACCAUUACUCAAUUUGUCACAAUAGGAAAAUAUGCGUGAUUGUUCUCUUGUACAGUUAAAGAAAAACAAAUUGCAAUUAAUAUGCAGCAGUAACUAUUCCCUCUGCACCUACUACUGGGGUAGAUGUAACAAUAGGGCAAGAGCAGAAUUUAUUUCAGUGGCCCCAUUGUGAACUGAGGUUGACAUCUAAAAUAUUCUAUGAAGUGGGAAACAAAGCUACUGGUAUUUAGAUAACAAAACGGCUCUAUUUUGUCAUGGGUAAACAAAUACGAGAUCUGUCCUGAAAGUAUCGAGCCAUGUAAUAUGAAAAAUAGACAUUUAUUGAAGAAGAUAAGAUUGAAACAUUUACUUUAUUUCACUGGUCUUCUAUUGUCCAGGCAUUAAUAAUAUUUUGAUUCUUAAAAUAUUCUCAUAGCAGUGUGAGAAGAAUAUAAUCUCCUCCAGGAGUGUCAAUGUUGUAAUGUAGUUUGUUUAGCACAUAUGACAUAUGUAAUAUGCUCCUUUCUACUCCGCUCUGAGAUUUAUUUUUUACAUUUUGUUUUGUACAAAAGUAUAGCUUAUAUUUUACCAUGUGACAGGACUUAUAAGAGAAGUUAAAAACACUUUAUAUAUGUAAUUUAAGUUGUUUUAAAUUACUUUUGUUGUGAGAGGGUAUAAGUUAAACUGUCUUGUUUAACCCCUUAAGGACCAAACUUCUGGAAUACAAGGAAAUCAUGACAUGUCACACGUGCCCAGGGCCGGACUGGGACCUAAAAUCAGCCCUGGAAAAAAAUUCUUUACCAGCCCAAUAAUGCAUCGCGCCAGCAUAGUGUGCUGAUAAAGAGGGUGAAAAAAUAACUUGAAAUUGAAAACUCUUACUCCAACGAAGGAACGCAUAUAGGGCUUCAAAAUAAACAAAAGAGCGCCUUUAUUUUAAGUAGACGUACAUUUGCAUGUAAUGUUUCAGUACAACUACUUUGGCCUAUUAAGGACAUUUUAGUAAUGGUACUGAAAUGCUGAAUGUCUGCAGUUGCACAACUAAAAAAUGAAGUGAUCUUGUUUAUUUUGAAGUUCUAUGGGUGCGCUCUUCACUUUGAAUAUGUUAUUGUGCAUGAGUAUGCAACUAGCAACAAGACAGGGCCAAUACGUGCUCAUUAUAUAUAUAUAUAUAUAUAUAUAUAUAUAUAUAUAUAUAUAUAUAGACAUAUUUAAUGACAUUUAUGUGUGUAUUAUGCAUAAAUAAAUGUAUAUUACUAUAUGUGUAAAUAUUAUAGGCAUAAUUAUAUGUUACUAAUACACACAUCAAUAUACAUGCACAUAUAUAUAUAUAUAUAUAUAUAUAUAUAUAUAUAUAUAUAUGUGUGUGUAUUACUGUCAGGAUCACAUCAAUUUACGUCUAUUACCUUUACCUCGUUUAGUGUAUCUUGUCUCCUUUUUUUCUCUUACAGCGACCCUUGUGCAUCUUUUACUUCAUCUCAGUCCCUGUGUGUUUCUUUUUACCCUUCUCCAGCCUCUGUAUUUCUCUUUCCCCCAGCCCCUUUUGUGUUGUUCUUGGCCCCAGCCACUUUGUCUCUUUCUCCCCUUCCAAAUCUCAUGUGUGUCUCUUUCUAACUCCAGACUCUGUGUGCCUCUUUCUCUUCUCCCAGUCACUCUCUGUCUCUUUUUCCCCAGCCCAGCGUUGCCUCCCACAAAUCUUGUGCCACUUUGUUCCCCUUCCCUACUGCAUGUCUCUUUGUCCCCCCCAACAAAUCUUCUGUGUGUCUCUCUUCCCCAACUCCUCCCCGUGUCUCUCUUCCCCAGCUCCCCUGUGUCUCUCUCUUACCCCUCUGUCUCUGUGUCCCCCCUUCUCCUGUGUCUCUCUAUUACCCCUCUCUUUGUCCCCCCAACCUCCUAUUACCCCUCUGUCUCUUUGUCCCCCCUUCCCUGGUGUCUCUCUAUUACCCCUCUAUUUGUCCCCCCAUUCCCCUCUAUUUGUCUCCCCCCAUUCCCCUCUAUUUGUCUCCCCCUUCCCCUCUAUUUGUCUCCCCCAUUCCCCAUUUGUCCCCUCUUUGUCUCCCUCCUUCCCCUCUAUUUGUCUCCCCCCCCUUUCCCUCUUUUUGUCUCCCCCCCCCCCUCCUUCCCCUUCUGUGUGCCUGCUUACCUUGUCACAGGAGGACUGAGGGAGGGGGCGGAGCUAGCUAGUAGCUACCAUGCUCCCUCGCGGUUCCCAUAAUUCCCAGCAUCUACACAUCAUAGAGUAAUCCCUACUCUAUGAUGUGUAGAUGCUGGGAAUUCUGGGAACCGCGAGGGAGCAUGGUAGCUACUAGCUAGCUCCGCCCCCUCCCUCAGACCUCCUGUGCUGACAGCCGCAUGGCUGUCAGUAUCAGUGAGUGUGCCGCUGGAUCGCUUAGGCGGCCGCCCGGCACACUCACUGAUCCUGACGGGGCCGCCGGCCGCAAGGUGAGUAAUCACCUCAGAGUGCACCGCCGGACCAGCCACCCAGCGGCACCGACAUGCGGCCGGCGCCCGCGAUAUUAUUAAAAUAUAGGGAGCAGGGCUCCCUCUCUCUCUCCGGCCCCCCAGGUGCCGCGGCCCACCGGGAAAUUUUCCGGUAUCCCGGUGGGCCAGUCCGGCCCUGCACAUGCCAUGUGCCCUUAAGAGGGUUAAACUAUUAUGUUGUCACUUAAGACAGGAAAUGCAAAUGAUGUAAAAAAAACAAAAAACAAACAAAGAAAACCUCAACGUAGUUGUGUGCGGAAAAAUUAUCUUUAUUAUACUUAGUUCUUUAAACACAAAAUAAUACAUUGUAGAGGCACAAAAAAUAUAUAUACAUGAGUUGGACACACCGGAACAGAGGGUGAUUAUGGUCCUGCUCAAACAAACCUUUAUUUGUAGUAUAUAAAAAAACAAAACAAGCAUAUGUCAAACUAGUGCUACCAAAAUGACCACCAACUGUAAACAGUGCAUGUGUUUGGGUCAUCUACUCAUUCUGUCUGUCUAUUAGACUAUGGGACACCAUGAGGAAAGCAACAGUUACGCUUUAUGUGUCUAAACAAAUAUAUAACAUCUGUAGCUAAAUUGGAGUCAGGGAUUCCAUUGUUAAUGGUGCAGAAUAAAACUAAUAACAGAAAUACAUUGAAAUUCUCCAGACCACUGUUUUAAUUAGUUCAGAGGCAGUAGCCUUCCUGUGCAACAUGAUUUAAUGUUGCUUUCAGUUUUAUUACAGACCAGCAAGUAGAGGUCUAUGGUGGCUUACUGUUGCCACAUAGUUCCUAUUAAUACAGUUCUACCUUUGAAAAAAAUCUAACAUGGUAAUUAAAUUUAAAUUUUGACUACAAUCCAUCAGAUUAAACAUGUUACCCAUUCCCUGUCCUGUUGACACGAAAAAAACAACUCCAAAUUGAAACCUUUUUCCAAAUUGGCAGAUUGAUUAAUCUCCAUACAGGGAGUGCAGAAUUAUUAGGCAAAUGAGUAUUUUGACCACAUCAUCCUCUUUAUGCAUGUUGUCUUACUCCAAGCUGUAUAGGCUCGAAAGCCUACUACCAAUUAAGCAUAUUAGGUGAUGUGCAUCUCUGUAAUGAGAAGGGGUGUGGUCUAAUGACAUCAACACCCUAUAUCAGGUGUGCAUAAUUAUUAGGCAACUUCCUUUCCUUUGGCAAAAUGGGUCAAAAGAAGGACUUGACAGGCUCAGAAAAGUCAAAAAUAGUGAGAUAUCUUGCAGAGGGAUGCAGCACUCUUAAAAUUGCAAAGCUUCUGAAGCGUGAUCAUCGAACAAUCAAGCGUUUCAUUCAAAAUAGUCAACAGGGUCGCAAGAAGCGUGUGGAAAAACCAAGGCCCAAAAUAACUGCCCAUGAACUGAGAAAAGUCAAGCGUGCAGCUGCCACGAUGCCACUUGCCACCAGUUUGGCCAUAUUUCAGAGCUGCAACAUCACUGGAGUGCCCAAAAGCACAAGGUGUGCAAUACUCAGAGACAUGGCCAAGGUAAGAAAGGCUGAAAGACGACCACCACUGAACAAGACACACAAGCUGAAACGUCAAGACUGGGCCAAGAAAUAUCUCAAGACUGAUUUUUCUAAGGUUUAUGGACUGAUGAAAUGAGAGUGAGUCUUGAUGGGCCAGAUGGAUGGGCCCGUGGCUGGAUUGGUAAAGGGCAGAGAGCUCCAGUCCGACUCAGACGCCAGCAAGGUGGAGGUGGAGUACUGGUUUGGGCUGGUAUCAUCAAAGAUGAGCUUGUGGGGCCUUUUCGGGUUGAGGAUGGAGUCAAGCUCAACUCCCAGUCCUACUGCCAGUUCCUGGAAGACACCUUCUUCAAGCAGUGGUACAGGAAGAAGUCUGCAUCCUUCAAGAAAAACAUGAUUUUCAUGCAGGACAAUGCUCCAUCACACGCGUCCAAGUACUCCACAGCGUGGCUGGCAAGAAAGGGUAUAAAAGAAGAAAAUCUAAUGACAUGGCCUCCUUGUUCACCUGAUCUGAACCCCAUUGAGAACCUGUGGUCCAUCAUCAAAUGUGAGAUUUACAAGGAGGAAAACAGUACACCUCUCUGAACAGUGUCUGGGAGGCUGUGGUUGCUGCUGCACGCAAUGUUGAUGGUGAACAGAUCAAAACACUGACAGAAUCCAUGGAUGGCAGGCUUUUGAGUGUCCUUGCAAAGAAAGGUGGCUAUAUUGGUCACUGAUUUGUUUUUGUUUUGUUUUUGAAUGUCAGAAAUGUAUAUUUGUGAAUGUUGAGAUGUUAUAUUGGUUUCACUGGUAAUAAUAAAUAAUUGAAAUGGGUAUAUAUUUGUUUUUUGUUAAGUUGCCUAAUAAUUAUGCACAGUAAUAGUCACCUGCACACACAGAUAUCCCCCUAACAUAGCUAUAACUAAAAACAAACUAAAACUACUUCCAAAAAUAUUCAGCUUUGAUAUUAAUGAGUUUUUUGGGUUCAUUGAGAACAUGGUUGUUGUUCAAUAAUAAAAUUAAUCCUCAAAAAUACAACUUGCCUAAUAAUUCUGCACUCCCUGUAUUCAGAAGCAUAUAUGGAUAAACACAUGUUUUGAUUUGUUUCUAUGUUUGACAUAAUCCUUGUUUAAUGCAUUUCUAUAAAAAAGUUAGAUCAUCAACAGUGUUUUAAAUGUUAAUAGUGCUAUUAAUGUAUUUUUAACUAUUCUAGGCCAAAUCCUGCUUUUCCUAAAAAGUAUCUAUUUUCUAGAGAAUUACUAAAGGCUCCUUCUAAAUUAUAUAGGACUAGCUUUCAAGGCAGUUGAAUCAAUUUUAAUUGUUACUGUAAAGAGACCCUGUAAAGAGACCCUUUUGCUGCUGUUAGUAAAAUCUUAAGUCUCAGUGGGUGACCUUGUGUAUUUUUUACAGUUCAUUUAAUUCUGUUAAAAAAAUGUGUGUGUGUGUGUGUGUGUGUGUGUGUGUGUGUAUCUAUAUAUAACAUACAUAUUCACUAAACAAUGAUUUCAAAUCUUACAGAUUGUAUUAGUUUCCUUUUUAAAACACCUCACCUAGGCAAAAUAUAAUGGGUUACAUUAUAUGAUCAUUAUACGAUCAUAUAUUGCAUAAGCCUGCCACAACGUCAAUGUACCCUAUUCUUGGCAGGCCCUACUCUAGCAGCCUAAUGCCCGCUCUUAUGAGAUUAAUCCACUUACUUGGGAAAUACUUCCUCCUGGGACUCUCUGCUAUAAUGUAUGCAUGUUCAGCUGAGUGCAGCCCUCUUGGUUUCAUUUAUAUAUUUUGGAGUCCAGGCCAACUCCUUGGUUUUGCACCCCUCCCUGUCACAGGUGCCUCAUUCCAGGACCCUAUUUAGCCUUGACUUGCAGAGAGUCCCAGUAAAGGAAGUAUUUCCCAAAUAAGUGGAUUAAUCUCAUAAGAGCAAACAUUAGGCUGCUAGAGUAGGACCUGCCAAGAAUGGGGUACAUUGACAUUUCCAUAUCAAGCAUUGCUGAAUAAUCCACUUGAAGGAUCGAUUCCCGUGGACGCUAUCUAACCUUUUUUUGUGACAGGCUUAUGCAAUAUAUGAUCAUAUAAUGUAACUAAACCCCCAUUAUUUUUUGCCUAGGUGAGGUGUUUUUACAAUCUGAAAUCAUUGUUUAGCGAAUAAGCGAGUGCGCUGGAUUCUGUAUUUUGUAUAUUUUGGCCCCAGCAGCACCCUAUAAUGUAUGCAUGUUUAGGUGAGUGCAGCCCUCUUGGAGAGAUAUAUAUAUAUAUAUAUAUAUAUAUAUAUAUAUAUAUAUAUAUAUAUAUAUAUAUAUAUAUAUAUAUAUAUAUAUAUAUAUAUAUAUAUAUAUUUUCGUGGCAGCAUACCCACAAGCAGUUGGGUUACUACCGCCUAGUUUGUCCCUUCCCGUAGUGUCUACAGUCUAGAGUGAUUAGUUCUCUUACGAAGUCUGUAGCCCAACAUGUCAUAAAUCCCCGUAAAGGACUCUCUGGGGCGCCCAUGCUGUCCAAAAAGCGCCCAGAUUGGAUAUGGUUAGCCCGAAUUUGGUGGAAGCCAAAAGUUCAGCAGUACGCAGCUAGCCUCCUGGCGCAGAGUUCCAGAGUGCUGGGUAGAGUUCCACGGUCACCCCAAAACCACAGCACUUUCCGUGGGUACAUGGAGCACUCCCAAGUUCUUGGUGUUAUUCGAUGCCUCUCCACCCCCUCUGCUAACCCUCCAAAAAGAGCCCUGAUUUAUGGUUCUUGGACGGAGAGCACUCUGGGUAAAGUUUAAGUGGAUCGCAGUGACACUGCGAUCUGCUUUGGAGUUCCAUGAUGGUUUAGGGUUGCUCCCGGUCAGGCAUGCCGUGUCUCAGCGGCCCCCUGGCUGAUGAAAUGCGGCUUUAAUAAACCCGGAAGGGGCACUGGGCAUGGAAGGAUAGUCCAUAGUGUUUAUAGUCUUUUGAGAGGUGGUGGUGGUUUGGCGAGAAAUGUACCCGGCUUAGGGGACCAGAUGGUCCAUCAAUAUAGUUAGUAGUGAUUUGGUUAGCACAGUUUAUAGAUGGACACAGAUUUACAGCCAAUGAUAGUCUAGUAGCUAUUUUUAUAAAAAAUAUAAUUUGUGUGUAUGCACAAAUAAUUCUGUGUUCCGUAUCCUGGUUAUCUCGAGGCAAAUUUGCUUAUACGUGUUAUAAAUUGUAUUGUUUAAAUUUAGAUUAUUACUUCAGUAUUCAUUUUACUUCAUUCAAUGGACUACCACCAGUUACAGAUUUUUGUUAAUAUGUUAUUCAUCCACCUUUUUUUCUGUUUUAUUUUGUAAACCUAUGAAAUUUGAUUGUACUGAAGCACUGCCCGACAACUUCAAAUGUAUCCAAGGGGGAGUCACAUGUACCAAAGAUAAACUAUGGGUCAAUGAACACAUGAAAACAAUAAUUUGAAUAAUAUGAAAUAUAAAGAAAUAUCAAGUGCUUUUAAUUCGCACAUUCAAUUACUAACCACAAGCGUAACCUUUGGAAUAGCUAUUAAGUUUAGAGCAAGUCUAACAAAAGCUGUAGUGCUGAUGCAUAGAUUGGUUUUAUAGCUUCAUUUGAGUAAAUAUUAAAUGUUUGCCUAAUUAAGGUUCAAUGUUUCUUGUCUAGCUGUGUAGAAUAAAGACUGUGCACACAAAAUAAAAGUGAUUUUAAUUUGCUGGAUUGUUUAAUUCAAAAUAACAGUUUACAUUAAUUAAUUGAUUUAUUUUGGGGGUUGGGCAGGAGAAUAUUUUUAAAUUAAUGUGUCCAGAUUGCAGGAUGGCAGUUUGUUGAAGUUCAAAAUAUAUCACAUUUGUCAGAUUAUACAUUUUAUCUCGGAACACUUGUGUGCAAUACUGUCCAAAAUCAUGCAUUUUAUACUCUAAUUUAGCUGUUGCUAUCUGGAAAGGACUAUGCUAUGUUGCUGAACAUGGUUGUUGAGGCAGAUGACACGGAUGUGGUGAAAUGUCUGUACCUGCCCCCCUCCAAUGUCUUUUGAAUUCCUUGGUAACAGUUAUCACAGCGGUACCACAAACAAUUCAGUGGAUUUUUGAAUCUCCACUCAUGAUUUCCAAUGAGACAAGACUUGUUUUCCCUUCUGACUUUGAAGGUGAAGACAUGCUCGCUGUAUCAGGUCUGUAUCUGGGUCUAGAGAGAUACUAUAUACCUUGUGACAGAUAAGGGAUUAAUUGAAUGGCGGAAGAAUGGAAGACCAAUGUUGCAUUACGAACACACAUUCUUCCCAGUCGACCCUGUCUGCCGCCAGACAUCCAUCACACUGCCAGACCCGCUUGACACCUUGCCCCAGCAUCUAGCAGCCAUCUCAUCCACGGAUCCAGGAUUUAUUGAUUGCACACCUGUUUUUGUCAAAUAGUACCCACUAUCCAGGGAAAAGGAGCUACGUAUAGCCUCUGUUGUUGCAGAGUUGCUACAGAAUGAAAUAAUUUCUUCCACCAUUUUUUUCUUGGAACUCCCUGAUAAAUCCAGUCCCCAAGCAACAUAAGAGUGAGUACCGUUUCUUCAAUGCGCAGGUACAGCCCCUGUCUCUGGUAGUCCCAGAUGUGAACUCCAUUCUCUCAGCUAAACCAGCCACCUCCACUCACUUGAGUGUCAUAGAUUUGUGCAGUGCAUUUUUUAGCAUCCCAGUGCACUCUUACUCCAGACCAUUGUUUGCCUUUACAUAGAAGGGUAGCCAGUACACUUGGAAUAGGCUCCCACAAGGCUACUAUGACUCCCCCACAGCAUUCUUUACUGUGGAACGUAAAAGUCUGGAACCAUGGCAACCAGUAAGUGGCUCUGUCCUGCUCCAGUACGUAGAUAACUUGCUCAUCUGCAGCUCUACAGAGUUUGCAUGUGUGACUGAUACUCUCAGCCUGCUGCAUAAUUUGUGUGACAUGGGUCACAAGGUUUUACCAAACAAACUACAAUUUUGCCAGCCUAAAGUUAGGUAACUUGACUUUAUGCUCCACCGCUGCGAAUGGGUCCUUGCUCCAGAAUGGGACUCAAGACCAAGACAGCCUCCUCCUCUCCUUUCUUGGCAUGGUGAACUAUUACUGCCAGUGGAUACCAGACUGCUCACACUGGGACCACAUAUUAAGAGAAUUUUCUCUGCCUUACAUGCCAGAUAGGAUUUUGUGGACUUCUACUGCUGAAGAAGCUUUCCAGCAAAUCAAAAUAGGCCUGUGGAAUGCUCCUGCACUAGGUCUGUCUAAUAAUGCUAUACCUUUUUAUCUCUACUGUACGGAGUGUGGCAUGGCUGCUGCUAAAGUCUUGGGAAAGGCCCAUGGUACAGCAUAACGUCCAGUAGCUUUCUAUUCUAAAGUCCUGCCCACGAUAGUAUAGGAAAUACCUGCAUGCCUAAGAGCUGUCGCUGCGAACGCUAUGAUGGUUGAGGCUGCGCAGAUAAUUGUUUUGUCUCAUGACCUUGUCUUGCACACCAAUCACCAGGUCAUACAGAUACUCAACAACAUCACCACACAGCACAUGACAUCACAAUGCAGGCCAGGGUUAGAGUGUAGCAAACUAAGGGCUAUAUGAUGAAAUACUAAAUGAAGGAAUGUGCAAAUAGGAUUUGCAUUAAGCUCUGUCUGGAAGAACAAACAAGAAAAAUCUUUGUUAAGAUUUUAAAGAGGGAACACCUGAUAGGCCAGAUGUUAACAUAAAUAGAUACAUCAAACUGAAUUAAUUAGCUAGACUUUUUAACCUUUCACAUGACUGUAAUAUCAAUUCAACACAUAUGGUCUCAUGAGAGAAUAAAUAUUGAUUUCAUACAGUAGUCUGUGGAACUUAUUGUAGUGAACUGAAUCAUGUGGAUAUAUACUGUCCAACUUCCUUGCUUUUCCAUGCUGGCUGUCUUGGUACAAAUGUGACAGGUUAUGAAUUCAUAGUUUAAUGAACAAAUCUUUCAUUCUCUACAUUGACAUUUGACAUAUCAUCGUUAAAGGAACACUAUAGGGUCAGCAAUGCAAACAUGUAUUCCUAAAACACAAUUUUGGUGGCUUGCCCACCCCCUUAACCUCAUUAAAAGAUAAUAGAAAAUACCUUAUUUGCAAAGCCGCCAAGGUACGCAGGCGCUGGCCCCAUCCAGAUCCUCCUCGCUGACAUCAUCAGAAUUUGAUUUCAGCCAAUCCAAUGCUUUCCCAUAGGAAAAAGCCAUGUUGGCAUACAGGUUCUUCUAUAUGCUGUUGGGCAGUGCAUGAAAAUGCCCUAUGACAAUGUAUAGAAUUCACAUAUCGCUGUUUAUUUGAUAUCAAUCAGUCAUUAAUGGGAAGUAAUGUUUAAACAUGAUAAAUGGUUUCUGAAUGAAAUGUAUACAUUGCUAUCUCAGGAUACCAUCUUGAUAAGUUGCUUGUUUUGAGUAUUAGUGAUAUUACUGCAGCUUAGAUCCUAUAUCUUCAACAGCUGUAGGCAGAGUCAGAAGGAUAAAAAAUGGAAGCACGUGUGUUUUCUGUUUGGCAACUUCAUGUUUUGAUCCAGUCGGGAAACCAUGUGAAUUGAGAUGGUGGUUUUAACCCAUGUCUCACUCUUACUCACUGUCUCAAAAACCACUACUUCCUGUAAAGACCGGGACCUAUUUGUUCCUAAUCAAAUAAAAAAUAAUGUAUCCCUUCUCCGCACCAAACAGUCCUGAAUAUGAGUUCCAGUCUCACAAUCCCAUAUUUGUUUUCUGGUGUCCUGCUUCUGAGGACUACAGAGAAAAGCCCCCAAUAAACAUACUGCACAAAAUGAUUGUGUUCAGCCCAUCCAAUAUCACUUCACGGCCCUGUCGAGCAACUGAACUCAAUGGAGAGAUUUAAUUGCGAUUUACAUAUUACACUUAAAGAAGUGACCCUUACAGCAUGCUUUUAUUAUAUAUGUUUCCUGGGCUAUCACUACGAACUACAACAAUAGCCCUGAGUGGCGCACCAUGCUUUUGUUCACUCCCUUAUGGGGCAUCUAGGAGGCUCUUCCCUGAGUAGUUCCACAGCUUUAUUGACACAAGUCCCCUUACACGCGUUCAUAACCAGUGCCAAAAGUAUGAAAAUUGAAACAUUUAUUGCUGGCCAUUGGUAGCCAGAGCUUUCCACAAGCAAUGACAAUGAAUAUGACAUUUGACAGGGUGACCUCUCUAGUCCUUCUGUGUUUGCACUACAGUGUAUUUGUGGAAGAUGAUCAAAAGUUCUAGCAAAGCUCCUUUAUUGGGUGUCAAUGUACAGACCCUAAACAAUUCUUUGCAUGCUAGAUCAUUGCAUCAGCAGUAUUUUAUUUAUUUAUUAACAUGUGGUCUCUUGCUCAAUAAAAAUGUCUGGCACUUUUCAGUGUUAUGUUCGCAAUCCCAUCCAAACCUUGUGAUGGACUAUAAUCUGUUAGAUUGCCCAUUGACUGCCUGAAAAGUGUGGGUUAUAUGGAGUUGUGCGGUGUUGCCAGCUCUGAUGGUGCUCACAGAAUUAAUAGUCAUCAUAAAACUUUUUGUCAGACCAUGAAAGAGCAAAGACAGAAGCCCUUUGAACUAUAAAAAGCGGCACAUUCUCAUAUUACAACAUUAGCAAGGUUAACACCGCGACACUGUCUGUGUUUUAGAAGAGUGUAAAUGUCACAAUGCUCUGCUGACCUACAAAUACAUAUGCACACUUCACCAGUAGGUAGAUUGGAAAUCCGUGGACAUGUUGGUUCAUAUGUUCCUUGAAUUAGAAAAAGGUGCGAACACUAAUCAAAUAACAUAAGCUUAAAAUAACAAGAAACAAAAUAGCCAAAACAGGGUGCUCAGUCAAAGGCCCUAUUUCUCCAAGGACCUAAAAAAAUCUACAAAUAUAACUGAAUGAGGAGCACAACCAUAAAGGUAAAAAAAACUUUAUUAAUUCGGUCCAAACUAACCAGUAUCCAAAGAUGCAUGCCAAAAGUUCAUAGCAUAAAUGUCACAAUAAUAGUACAAGAAAUAUACAAAAUGUACCAUAAUCACAUGCAUACAUGAAAAAUAGCUGGCAAAAGACAAGAAUCGUAUUACAGAUACAGAGUCGUAUGGAUGCCUGAAAAAAGCUAUCCAACAAAUAAUACAUACCAUCAAAAAGAACCAAUAUCAGAAAAAGUGAGAAGAGGGAGAAAAUCAAACAAAAAGCCCCCAAUGUUUCUGCAAAAUUGCCUUUAUCAAGGAAGCAUGUCAUGUCACACUGUAAUAAAACACCAUCAUAUCCACUGAUUUCCAAACUAGCAAAACCUAGCCCAUACUUGCCAAGUGUCCCUAGUUCUGUGGCAUAGUCCCUAUGUCCUUGAUUUCUAUCCAAAUGUCCCUCUUUUAUAGGAGCUCCAUAUUAUUGGUUUGUAUGGUUGUACAGGAGAGCUCCACACAUUACUGUAAUACUCACAGUAAUGUGUCUUAGAAAUCAGUCUGUGUAAGUAAGAUACAGUGUUCUUGUUCUAAAUUACAUUUUAGUUGCAAAAUGUAUUAGUAAGUCACCUAAAAUUUCUCAGAACAGACCUGCUCCUGGCCAUACCACCACUGACACCCCUAAAAUUGAAGUGUCCCUCUGAAAUUUUGGGCGAUAUGGAUAAACAAUACUCUAUUGGACCAAGGUAUCACUUACUAAACAUUGUACCAGCCUUUGAUUUUUAAAGUGCAGCUCCGAAAUCAAAAAUCCUUUGGUAAGAAAUUCCAAUUUGCUUCAUUACAAUUUUGCCAUAUGGCUUUUAUUUACAAUAUAUAUGCAGUUCUGAAUUUAAUGAAAAAAAACCUAGCCUGUGCAAUCACAAAAUCACUGCUCCAAAUCACCGUUAACCCCUCUGGUGGUAUAAAAUUAACACAGACUCGACUACUUUAGCGGUCUUAAAAUGUCAGUUUUGCUUUCCUUCCUGUUGCCUGGUUAAGUACUAUGGGAUACAUCAAACAGAAGGCUGCUUUUACCCAGCCCUGCUCAAUGUGUUGGACACACCAUGUAUUUGCUGCAAUGACAGAUGAUAUCCUGUUACUCUGCCUUGCUUUGCUUUACACAUGACUGUUUUCUGAGAAACUACUAAGAAAUCCUUAAUGUUCUGGUGGUGUGAUUCCAAUCCAGAUAGGUUUGUAAACAGUAGAGAAUAAAAUAAAGCCAGACUAAGUAUUGCAAACAAAGGUUAACCCUUUAAGAGUUGAUCUGUUUCUUUAUUUUACAAUAUAACUCUUCCAAACCAAUCGGUGUAGAAGAGUGGGUUCUAAAUCAUGAACAAAGAUAAUAAAUAACCACGAAAAAUGCAGAAUUACUGAUUUAUUAACACAAUUGGUUCUAAUUUUCAGCUUAAAUGAAGGUCUCAGAUAUCAAAGUAACCCCAUGUAUAUAGCACAGUAGUUAUGAAUACUGACUAAUACUAGCUAGAACAAGUACUUUAUUUCAACAAUUCUCUUUUGACACAUUAAUACAGCAUAGCAUAUAUGACAGGCACAUAGUCACAAAUAUGGAGUUUCUUAUUGGCAAAAUGGAGUUUGCAUUGAUAGUUGGCACAACUAGUAAAAUUAAUAGAACAACAGAAAUGUAUUUUUACAUUCGUAAGCUAACCGUGUCCCAUUAUGCCUUAAAUCAAAGCUAAAGCAAAUGAUCAACUAUUUGGUUUUUGUAACAAUCAAAACGCUAAUCUAGGGAAGAACGUGAAUAUAGAUGAAAAGCAUUUUUCUGAAAGUUGUCAAAUAGAACACAUAAAUCUUAAGAGUCUGUGCUCUGAUCACACUCCCAUCUGGCUCUCAUCAGGGAAGCGUCAUUUUAAAAAGACUAAUGGGCACAACACGUUUAAGUGCUACUUUGUCAGUCAUUAUCCUGCCGGAACACAUACUGACCCAUUUGUGACUGUCAUAAAGAUGAUUUUCCCUGUACAUUAAUCCUUUCCUCUACACCCACUUAUUGCUUAAGGGCAUAACUGGAAAUAAAACCACAUGAAGCACUGGUGGUCUAAACACAAUUAAGAGUGUAUGGUUUAUUUCAAACUAUCUCUGGUUAGUCACAAAAGAAAAGAAAAAAGACUGACUCAAUAGAAGUAUUGAAUAAAACCAGUAUAUGUACUUGUCUCACCCACCCAUCUGAAUUAAAAAUACAUUUUAAAUUUAAGACCAGAAUAGCUGAUUUAGAGAAUAUUUAAAGUAAUACUAUAGUGUUAGGAAUAAAAUGGGAGGUGGAGAGGUGGGGGUGCUUAUACGCAUGUGCGGAGGAAAGGAUUGCUGCAAUGAUGCAGAGCGUAAGGCGACCAAAAUGUGCCUAACCACCUAAAAGUGCCUCUAGUGGCUGUCUGACAGCCACUACAGGCAAUCUUAACCCUGCAUGGUAAUUAUUGCAGUUUGUAGAAACCGCAAUAAUUACCAUUGCAGGGUUAAGGGGAAAGGGAUAGUGCACUUAGAUCACUUCAAUGAGCUGAAGUGGUCUGGGUGCCAUUUGUAGCGUACCAUGGGUAACCCGACCGGUUACCUCCACUAAUUCCCUUCCCUCAGCCGAUCAGGAACUAUUUAAAAUACAGAGAGACCCAUCUUUCCCCAGUAACUGGAUGACACACCGUCCUGGAGGUACAACAACCACUUUAUUGGCCACAUGCAGCUUUUAUACAUAACCCUGUGCAAGGGGUUGACCACACACACACAUACAAGGUCCCACCCCCAGAUUCUUCCCCCCUCCUUGGGGGUCCCAGCGCGGGAAGGGACUUUGUUCCCUUUGUCCUUGAAGCCUGCCACUAAAUCCCGAGGGUUCCCCACACCAACCGCCAGGGGUCUUCUUCCCAAGAACCUCUGUGCCUGGGAGUCUAGGCGCGGGAAAAAGGGAUUGUUCCUCUGUCUCCCAGGCACAGCAAAGCCUUCCCGCGGGAAAAGAGCUAGUCUUUUUGUCCCUCAGGCUCAUGAGAGCCGCCAAACUCGCCAAGAGUGCCCACACCAAUCUCAAGGACCCUCGCCACGGUCCCUCGAUCAAUAGUCUUCGUUCGCGAGGUCCUAGUAUGAAACCCAUACAAGGGAAGCGCCUCCUUUUGGAGUAUGAAUGUUCCCACUGGCCGGUGCUCGUCUUUACAAACAGCAGCCACCCGUGGAAGCUUUCAAUAAUUACUUUGCUUGCAGUUUCACAGCUAGGUUACGAGUGUGAUUAAUUGGAGUGAACGUUUUAAUGGGCCACCGGGGAGGCCCUCGUUUGGGAUACGAACGAGGUGGGAAACAAUCCACGAAUGCUCCUCCUAGUGGCGUUCGACUUUACGAAUAACGUACACCCAGAGAAGCACUCAUUAAUUGUUUCCCUUUGCAGUUUGAGGUUUUGACACAUAUGUUGCGAGGUGUGAAGGUUCUAACAUUCUAAAUAAGGUAUCUGAGUGGUCCGUGAGGGGAAUGAAACACACAUAAUAUCCGAAAGGAAAUUCACGGACAGGCAGCCGUCCCGCCACACCUAUAUUGUGCUAUAAAGUUAUCUAUUAUUUACUUUGAAUUCACCUUGAAUUUUCACUGUAGUGAAUAACCCUGUAUCAUUUCAAUCUAUGCAUCUUUCUAUCUAGAUCGAUACAAAGAAAUAGAGGUGGGUAGAGAGAGAUACAAACCGAAUCAUAUAAUGUGCUUUAAAUAUCUUAAAGACUCUGCUAACCACAUUUCUAAAACACUGUGUCAAAGUCACAGAUUAACAUCACAGAAAUGAUUUUAGGUAGGUUGUAGAAAAAACUCAAUUUUGAAAAGAGCCCUGGUGUAAGUUAAGAUCAUUUUAAAUGCUAUAGAUUCCAGACUGGAAUAAAAUAGAUGGGUAUCUGGUGACCCUUGCCUUUGAUUGCCUCUAAUGAGGCCAGGCUGUAUUCUCUAGUAUGGCUGGGUUGAUAGCUGGCAAAGGCGUGAUAAGGAUUUUUCCCAGCAGCCUGUAACAUGGCCUUUAUAUACCCAGGAAACUCAACUACUAGUUGAAAUGCAACACCAGUUGGAAAGAAUUACACGAUUGAACUAACAAAUACUAAUUAGUGUUUAUCUAGCUCUGUAAUCCACUAUUUCCAUUAAUAGAAGUUAAUGGUGCAUGAGGGUAUAGCUGAUUUUUCAAAGGAAACACGGGGCAAAUCCCCUACUAAAAGCAUUAAUUAAAAUACAACAAACUUAGAAAGCAUGGUUGAUAUGAAUUGCGUUAUCCUUUUAAGUCCAGACUGGAACAGAUGCAUUCUUAUGCAUUGAAAUUCAUGCAGAGAAAAUAUACAAUAAAUUUAAAAAUGCCUAAAAACUUAUUUUGAAAAAAAAAAAUCACAUUAACUUUCCUGCAUUUGUUGAACUACACCUCCCCCCCAAAAAAUCUUAAUAAAUUACAACACAGUAAAUGUGUAUAUUUAAACUAAAAACCUAGUCAAGUGAUAUACAAAGUCAAAAUGGGGUCCAUGGGGACUACUUUGACUCUGCCUUUUUGUGAAGCAGAAAAAAAAUACAGUCAUGCCUAGUCAAAGCUUGUCAAGCCCCCAGCCCCCACUAAUGAAAGUCUGUCUAUGGUGGAUCCUGUGCAUGCACGAGAAUAAAGUGCUGAUGUUGGCUCUUGGUCGCUGAAGCCGGCUGAAGAUGAACAGGUUCAGGUAAGUAUAACUCACCUUCCCCUGCACCACCUUGCCCUCUGGACACUCAGCGGGCAAAAGACCCCAGAUGAUGAAAGAGCCUCUGUAAGUGUUAACAUCAUGAUUGGCUUUCUGAUCUGACUUACAGUGGGAAAUAGAAAAUGUGGACAUUUGCAGCAUAUGCAGGGAUGUCCAAUGUAAAUUUAUUUUGCAUUUGUUUUGAAUUAUUUUUAAAGAAACACACUGAGCACCUUAGCCACUACAUCGCACUGUAGUGGUUAUGGUGCGAGAAGGGCCCUUGUGUUUUCCCUCCACUGUGAGUGUGUAAGAAGUCUAAGCAUGUUUGAACAGUUUAACUUCUUACCUGGGAUUUGCCAGAGCUGUAGUGGUGAUUGUGGUGUUCCAUUAUUGUAUUUUUAUAUAUUUUUAAAGCGUCUGGAAUGUCAGUCAAGCAAGUAGAAUCCUUUGAUUACGCAUCUGUAUGUGCUUCGCCAUUUCAAGCCUGCUCAAAUAUAUUUAUAUGUAUUUUUUUGACAAACCAUAUUAUCUCAUUCAGUUAGGAAGGUCCUUAGAAUUAUAGCUUUCUGUAUAUUGCAAUGUUCUGGUAAACCAAUAUUAUUUUUGCCCAACUUGUACAUGCUGUGUUUGCAAAUCUCACUCAAUUUGGGCUGAGUUCUCCCUCCUACAGGUGUGUACUGAGGCUGUGCUGGUUGGUGCACGUAACCCGGCUUACUAAAUGGUGAAGUGUGCUAUGUACAAACAUAUGGCUAUCAUCAUACAGAGCAGAUCCAAUUAUAGAUGGUCUCGUUUUACCCUCAUUCAUUAGCAGGCCAUAUGAAUGCAAGCAGAGUGAUAAGACUUUGAUUAGGAUCAUAAUUGACAAAUAUAAGAGUAUUCAUUAUUAUUAUAGUAAUGUAAUAUAUAUAUUAACUGUAGAAUAUUUUGAGACAUAAUAAUUAGUAAAACCUGUAUGCUGUCAUAUGCAACAUACACAUUCUGCCAAUCAUAUGCAACAUAUUUAAAUCGAUAAUUAGUUUUCGUAUAAUUGUUUUCCCUCUUUACAGUUUUUCUUUCCUUAUGUCUCUUGAGCCUUAAUGUUUAUAUUCCCUUGAUAUAGAUAGAUAGAUAGAUAGAUAUAUUCCUUGCAUUGGAUCUCAAGACUGUUUGUUUUUGUUCCUCUGUCCAUAAUGUCCGCAGUUUACCCUUUUGUGGGAUUUCUUUGACCGAUGGAUUGUGGGUAAAUAAACUAUGCAAAUGAGAUUGAAUUUUAAGCUACGCCCAUUGCCAGAGAUCAUGCUUCCCAUUAGAAAAAGAAGUCCCUACCUUUAUAUAUGUAACGGAUCACCUGGCACCCCGACUGGGUACCUCCGUUUGACUGAUGCUCCUAGUGCUUCCCGAGGGCUCCAAGCACUCCACUAGACACCAUAACCACCACAGACCCCACGAACCGCCACAGCUUGGUUGGGGUCUCGCUGUCUUCCACCCAAUCUGGACCCAAGACCAGGAUCCAGCUUCCAGUAGGUAGACCUCUCUUGUAAUCCAGAGAGCAGGAACAGCUCUUACAAGAGCUAGUAAUCACACUCUAACGAGUAUAGUGAUUAUAGCAAUCCCCCAAGCAUGAGCCAAGACUUCAUUAAGGGUAGAACAAGUCUGAGGAUUUAUUGGUACAGGUUUGCUUAUAUACAAUUCCUCAGGCCAGAGGCACACCCCCUGGACCUGAUUGAACACAGGCACACAAAGGACACAAACCAAUCAGUACAAUACAACAAUGUCCGACACCCCCACUUAGAGCACACAAUCCCUCCCCUCUGCCUGUGAUACAAUUAACAAAGACAAUGGGCUAACUCAAUUAACUCUAAACAGAAAAAACAUAAAUUUUUAUAAAUCCCAAAAAGUACCCCAUAAUACAACAUAUCCCCACAGUCACAUCCCCUGAUAGCCCCGAUCUGGGUGAACAACAUAUCCAAAAAUCACCCAGAUCGGUUCAGGAAUUUCCUGGAAGACUUAUUUUUGCCCCACCGUGCACAUGGCCCCAUGCCUAAAACAGUUCCAUACACUUGACGACAAACCGCCGCUGGACAAUUUAAGAUGGUCACCGCCACAUGUUUGAAUAUGUUCCAGUUAAAAGUUCAAAGGGCAGAAACAGUACUUUUGAAAAUGGGUUAUCACAGGGCCCAUAGUCCCAGGGUAGGAGGCUGGCACACAGGCCCCUCCAAAAACCAGUGUCGAAGUGGAUUCCGUGAUAAUAUAUAACUAGAAGAAGGUAAAUGUAAAAAAGAAAAAAACAAGGGGAAAUAGUGGGACAAAAAAGGAUUAAUAUACAAAUAUUAAACUGUACCCUACCCCCAUUCCUUUUGCUCAGACUAUAAUACGCAGAUAUUUCCAUAUUGUAUGGAUAAAAGCAAUAGCAAUAAGGUCAUUAUGAUACCAACUGAUUAAAGGAAUAGGAUUACAAGAUAUUAAUGUGAUAUCAUCCAAAUAAAAAAAAAAAAAAAACAAGCAAAACUUAUAAAUAUUAACCCACAUAUACAUGAUUUCUACAAUUGGUGUCUGGCCAUAAAGAGGACGGUCAGAGUAUUGACCUCUGUUAUCUUAGGGCUAAUCUCAUUAUCUGAGGCAUUGGCUAAAUAUUCUUUGACCUGGGGUUAUAUUUGUGUUAUUGAUUUUUACUCAUUCUUUUUUUGUUUUCAUUUCAUCGAAUAUGAUUGUACAUGUACUUGAACCCAUAUAGGCCUGAUGAUAUGGAAUGUACUUGUAUCCAUAAAUGGAGUAUAAAUAAAAUAGAAACCUGCAAAGUAACAUUGCCUCUUUAACUUCUUUGUGACAAAGUCCCUGGACAGUCACAGAAACUGUCAAAGAAAUGGAUUUUGGUGUUUACGUAUAAAUGUGCAUUUUCUGGCACUUCAUGUAUUUGCCCUGUUUAUUGCCUAAUUUGCAUCAAAAUGUUCCUUAUUGCGCUUUUUCUGACAUUUCGCCCUGCCCCCCCCCCCCCUUUUUUUUUGGGGGGGGGGUUCAAAAAUUCCUCAAUAUUUGUCUUUUCAUCCUUAGAAUUUAUUACUUUAUUUAUAAAUAAUUUGACUUCCUUUGUGAAUGUAAUCAAUGGUAAAAUCAACAAGGGAAAUAAAAAGUGAAAUAAAGGCAGAUUAUAUUGGCACAUUACAGCAAAGUCAGAAAAAUCCCUUCUUCAAUAUAUAAACCGUAGAGUAACCGUUUUAUAAAUAAGAAAAUGGUGCAUGCUCACAAAACUGUUCAAAAUAUGAAAGCAAAUGUUAAAUAAUCCCAACAGUGUCUAACUUUAAAUUCUAAUCUGAUCUGCAAAACAAGAUGUGAAAGUACUCAUGCAUGUGGGAUUUAAGAUAAAAAAAAUAUAUAAAUAUAUAUAUAUAUAUAUAUAUAUAUAUAUAUAUAUAUAUGUAUGUAUGUAUGUAUGUAUAUUGCAAACCUACGGAUAAGUGUAUGGUAUACAUUUCGACCCUCCUAAGCCAUUUUUAAAGCCAUUUUUUCUAAAAACUGCUUUAUAGAAAAGAAAUAAAGAAUCUUUUGUUAUAUAGCAUCUGUUACUUUUAAUAAGUGUUGACAAUGAAAAGAUAGCAGGGGAUGAAUGUUUGUGACUUCUACUGACCUGUGCUACCCCUACGGUUGGAAAUGAAAUUAAUUUGAUGAGGCCACUGCUGUUCUACUUCAGAGAACUAAAUAACCUAAAUCUCUGCACUGAAAAUUAUUAACGGGAUCAGAAGACUAGAAUAAUUCCUUUUAUCAUGAAUACUUGUAAAUGUUACGUUAUUGCAGAAAUGUUAUACUGACAUGAGUUCAUCAUUGCCUUAAACUGAAUUUGUAGUUUUUUCCUACAUUCCAAAGAACCCUUUAUGGUUUUCUGCUUUGUUUUUCUUACUUUUGUCUAGAAAGUGAAAAAUGAAAAUUACAUAAUAAAAAAGGGAAAAAAAUCAAAAACUAUUGCUGCUGCUACCCAAGUGACAUUGACACCCUUUGACAAAAUAUGACUGUCCUAAAUCCAUCUUCUGCCUUUACCUCUUAUCCCAACAAAAACCUCCAUCUCCACAGCAUUAUUUCUGUUCCAGUUUCCGAUAUUUUCUCACCAAUUCUAGUCUAAUUUCCAUAUCCUCCUUAAAGCCAAUUUCCAUCUAAAGCACUAUCUUGCCUCCCAAGCCUAUCCAAGUAAAUUCCAAUCCCUUAGUUUGAAUAAAUGAUCACUAUUUAGAUUUUCAAAAUUUCUAAGAAAACUUGAACCAGUGAAUCACAGUUAUCCACAGUAAUAUAUAGUUUUGGAAAUGUGCAUUUCUCUGUGUUUGGGGGAUAGAAGAGUGAUAUGACAUCUCCACUUUUUAUUAAACAGGAAAGUCAGGAAAUAUAUUCAGAAUUUGCAAUCCCAGACCCUGUUAGCUGUUACAUUAAAUAAUGUAUAGUUGGAGUGCAGAUUUAAUUGUGAAAAGCAAAUGAGAAAAAUCUUUAAAAUAUACAUUUGAUUGAUAAAGAAAACCUUGAUUAUACUAAUGUCUGGUGCCACAAACUCAGGAGAACUCCUCUGGCUGGAUUCUUGGUUUUCUUCCACUCUCUAAAUCUAUUCUUUUCUUAAUUUCUGAUCUUUUUCUGGUAAAAACAUAGAACACAAGGGACGAUUUUGUCUUGUGUAUUUUUCUUACCCUUGACAAAGGAUAAAGCUUAAGGCAAGCUCCACUUCCAUUGUCAAGUCCCAUUAGUCCCAUUUUCCUACAAGACUCACCUGCAAGAUUCAUCCAUCCUUUCUCUACUCUCAUGAUCCAUCUUUCUCAGAGCAUCGCAAAUCUAGACAAACAGUGAGCAUGCGCGAGACUCUGGAAAACGGCACAUGACAGAAGCAUGCAUUAAUCACUGACAGAAUACCCUAAAAUGGUAAAAAUGGGCAAAAUGCAAAAAUAAAAUAUACAUUGGGGAGACAAUACAGACUCAGAGUCGAGGGAGGACACGUAAAAAGAAAACAAUAUGUGACAGAGCCACGUUAAAUAUUAAAAGUGGAGCUUCUUUGUGACACAAAGAUUGGUGGGGAAGUGACAUAUUAAUUGCACAGCACUAACCUAAUUCACUCCUCUAACUUCAUAAACAGUAUGUUUUAAUUUAUCUUGCAUUUAUUUGAUCAGCAUCACACACAUUCAUACAGUGUGAUUGAGAGCUGGAUUGUACUCCGGGUAGGAUAGCAGAGUAAAGUCUAGAAAAUGUAAUUAACAUAUGGUUACGGAGGCUGUUAAGUGACAAUAGGGGUCAGUCAUAAAGAGUAAUUCUGAAAGUGGAACUAUCAGCUUGAAAAUUGUAUUAAGUUCCACAGUGACUGCUCCACUUUUUGAUGCUUGGUUGAAAAUAAAACUUUAUGUAUAAACUCCAGUAUAUGGAUGUAUAAAAAUGAGGUAUAAGGAACUAGCCAGCAAAGCAAAUAAAGGGACACUAUAGUCACCAGAACAAUUACAGCUUAUUGCAUUUGUUCUGGUGAGUAGAAUCAUUACCUUCAGGCUUUUUGCAGCAAACACUGUCUUUUCAGAGAAAAUGCAGUAUUUACAUUACAGCCUAGUGAUAACUUCACUGGCCACUCCUUAGAUGGCUGCUAGAACUGCUUCUCAUCUCUGUCUUGCCUAGUGUGCAUCACAACAUUCAGUAUCUCCACCCUCUGCAUGCAGAUACUGAACGCUCCUCAUAGAGAUUCAUUGAUUCAAUUUAUCUCUAUGAGGAGAUUCUAAUUGGCCAGGGCUGUGUUUAAAUUGUGCUGGCUCUGCCCCUGAUCUACCUCCUUGACUGUCUCAGCCAAUCCUAUAGGGAAGCAUUGUGAUUGGCUCAGGAUAACGCUUCUGAUUAUAUCAGCAGACAGCUUGUAGGUCUGAGGCAGACAAGUGCAAAGCCAGCAGCUUCAGGCUUGAAUACAAGUACGAUUUUACUAUAUUUAGGGAUGCAAGAGAGGGCUAGAUGGUGGCUUUAACACUAUAGGGUCAGAAAUAUAUGUUUGUGUUCCUGACCUUAUAGUGCUCAUUUAAGCGAUGUCUGAGUGAGCUGUACAUAGAAAAAAAGGUUUGAAAUGAAUAUAUUAUUAAACGGCUUGCAUCUCACAAAUAACUGUGAUUGUCCAUUUCGAGGCUCCUGAGCGAGUCUGUAUAGAAUGCUUUUCCUACUUCGCCUAGUGCGCAUUCUUGUGCUUUAAAAAAAAAAUUAAUAAUUUUACUUAACCAAAUCAACAGUUGAUAAAUAUUUGCUAUCAUUAUCUCAUCAAAUGGUUUAUUUUACAUUAUUAUUUUAAUAACAUCUCAUGCUCAGUCUGUACUUCUGAGUGAUGCCCCCACUUCUGCAUUAGAUUAUUGGAAAACACCACUGUAAACAUUGUUUGAAAAGUACCCUUCAAAGAUAAUCUUAUGGAUUGCAAACUGGUUUAGCAGGACCUUCACCUAUUCACCUCUGUUACAUUCUGUAUGUAAAUUACUUGUCACAUAUCCUCAUUCUAUAAUUGUAAAGUGCUCUGGAAUAUGUUGUUUCUAUAUAAAUAGUAAUAAUAAUCUUAACCUCCUUUGAGGGAAAAAGAUGUGCAAAGAAUCCUUCCAUUUAAACCUAAUGUUGGUUGAUGUAUCCUAAUAAUAAUAAACCAAUAAUUGAGCUGCAGUUACUGAAACAGUCAUAUUCAUUGCAUUUCUACUUCUGUGACUCACGUUGUAUGCAUUAUCCACCCAUAAUCUUGUUUCUUUUCUCAUCUGUCUCUUUUCCAGGCUCUAGAUGGGCAGAAUAUAUACAAUGCAUGCUGUACUCUACGCAUUGAAUCCUCCAAGCUAACAAGCCUUAAUGUCAAGUACAACAAUGACAAGAGCCGUGAUUUUACCCGCAUCGAUCUACCUACUGGCGAAGGGCAGCCCACACUUGAUGCCACAAUGGCUACAGCUUUUGGUGAGCACUGUAAUAUUACUAUUAUUAAUUACACAGAUAUAGCAUGCAUUUUCAAUUACACAUGAAAGCUUAUCGGACAGGACUCUUCUCCCCAUUUUUUUAUUGGUAGUUUAAGUUUUGAUUACUUACGAUUUGUUGUGUGUUGCUUUUUUUUCUUCUUCUUCUUCUUCAGUUUGAAGGGCAAAUACAAUGUCAUUACAAACGUGGAUGUAGAACACAUGUAUAAUGAAAAUGUCUUCAGGAACAUUACUAGUUCCCCUUAUGAUAUCCUUAAAAUAACUGCAAAUUUGCAUGUGAAUUAUUGUACUUGGCUACAUGAAGUAGGCAUUCUGCUGCAGGGCUUUGUAUAAUAGUUAUGGUGAUUCAUAGACAUUGUAGCUUGAAAUCAGAGCCUAUCCUGUUGGCCACCCAGUCCAACCAUAGUCUCACAAGGGAAGAAAUCAAUCAAGAAUAAAAGUCAGAUCAUGGUGAAAUAACUGCUAGAGGAGCCUAGAUACGAUGGAGUAGCCUUCUAAACAGCAUAGAAGGCAAUUGUGUUUCUAUAACUGUUUCAUUUUUAGAAAAACAACAACAAAAAACAUGCAUUGCUGAGUUUGUGACUGCAUGAAAUGAAAAUAAUCCCUGGAAUUUGGAUGGGAAUUAAAGAUUCUCUUCUCCACCAAACUCCAAAAAACUGUUCUAGAUUCUCCUUUGUGGCAGUCUUCUUGAACAAAAUCCUCCUUGUUCUUCAUUGUAUGUCAAUCUUCAUUCUGUAUAACCCUACUGUAAAUCACAAUGGAAUGUCUUUUUUAGAAAGUAUAAUAGUAUUUGGAUUUAGAUACAUCAUUAAGAAGCAUAUCAUUUAAAGUAAAGUCUUUCUUCUAUCCAGGAAGAGGCUUGUUUCAUCUCCCAGUAAUAAAACAUAUCGGUUCUUGCAAGGUUACAUUUUAUUUGCCAACAAAAGUAGCACUUUGUCUAUGCUGUGCUUGCACUUUAGUUUUAAAGAUUAGCAUGACCUCAGUGAAUGCCUGAGAAAUGAUUGCAGUUGUGUAAUAAUCUGAAAAGAACACCGUUGGUGUCUCUUGUCUUUGCAUUUUUCAGUGUUUUUGCUCAAGUAGAGAUGCCACUUCUAAAGUACAAUCAAAUUAGUUUCUAUAUUUCCAUGUUCUGAAUGUCACUUGAUAAAUACUCCCUUUGUGUGUAACAAGAACCAUAGUCCACAGUUUAGCUUAUUACAGUCUGUUUAGCUUGUUAUGGGCUACCUGUAAUUACUGUCAAUAAAAAAACUGUCAUACAUUUUGUGUCACAUCUCUUUACUGUCUGCAUAAUUGCUGCACUGCCAGCACGAACAUGCUGCCCACAUCAAACUUGUCUUCUCGAAAGAGUUUGUAAAUUGCCUUAUUCAUCAUGUUGGCAUGUCCCUGUUACUUUUUCAAAGUUCUUCACUAAGGUAAGAAUUACCAUGCAUUCAAAGUGAAUUUCAAAUUUAAGGCCAAAAUAGUCCAACUAAAAACAGAAUUUUUGUAUUUUGGUUUUUAAAGGAUCACUAUAGGGUCAGGAACACAAACAUGUAUUCCUGACCCUAUAGUGUUAAAACCACCAUCCACCCCCUCUGGGUCCCUCAUGCCUCCAUAAAUAUAGUAAAAAUCUUACUGUAUUCAAGCUUGAAGCUGUAAUUCUGCAUGCUGUUAGACUCAGAAAAACAAGCUGUCUGCUGACAUCAGAAGUGGUAGCCUGAUUCAAUCACAAUGCUUCCCCAUAUGAUUGGCUGAGACUGACAAAGAGGCAGAUCAGGGGCAGAGCCAGCAUGAUUCAAACACAGUCCUGGCCAAUCCGCAUCUCCUCAUAGAGAUGAAUUGAAACAGUGAAUCUCUGAGGAAAGUUCAGUGUCUGCAUGCAGAGGGAGGAGAAAAUGACUGUUUGGAUGCAUUUUAGGCAGCCAUGACCCAGGAACGAUAUCUAACAGCUAUUUGAGGAGUGGCCAGUGAAGUUAUCACUAGGCGGUAAUGUAAAUACAGCAUUUUAUCUGAAAAGACAGUGUUAACAGCAAAAAGCCUAAAGGUAAUGAUUCUUCUCACCAGAACAAAUUCAAUAAACUGUAGUUGUUCUGGUGACUACAGUGUCCCUUUAAGGGUUACCCCAAGCAUCAUAGCCACUACAGCCCCAUUACCUAGAUCCCUGCCAGGCUAUUACGAUCUCUGGUGGUCCAGUGACAUGCUUCCACUGAGUUGCAGAAUAUGGUAGCUGUGGAGGUUUUGCAAUGUGUUGCCUGGUUUGCCAUGUCUGAACAGGGUUCUGACAUAAUAAGAUAAAUCUUCAUAAUACAUUUAAAUGAAAAUGGAGCAUCUAAUAAAAAAGAUUAAUAUAAGUUAUAGUUGAUUUUCUAUUUUUUUUUUUUUUAGUCAAUGAGUAAAUUGCAGAGAAUAGGUAGUACACUUUUUAAAUUGAUACUUUUGAAUUGAUGUCUAACCCAUUUCUAUCAUUUGUAUACAAUUAAUGAUAAAAAUAUACUUCUCUCUGAAUAUCUGUAGUGAUAAAAUCUGCUUAGCUUAAAUGUGUUUUAGUCAAUUUUCCAAAAUAUACUACACCAUCACAAAUGUUUGUGCUUUUAUUUUAGGAAGUUUUCGCUGAUGUCUAUUGUGUACACGCAUCUGGUGUUAAGAAAUGGUUGUUGUCAGUAUUGAAUGGAAAUUAGAAAACUGAAUAGAUGGGGCUGUCAUGCAUGAUGAUAAAACCUACAGGCUAAUGUUUUGUUUUUUAAUUUUUGUGUGUUCAGCAUUCAACAGCUAUAGUACGGUCCUUGCCCACCCCUCCCAUGCUUACGAAUGAACAAUCUAUUAAUGUAGAUAACAACUUUAAUGGCCUGUCAAGCUCUAUUAUAGUUACUUGUGCAGUAUUCGAAAAAGAAUAACCAGUGAUUUUUUUUUGUAUCUUUGGUUUUAAAACCUCUAAAUAAAUAAAGUUGUAUAUUUAUCUUUACACAUCAUUAAAGAGAAAUAAAUUAUGAAUUUGAGGCAGCUAAAGGAUACACAGUAGAAUUGGCUACCUGUAGCAGAAGUUAAGAUUAGUUCUGUGCCUCCCUUUGAUAUGCAGGACUGCAUAAUAUCCAGGAGCAUAGGUUGGCAGGACUUGACAAGAGUUUAUCCUCCCUUCCUUCGAAGAAAAAAAACAAAGCAAUCAUAACAUACCUAUUUUUUGAGUGCCUCUUGUUGGAAGUAAUAAAAAGUAUCUUUGAAGUUUGCAGAUUAGAGGAAGUACCUGUAUUUAAAUACCUGUACUUUUAUUCUCAAAUGGACACUGUGCACAUCCCAUAAACCUCUUUAAGAAGAGUUCUAGGGGAUAUGUAAUAAGACUUUCAGCUUUCUGUAGAUACUUACAGGGAGCCGGAGACCUGGCCAUGUGUAAUGUCAUUAAUAAAAAAUACUGUUUGUGCAAGGUAACAGUAAUGUAAUUGUGUUUAACGGUAAUUUAGUCUGACUGCAUAACGACACAACAACACUGAAAAGAAAUGUAAUGCUUAAUUUUUCCCUAAAUCAUUUCAAACAUUCCUAGUACUGUUGUUACAAUUGUUUUACCCACCUGGUAACUACCCAUAUCUUUAGAGGUGAAGAGAACACAAGUUUGUUUGGCUUUUCCCAGUGUGUCAAAUAAAAACUCCAAGCAAUUAACCACUGCAUCUUUUUUAUUUUACCAAUUAAAGGACCACUCUAGGCACCCAGACCACUUCAGCUUAAUGAAGUGGUCUGGGUGCCAGGUCCAGCUAGGGUUAACCCAUUUUUUAAUAAACAUAGCAGUUUCAGAGAAACUGCUAUGUUUAUGAAUGGGUUAAGCCUUCCCCCUAAUCCUCUAGUGGCUGUCUCAUUGACAGCCACUAGAGGCGCUUGCGUGCUUCUCACUGUGAUUUUCACAGUGAGAGCACGCCAGCGUCCAUAGGAAAACAUUGUAAAUGCUUUCCUAUGAGACCGGCUGAAUGCGCGCGCAGCUCUUGCCGCGCGUGCGCAUUCAGCCGGCAGGGAGGAACGGAGGAGGAGAGAAGGAGGAGAGCUCCCCGCCCAGCGCUGGAAAAAGGUAAGUUUUAACCCCUUUCCCCUUUCCAGAGCCGGGCGGGUGGGGGCACCCUCAGGGCACUAUAGUGCCAGGAAAACGAGUAUGUUUUCCUGGCACUAUAGUGGUCCUUUAAUGUAAAGUAGUAAAAUACAUGAUACAUUAUCUGUCCAAAUAAUUGUAUAAUGGGAGUAUGGAUUGCGUGAAUACUCGGUGCAAUAAAAAGCUAUAAGCAGUGGGGUAACGGAGGACUCUGACAAAAAUCCACAGUGCCAAAACGUUCUUAAACCAAUUGGUGAAACUAAUUGAAAUGUUUACUAGGGGAAGGUGUUCAGUGGAUGGAAGUUUGUUUCCAUGUGUGCCAACAAGUGGCAUAACCCAUGAGAAAUAAUCCUAUAGGCAAAAAAUAAAUUAAAAAAAUAAAUUAUAUAGCUUACCGACGUAAUGUUUGUGUGUGUGUGUGUGUGUGUGUGUGUGUGUGUGUGUGUGUGUAUAAUAGUAAAAUAUGGUAAAUAUAUAUAAUGGUAAUUAUAAAGUAACCAGACUAACAAAACUGCCUUUUUUGUGCUGAAUGCAAGAUUACACAUGGCUAACAUUCAGCUUCAACCAUAUUUCUUUGUAUUCGUUCUGUUUUCUUUCAGUCAUCUAAAUUUAUUGCAAUGGUGAAGUUCAGCCAGGCACAAUAUUUACCCAGCUGCAACGGCCUAUGGACAGUUUAUCAUUUAAAUGAGUGUGGGAGAGAGUGCUGUUUGGUAUUGAUAGGGUGGAGGACCAAUAUAAUUACAUGCAUGCUCCCCCACACCUUAAUUACACCUCUGCCAACUGUUAAGCAAGUGCCUGUUACAUGCUAUGGACAUCCAACGUGAGCAUGUUUUUCACUUGAACACAUGUAGGCCUGCAAUGCCGAUCAGCCUCAGCCAGUGCCCAGAUGGUCAAUACAAGAUCAUUCUCUCCCUGAGAUAAGCAGUCUAGUGAAAGAUGUCACUAAAUUAAAUCAGACGUUGGGCUAGUUGGUGACACAGCAUCUUCAUCCAAAUAUCGGUUUCAUACAGUUUACAUAUGUUUAUAGAGACAAUGGUUAAAGAGUAGAUAGGUGAAACGUUUUGCUUGUGUUUCUUUAGUUUCCACAGAAAUUGUUUAUUCUGCCAUGUCAGCAAAAUUGAUGUGACUGGAAUAAUAAAACCCCCUUUAAUCACCUGUAAAUGAAAUAACUUUAAAUAGUAAAGUAUACAUUUUAAAAAUGGUCAUGUGGACCACCAUGGGGAAUAAAUGCAAAAAAAUAAAUAAAUAAAAAAUAGAGAUUUGACAAGGUCCAUUUCAGACUUUGCAUUGGGGCAUAUCUUAUGUACUGCAAAAUAGACAAGUGCAAAGAAACUGUACAUAACAACUGGAUAUAUUGGUAACAUUCUUGAUUUUGCCCAGCUUAUGCCAUCAUUAAUAGAAAAUGUUUCUUGAUAACAAUAAUAAAGAUAAACUGGAUAUUCAUGCCAAUAGACUCCUCAAGAAUCUCGAUAAUUACAUACUAUAUGUCAUUGGUGUGUUUCCUUUUUCUGAGAAUUUUUAAUUGUGUGAAUUUUUAAUUUAUUGUGUGAAUAAAGAGAGAAGUGCUCAUACCAUUGUACAGAGCACUGGUGAGACCUCAUUUGGAGUAUUGUACACAGUACUGGAGACCCUAUCUUCAGAAGGAUAUUGAUACUUUAGAGAAAUUUCAGAGAAGGGCUACUAAACUGGUUCAUGGAUUGCAGGAAAAAACUUACCAGGAAAUGUUAAAGGAUCUUAACAUGUAUAGCUUAGAGGAAAGGCGAGACGGGGGGAUAUGAUAGAAACAUUUAAAUACAUAAAGGAAAUCAACACCGUAAAGGAGGAGACUAUAUUUAAAAGAAGAAAAACUACCACAACAAGAGGACAAAGUCUUAAAUUAGAGGGGCAAAGGAUUAAAAAUAUUUUCAGGAAGCAUUACUUUGGUCCACUACCAUACAGGGUAGUGGAUGCAUGAAACAGCCUUCCAACUGAAGUGGCAGAGGUUAAGACAGUGAGGGAGUUUAAACAUGCAUGGCAUAGGCAUAAUGCUUUCCUAACUAUAAGAUAAGGCCAGGGACGUAUUAGCCGCGAGGCAAACAAGGUACUUGCCUCAGGCGGUCCUUUCCAGGGGGCAGCAAAAAAAGCCGCCCCCAAAUGCCCAUGCAAAUGUCUUGUUAGCCUGACGGCUGUCUAAAAAUCCGGUCAGGCGAGGGAGCACUGAUUAGUCAGCUCCCGGCUCCAGGCGUCUUAUUCUGCGGCGCUUGAGGGAGCUGAGCAGAGAGCUCACUAAUCACUAAUCAGUGCUCCCUCGCCUGACCGGAUUUUCUUGCCCAGCAGCCACACUGGACCCCAGGGAAAGUGAGAACCCCCCCCCAGCAUUCCCAAAGGUAAGGAGGCUGGGGGGAUUGAAUAAAAAAAAAAAAAAAAUUGUUUUAAUGUGUGUGUGUCUGUUAGGGAGUGUGUGUCUGUUAGUGUGUGUGUGUGUGUGUCAGGGAGUGUGUCUGUUAGUUUGUGUGUGUCUGUUAGUGAGAGUGUAUGCGUGUCUGUUAGUGAAAGUGUGUUUCUGUAUGUGUCUGUUAGUGAAUGUGUGUGUAUUUAGAAGGUGGGGCGGGGGGGUGCCUGGGUUUUGUCAUGCCCGGGGCAGCACAAAACCAGGAUGCACCACUGGAUAAGGCCAGGGACUAAUUAAAAGUAUUUCGAAUAUUACGCAGACUAGAUGAGCCGUAUUUAUGAUAACAUUCUUCCCUAAUGUGUGACCUUCGGAAAGAUCAUCACCUGAAACCUGCUAUUUUGUUUGGCUAUGUUUUCAUUAAUGAAAAUUGAAAUGCUAACAAUAGUUUUUUCAGGACUGUAGGUUCCCUUCUGUUCCCCUGUUCCCUUUUGGUUUUAAAAAUUAAAGUUUAAAAGAGAGAACCCGUUUUCAUUGCCUGGACUCCUCUGCUUAAGCUACGAUCUGCUCCACUUCAGUGCUUCUGAUAGAGAAUUGAAUAGGUAUUUACAGCAUUUGAUUACAGUUUCACUUAGUUCUGGAGUAGGAAGCUCUCCUGUCAGGAAGAUGGCCACUAGAAGUGUAUUUUUAACCCUGCAAUAGAAACAUUGUGGUCAGGGCUGUCUUUAACAAGCGGCAGCUGCCCCGUUCCUAGUUAUUGUUGGGGCCCAAGGCAGCUGACCAGUCAGCCCCGCUGCCCGUAACAAUUAUUUUUUCCCUCAUUGGCCCGCCGGUGCGACUGCAGCUGGGGGCCCACAGACUAAGGAGGCCCACCAGGUGGCCCUAAGUGCCACCCAAUGGGCAUUUGUCAGCAGUGGCCCAGUCUGGCGUCCGGGCCACCUUGCUUACUGGCAGAAUGGGAGGAAGUGACAGCCGCGAGUCACUUCCUCCUAGAGAGAGCACCCACCGGGAGAGACGACGGAGGCAGAGAUAAGGGGGACUGUGAGAGCUGGAGCAGCCUCCCAGCCAUGUCAGUCACCAUACUGGAUGGCAGAUAAAUCAGCCUACAAGGUAGGAAAGGAUGGGUUAUGUUUCUGAAAAUACUUUACAACAAUCAAUGUAAUAGUGAGUGGUAACAAGGGCAAAUUUAAAGCCAUUCUGAAAAUUGUAAUAAUGUCUCUGCCUCAAGCUGUAAAUUUUGCAUGUGUGUCAGUAUGUCUGUUAGUUUGUGUGUGUGUUUGUGUGUGUGUGUGUGUGUGUGUGUCAGUAUGUCUAUCUAUCUGGGUGUGUGUAAAUAUGUCCAUUUGUUUCAAGCACAUUUCGAGGUAUUGCUGUGCUUUGUGUCUCUUUGAAGAUGCUAUAAUAGGAAUACAGAAAACGUGGAUUAGAAAGAUAAUCUAAAAUGGUCUCACAUGGGAGUAUUUAGAACAAAUAAUGCAGCCACAAUAAUAUUGCGCCUGCAGAUGGGCAACUUUACAUCAAAGCGUGGAAUGAUGAGACCGCUUAGAAGCGCAAGUCAAGUCAGUUCCACACAUGGACCUUAGUGCUGUGACCAACAACGGUAUUUAUAGCACACCCAAGUCAAUUUUCCAAAAUUUGGAAAAACCUGUAAUUGAUGAUCAAGUAUCAUUAGUUGGUGGAUACAAAAAAGAAGAAAAGUGAAUGGCGCUUACACAGUAAAACAGGAGCACAGUUGGAGUGGAAAGGGUGUUCCCCAACACCCUAAAAUCAAGUAAUAGAAAAAGGUACUAAAAGCAACAAGUGCCAAAUACACACACCACUCCCUGUGUAUCAAAACAGGCAAUAAUAAUACUUAUACAUGUACAGGUACAUAUAGGAGAUGGUCCAUAUAAAAACCUAUAAAGAUAAAAAAAAUAGUACAUAGUAUAGCCUGUAUAUACAGAAGAAGGAAAUAUGGAAGUGAUUGAAUACACUCACGGAUUUCAGAGCCGUGCCAGGCUCUGUAUAUGGUGCCCAAGGGUGCCUCAGAAGGCUCUGUGGAGAAUCUUGAAUAAUAUCCCCCAGAAGUAGGAAAAAACAGCAGCAGAAGGAUGAAUAAAAAAUAAUAAAUUUAUUGUAAGUAAAAAUUAAAAAUUAAAAUAGUAACUGUGCAGGUCCCAUAUGGUGACACACAGAAUCACAGUCAUGCAGACGCGUUUCAACUCAGUCCGAGUUUUCAUCAGUGCAUAAAACAUCCAGCUGCUGUUCCAUUUUAAAAUCACUGCUUAUUCUAAUUGCCGGUCACAUGGGCGGAAGUUCGAGUGGCCGGCGUCUGACGUCACUUCCGGUAUUUCAGCAUUCAUUUUCCUGCUUGAUUGUAUUCAAUGCAUUUGCCCAGUUGAAGCUGAAAACUCCAUGUAGUGAAUGGGCAUAUUGUAUGAUUAUUAGAGUGCAUACAGGAACAAUGAUUUAUACUAAGAAAAGUGACAUAAUUGUCUAUACAAAUAGCAGUAAUCAUACAAUGAUAUGUAUAAAAGAGAAAAUUAAUUGGUAAACAACAUUAUAAACACAUAAUACCUUAUGUCAGUUUCAAAUAGAUUUGUUAGUACAUUUGCCCAAAUGAAGCAAAAAGCUCCAUAUUAAAGAUGGGCACCUUUCAUAUAUUAUAAAGUGUGUACAUAUAGGUAGUCAUUUAUAACAUGAAAAGAGACAUAACUAUUUGUGCAAAUAGCAACAAUAGUGCAAUGCUGCAUACCAAAAGGAAAAAAAAAAGGAAUAUAUAUGUAUUAAUAAAAAACAACAACAUAUGGGCACAUAGUAUGUGGUAUCUUAAAGGUAUACAUCACAUCUAGGUUAUGUAAAUGUAGCCCAUAUAGAAUAGGAUUGGUGAGUGAAAGAAAAAAGAAAAUGUAAUUAUAAAAAAUGAGCUAAUUCAAAAUCUAAAUUCAAGCCCUUAGGGGAUAAAGUGUUUAAUUCGAAUAUCCACCUACUUUCAAUUUUGCAGAGUUCUUUGAAAUUAUCUUCACCCCUCCAAUCCUUUUUCUUUUGAGCAAUGGCAAUAAAAUUAACAUGCGAAGGAUCACUGUUGUGACAUUGUAAGAAAUGUGCGGAGACACUAUGUUUGGCAUAACCCCUCUGUAUAUUGCCCAAGUGUUCCAGCAUGCGGGUUUUUAAUGUUCUCGUGGUCAUUCCCACAUACUGGAGUCCACAAGGGCACCAGAGGAGGUAUAUCACAUUACUAGAGUGGCAGGUGAGGAUAGAAUUGAUCUUAUAUUCCUUUUUGGAUAUGUUAGAAGUAAAUUUAGUGUGUGUGUCUUUCUUAGAUUUUGUUCUUUUGCAAACUGUGCACAUUUUACAUGGAUAGAAGCCAUAUUUUUGUUUAAAAAUAUUAGUAUUAGCAGUCUGAGUUUUUAUAUGGUUUUUAACCAAUAGACUUUGGAGAUUUUUUGUGCCUCUAUAUACAAUUUUUGGUUUUUCACUAAUGAUGUUAUUAAGACCUUCAUCGGUUUUUAGGAUGUGCCAGUGUUUCUGAACAAUAGAUUUUAUAUGUUUAGCAUCACCACUAUAGUCCAAAAUUAAAAGGGGUUCCUCUGUUUGUUUAGUUGCUUGUCUAUCUUUAUAUCCUAACUGGGACUCUCUAUUUAGUUGUUUAAUUUCCUGGAUUUGGUGAUCUAAAGUGGUUGGAUCAUACUUCUUUUCAACAAAAAAGUUUUUUAAUCGUCCCGCCUGUUCCUCAUAUUCCUUAAUGUCACUGCAAUUUUUGAAAAUGCGGUUGAAUUGACUUUUGGGUACAUUGCGCAACCACGGAUCAUAAUGACAACUCGUGGUGUCAAUGUACCCAUUUACAUCCACCGGUUUAAAAUAGGUUCUGGUGAGGAUAUGGUUGUUGGAGACAUAAAUCUCUAGAUCUAAAAACUGAACUGACGUUUGGCUAAUUUGACUAGUCAAAACAAUAUUUCUGCAAUUGUCGUUAAGACCCUCCAAGAAGAGAUCCAAAGAAGUUCUGGACCCCUUCCAUAUAAAAAAAAUAUCGUCGAUAUAUCUGCGAUAGAGGACCAGACCCGCCCCCAUAUCGUCCCGAACUGGGAGGAAGGUACCCUCCCAGUGAGACAUAAACAGAUUAGCAUAGCUGGGAGCGAAUCUGGUCCCCAUCGCAGUUCCGACUAACUGUAGAAAAAAGGUCCAAAAGACCGUGGGGUCAGGGAGAAGGGGAUGUAGAGCAGGAAGAAUUUUGGACUUUGAAAAAAAGAGGGAAAAACCAUCAUUAGGUAUUUUUAACCUUUCAAACAAAAUACUAACAAAUAAAGAAUUAGAAGUCCUUAAUAAGGUCUUAAAAUUCGCACCGACUAGUACUAAUAAACCUUUCAACACCUUUAUAGACAUUCAUAAAUUUAUUCUAAAACUUUGUCUAAAGAAACAUUUUAAGAAAUUCCCUACCAAUGUAUUAAGGGAAACUAAUAAUGACAACUUCAUACAUACAAACUUAAAAGACAAAUCUCAUUUUUUUCCAAAAAAUCAUAUUAGUGGUGAAAUGAAAGUUUUUGAGAAACUAGUAACUAAUGAUGUGACAGAUAUCUAAGAAGAAAAAAAGUAAUCUAAACCAUUCUCAAAUUAAAGCCCUGAGAGAUCUUCAACAAGAUCACAAUAUUAUUAUUAAGCCAGCAGACAAGGGUGGAGGCAUCGUUGUGCUGAAUGUUGCGGACUAUAUGGAAGAGGUAUACAGACAGCUCAAGAUGCCUCCACCUAUGUUAAACUUAAAGCUGACCCUACCCCAGAAAUAAGAAAGAAAUACACCUCACUACUAAGUAAAGGUAUGGAAGAUGGGAUUCUCAAUAAACAUGAAUAUAAAUAUUUAAAUAUAUCGGUAUGUCGCAUACCAGUUCUUUAUAUUCUCCCAAAAAUUCAUAAGGAUACAAAGAAGCCUCCUGGAAGGCCCAUAGUAUCCGGGGUAGGAUCCCUUUUGAGUAGGCUAUCUGAAUACAUAGAUAGACAACUCCAACCUUUGGUGACAUCUCAACCAACCUACCUUAGGGACUCCACACAGUUAUUAAAGACCCUACAGAACAUUCAAUGGGAAGAAGAUUUUUAUCUGGUCACAUGUGAUGUGACCAGUUUGUACACUAUCAUUUCACAUAAGCUGGGCUGUGAAGCUAUUAAAUAUUUUUUGUCACACAGUAACAAGUUUGUUGAGAACCAGAUUAACUUCAUUAUAGACAGUAUCUAUUUAAUCCUUACCAACAAUUUCUUUUGGUUUGAUGGUUCCUUUUUUCUACAGUUAGUCGGAACUGUGAUGGGGACCAGAUUCGCUCCCAGCUAUGCUAAUCUGUUUAUGUCUCACUGGGAGGGUACCUUCCUCCCAGUUCGGGACGAUAUGGGGGCGGGUCUGGUCCUCUAUCGCAGAUAUAUCGACGAUAUUUUUUUUAUAUGGAAGGGGUCCAGAACUUCUUUGGAUCUCUUCUUGGAGGGUCUUAACGACAAUUGCAGAAAUAUUGUUUUGACUAGUCAAAUUAGCCAAACGUCAGUUCAGUUUUUAGAUCUAGAGAUUUAUGUCUCCAACAACCAUAUCCUCACCAGAACCUAUUUUAAACCGGUGGAUGUCAAUGGGUACAUUGACACCACGAGUUGUCAUUAUGAUCCGUGGUUGCGCAAUGUACCCAAAAGUCAAUUCAACCGCAUUUUCAAAAAUUGCAGUGACAUUAAGGAAUACGAGGAACAGGCGGGACGAUUAAAAAACUUUUUUGUUGAAAAGAAGUAUGAUCCAACCACUUUAGAUCACCAAAUCCAGGAAAUUAAACAACUAAAUAGAGAGUCCCAGUUAGGAUAUAAAGAUAGACAAGCAACUAAACAAACAGAGGAACCCCUUUUAAUUUUGGACUAUAGUGGUGAUGCUAAACAUAUAAAAUCUAUUGUUCAGAAACACUGGCACAUCCUAAAAACCGAUGAAGGUCUUAAUAACAUCAUUAGUGAAAAACCAAAAAUUGUAUAUAGAGGCACAAAAAAUCUCCAAAGUCUAUUGGUUAAAAACCAUAUAAAAACUCAGACUGCUAAUACUAAUAUUUUUAACCAAAAAUAUGGCUUCUAUCCAUGUAAAAUGUGCACAGUUUGCAAAAGAACAAAAUCUAAGAAAGACACACACACUAAAUUUACUUCUAACAUAUCCAAAAAGGAAUAUAAGAUCAAUUCUAUCCUCACCUGCCACUCUAGUAAUGUGACCACUCUAGUAAUGUGAUAUACCUCCUCUGGUGCCCUUGUGGACUCCAGUAUGUGGGAAUGACCACGAGAACAUUAAAAACCCGCAUGCUGGAACACUUGGGCAAUAUACAGAGGGGUUAUGCCAAACAUAGUGUCUCCGCACAUUUCUUACAAUGUCACAACAGUGAUCCUUCGCAUGUUAAUUUUAUUGCCAUUGCUCAAAAGAAAAAGGAUUGGAGGGGUGAAGAUAAUUUCAAAGAACUCUGCAAAAUUGAAAGUAGGUGGAUAUUCGAAUUAAACACUUUAAUCCCUAAGGGCUUGAAUUUAGAUUUUGAAUUGGCUCAUUUUUUAUAAUUAAAUUUUCUUUUUUCUUUCACUCACCAAUCCUAUUCUAUAUGGGCUACAUUUACAUAACCUAGAUGUGAUGUAUACCUUUAAGAUACCACAUACUAUGUGCCCAUAUGUUGUUGUUUUUUAUUAAUACAUAUAUAUUCCUUUUUUUUUCCUUUUGGUAUGCAGCAUUGCACUAUUGUUGCUCUUUGCACAAAUAGUUAUGUCUCUUUUCAUGUUAUAAAUGACUACCUAUAUGUACACACUUUAUAAUAUAUGAAAGGUGCCCAUCUUUAAUAUGGAGCUUUUUGCUUCAUUUGGGCAAAUGUACUAACAAAUCUAUUUGAAACUGACAUAAGGUAUUAUGUGUUUACAAUGUUGUUUACCAAUUAAUUUUCUCUUUUAUACAUAUCAUUGUAUGAUUACUGCUAUUUGUAUAGACAAUUAUGUCACUUUUCUUAGUAUAAAUCAUCGUUCCUGUAUGCACUCUAAUAAUCAUACAAUAUGCCCAUUCACUACAUGGAGUUUUCAGCUUCAACUGGGCAAAUGCAUCGAAUACAAUCAAGCAGGAAAAUGAAUGCUGAAAUACCGGAAGUGACGUCAGACGCCGGCCACUCGAACUUCCGCCCAUGUGACCGGCAAUUAGAAUAAGCAGUGAUUUUAAAAUGGAACAGCAGCUGGAUGUUUUAUGCACUGAUGAAAACUCGGACUGAGUUGAAACGCGUCUGCAUGACUGUGAUUCUGUGUGUCACCAUACACCACGAGUUACUAUUUUAAUUUUUAAUUUUUACUUACAAUAAAUUUAUUAUUUUUUAUUCAUCCUUCUGCUGCUGUUUUUUCCUACUUCUGGGGGAUAUUAUUCAAGAUUCUCCACAGAGCCUUCUGAGGCACCCUUGGGCACCAUAUACAGAGCCUGGCACGGCUCUGAAAUCCGUGAGUGUAUUCAAUCACUUCCAUAUUUCCUUCUUCUGUAUAUACAGGCUAUACUAUGUACUAUUUUUUAUCUUUAUAGGUUUUUAUAUGGACCAUCUCCUAUAUGUACCUGUACAUGUAUAAGUAUUAUUAUUGCCUGUUUUGAUACACAGGGAGUGGUGUGUGUAUUUGGCACUUGUUGCUUUUAGUAUCAUUAGUUGGUGGCUGGGAAUGGUUUUUUAAGAUUGGGAGCAGAUGUAAAUGGCUAAUUGAUGUGUAUGUGUGUCAAUAUGUGCCUGUGUAUCUGUGUGUAUCUAUAUGUUGUCAGUGUGUGUAUCUGCAUGUGUGUAUAUUUGUGUUUAUCUACAUGUGUGUUUGUAUCUGUGUAUGUGUAUCUGCAUGUUUGUCAGGUUGUGUAUCUGUAUCUGUGUGACUGUAUCUGUGUGUGUCAGGCUGUGUAUAUGUGUCUGUAUUGCUGUGUGACUCUAUAUGAUGUGUGUGUGUGUAUCUGUAUCUGCAUGUGUAUAUAUGUGUGUCUGUGUAUCUGCUUGUGUGUUAGUGUUUGUAUCUGUGUGUAUGUUUAUCUGCAUGUCUGUCAGGUUGUGGAUCUGUGUGUCAGUGCGUGUAUCUGUAUGUUGUCACUGUGUGUAUAUGCAUGUGUGUCUGUGUUUCUCCAUGUGUGUCACUGGGUCUGUGUUUCUGCGUGUGUGUCAGGUUAUGUAUCUGUGUCAGUCUGUGCAUCUGUGUGACUGUAUCUGUAUGUGUUUCGGUGUGUGUAUAUGUGUCUGUAUAUCUGUAUGUGUAUCAGUGUGCAUAUCUCUGUAUCUGCAUGUGUAUCCAUAUGUGAGGUGUUUAUGUGCAUACCUCUCAGCAUUCAAAGGUACACACAAAUACAACCCUGCAUUCAAGCUUCAACACUACAUACAAGCACACCUCUGUGUUAAACACCAAAAUUAUAUAUAAACACACCCCUACAUUCACACAAACAUACUCCAUACAAAAACAUGCUUACAUUCAAAUACACAAACACUGCUAAGUGCUAAAUACAACCCUGCUAACUUUGGGCAUUUAGUGCAUACGAGAACACUUCAAAAGGGAUUAGUGCAUAGGUAACCAUGAUUGGAGCUGGUUAACGUGACUGCUAAUUAUCCUAGAUAGCUUAAUGUAUUUUGAUAGGGCUCCUUUUUUUUUCUCUCCCUUGCUUCAUAACAGAUAUACCGAUAGAGUAGUUGUUCUUUGUCCUGCAUGCUUGGAUGUAUGUGAACGGUGAAAUAAAGAGAAAUAGUAUAUUUCAUGAAAUAUUACUUUUUAGCAUUGAUCGGUAGUCCAGAUUGCUCUCGAUAGAUCAGGUUAUGUCUGUGUGUGUGUUGGCUGUGGGUACAAGCCGGUUCUGAAUUGUAACCUUGCCAUAGCGGUCAGCUGACUUGAAACCACUCUUUCUCCUUCAAUGUGUCCAUUGUAUGUAUGGAUUCAUUAUGUUUUAGACCAUUCCCUUUAUACAUUAUACAGUGUUGUAGUCCUUUUUCUAAAAAAAAAUAUUUUUUUUUCUUUCUUUGAUACUUUUAUUAGACCCUUGAAUGAUGGAAUUACAUCGUUGGAGAGCAGAUCAAAUUUACGCAUUUCCUCUCCUCUCUUGUAUAUAUUUCUAAUAAUGUAAAAUCCUUUUAAAUUCUUAGUUGUGCGUUCUGUGAACAUGUGGACACUGGGUGUCACUAUAAUUUAACUUUUUUUUUUGUGUAGUCUUAUUUUCACAUAUCAAACUGCUAACCUACAAUACUUCUUUUAAAGAUGACACAUAUUGUUGACCAAAAAAGACAGUAUAACUUACUUUUGCAGCACCAAUUCUUAUUGUGAUUUAAUUACUUCAAAAUUAAACUUUUAUUAAGUGUUCUAUUAUUAUAUCAUCAGCUCUUUAUAUCAGUUGAGUGUGGCUGACUAGUGAUACAAAAUACAUAAGGGCUUGGUCAACACACAAAUAUUUCAAAAUAAGCUGUGGAGCUUUUAAAUUAACAUACACCUACUGAUCAUCUACAAUAAUUGAGAUUUUGUAAAGUUACAACUGUAACAUGCUUUGCUCUACAUUGCUUGUAAAUAUGGUUUUAGCAAAUCUUUACCUGAUACUAGUAUUUAUAUAUUUGCAGGGCCGUUGCAAGUAUAUGCUCUGCCAUAUGAGCCAAUGCCAAUGCUGCACAGUGUCUUUUCUCUGAAAUGGCAGUGUGUUUACAUUUAAAAGCCUGCAGGGACAGGCUAUAGACACCAGAACAACUACAUCAAGCUGCAGUGGUUCUGAUGACUAGAGUGUCCCUUUAAUGUGAGGUAAAUUAGGGAUUAGUGUCACUAGUAAUAUACUGGAUUGCCUACUUACCACCUGAUGAGGACACGAGGAUGAUGAUGGGCUUAGGCUGCAGUCUGGCUCCACUGAUGUUAAAACAGGCUCUCUGGAGGCAGUGCUCACAAAAGUCUACAAACAGGAAGCAGCUUCAUUUUUUGGGGCCCCCUACAAAGAUCACAGUCUGGGUUCCCAGGGCCUGACCAUGAGUAUGCCUUCAAGGCCCGCCCAUAAGCCUUAUGCCUACAAAGACCACCCAUGAGUUCGCUCACAGGGAGUGGAGUGUAUGGGGAUGUGUUAUGUGUUAUUGUAGAGGAUGUAAUGUGUGUCUGUGUGUUCUUAUGGAAUGUAGUGUAUAGGGAUACCAGUUUGUGUAAGGGAUGUAGUGUAUAGGGGAUGCAGUGUGUGUGUGUUAAGGAUGCAUUGUGUGAAUCUGUGUUUUUAUGUGUAAGGAUUGCAAGGUGUGUAUGUAAUGUAAUGUAAUGAAGUGUGUGUGUCUGUAAGAGAUGCAUUAAGAGAAGCAUUGUGUGUGUGUGUGUGUGUAAGGGAUGCAUGGUGUGUUUCUUUGUGAGUGUAGGAUGCAUCGUAUGUUUCGGUGUGUUUGUAUGUGAGUAGGGAAGCAUUGCAUGUUUCUGUGCAUGUAGGUGUGUAUGUGUAAAGAUGGAUUGUGUAUGUGUGUAGUGGGAAAGUGAGGGUUUAUGGGGUAGGAUAGGGGCUGAGAGGGGAGCAACUCUUUAAUUGUAUUUUUUUUGUAUAUUUUUCUUUAGGUUUUGUGUCUUACACCCCCCUUUAGUGUAUCUCUUACAAGCCCCUUAUGUGUCUCUUAUCCCCCCUCUUUGUAUGUCUCCUAAAUCCUCCCAAUCUCUUUGUGUGUCUUACUCCCCCGUCCCUUAAUGAUCUCUUCCAUUUUCACCGUCCCUUAGUGUUCUCAUCUCCACUUCUCCCCUUGUCCCUUAGAUGUCUCCCCUCCUGUCCAUUAGCGUUGUCCCCUCCCCUCCCCUCCUGUCCCUUAGUGCUCUCCCCUCUCCUCCUGCCCCUUAGUGCUCUCCCAUCCUUUAGUGCUCUCCCCUCCCCACCUGUCCCUUAGUGCUCUCCCCUGUCCCUUAGUGCUCUCCCCUUCUCCCCUGUCCCUUAGUGCUCUCCCAUCCUUUAGUGAUCUACCCUCCCCAUCUGUCCCUUAGUGCUCUCCCCUUCUCCCCUGUCCCUUAGUGCUCUCCCCUUCUUCCCUGUCCCUUAGUGCUCUCCUCUGCUCCCCUGUCCCUUAGUAAUCUCACCUCCCCUCAGUGCUCCCCCUGACCUGUCCCAUCCUUUAUGCUCUCCCCUGCCCCCCUAUCUCUUAAUGCUCUCCCUACCCACGUUCCCAUAGUGCUCUCCCUCCCCCCUGUCCCUUAGAGUUCUCUCCCAUCUUUCCCUUAGUGGUUCUCCUCCUCCCCCAUUUUCCCUUAGUGGUCUCCCCCCAUCUUUCCCUCUUUCUCCCUCCCAUCUUUCCCUUAGUGGUCUCUCCUUGGGGGAUGUUCAUCAGUGUUCUGAAAGUGGCUGUUAAAUGUCAUCAUUAUUUUGAUUGUAUUUAUUACAAUUAUCUAAAAAGCUAUCUUCAAAGUGAAUGUCUUGCACAAAUGUCUAUUUCAUAAGACUGCCAAAUUUAUAGUGGCAUAAUUGAUCUUUUGUGUCUUUCUGUUGUGCUGAUGAAAAAAAUUACACAUAAUCAAAAAUAAUUUUCAGAGUGGAAAAAAAAGGUUAAAAAAAAUCUGACAGAUUUAAUUAAUUACACCAACAAUUUUAUGAAAAUCUAAAGUAAAGGUAUCGGUGACACUUUGGUAAAUCUCCCAGAGUUUAUAACCCCCAACAGUCCUGAUUUCGGGGUCCUGUCCCGCUUUAGUUAUCCAGUGUCCCACCUCCAGGGACACAAGGGGAACUAUCCUCUUGCUACCAGCCAGACAGACCACUUCCGUCCUUCAGUUGGCGCGUCCACUCCUUCUCUGGGCGGAUCUGACCAUUGUGGGAAUCGCCAGUGGUACAAGUCACAUCACUUCUGGCACCCUGUUGGGAUGUAUGCCAGUCAAUUUGUCUCUUGUGAAUGCAAGAAACAGUGACCACACUGUGCACCAGGAGCUUUGAUGGAACAGGUGAAUGUUUUGAUAAGCAGGGUACCAGCAGGUGAAAAUACAAAGAUUUAGAAAGAAAACAAAAACAGAAAAAAAGGAGAGUGGCACAGCUAAGCCCUAUAUACAGUAUUGCUUGCUGUUCUUCAUGGGGUUUGGACCUAAUUUGCUGAAAAAGAGUCUCCUGUUAGACAUGAAACUUGUACUUUCUGGCUUAGUGGUGUCCCCCAGUUAUUUGGAUUUAUUUUCCUUGUACGUUUAUUUUGUUUACUGCCUGGUGCAUUUCUAUUAUAUUUUUCCACAGUAAGAGAUUCUCAAGAGUGCAAUAUGUUACUAAUUUUUCACUUACACUUACAAGAGUAACAGCCUGGGUAGUCGAGCUGGUACCUGAUAUUACUGCAAGGACGGUACUAGGUAGUGGAACAGAUUUAGGGGUCUUUCCCACUGAAAUCCUUUGGGUCUACACAGGAAUUGAAGCUUCCGUAUAAUUAAACUCCUCUGCACUUGUGUUGCCUAGGUAGGGAGUAAAGGUGCAUAGUAAGAUUCUUCUGUAAUGAGUUGUCCUCUUUGACACCAGUAAUGAGUCACCUAAGCUAGGAACACCAGAGAAAGGGUUAACCACACAUAUUUUAAAACAUUAGAAAGAUUGCCUAUUAACAAAAGGAAAACAUCUAAAACAUGUCUCAAUAUGUCUAAAUCUGAUACUUUUCUAGUGAUGCCCUUCUCAACCAGGAAGUGGUCUCAUAGAUUUAGAAUGACUUUGUGUGUUAAUGCACAAUGUGGUUAAAGGUGUGAGCUCUGUCCUCCAGUGAUGUAAACAUCUUGCCAGUCACAGAUAAAUUGAAUCAACCUGUGAACACCCUCUACUCAUUCCAGUGUAGUUUCAUAUAACCUGAUUUUUGGGACACGUUUGCACAUGAAUUGUAUCAGCUGGAAUUCCAGGCUACAUUUUGUUUCUCAAAUUCCCCAACUACUAGCAGCAAUAGACUGCAAUUGACACAAUUGCUUGAUCUGUCUUGCUUACCUUCUAGGAUUCAUUGUAUGUAAUAGCUGCGUAACAACAAUGGUGUGUUGCUAUAAUUGAAAGGAUUUUGUAGUUUUCCUUGUUUCUUUGUAGUAUGCAUACUGUGUGUGUGUGUGUGUGUGUGUGUGUGUGUGUAUAUAUAUGUAUAUAUUAUAAUAUGUGUGUGUGUGUGUGUGUAUAUAUAAUAUCUAUAGAGAGAGAGAAUUAUGGACAUUGGUAAGCUUCUAAUGAAUUUAGCGGAUUACAACAACACAAUUGAAGUUGAAGUUUUAGGGUUUAUAGGGUCUAUAAAAAAAAUCCUCCCCAAUUCUCUAACUAUUUUUUGGAUAGAUAAAUGACAGAGUAUGCAAAAGAGAAGAAACGGUUUAUAAUCUCACAGAUACCACAUCAUCUGUGAUACAUGCUAGAGGCAAUGGUAUGGCUUGGGCUUGUAUGGUGGCCUAUGAAACUGGGUUACUUGUGUUAUUGGUGAUUUGACAGAAGCAGCAGGAUACAUUCUAAAUAGUAUAGGGCUAUACUAUUUGCUCACAUUCAUGUAAAAUUGAGAAUGGUGCUUAAGAAUAGAGAUGAACAGUGACAUAAAAGCAAACAAAGAAAUUCCCCUCCAUUGCUGAAUUAAAUAUUAAAAUAAAAACCUCCCCCUCUCCAAUCCCACUCUCUCUCUCUCCCCAAUACCUUUUUUUUUGUUGUUGCAGGUACAUACACCCUGUUCCAAAUUAUUAUGCAAAUUCUAUUCUAAGUGUCACAAAGAUUAAAUAUUUUGUUUUUCAGUUUAGCUCAUGGAUGGCAUUGUGUCUCAGGGCUCUUUUGAUCACUGAAAACAAUCUCGGACACCUGUGAUAAUUAGAUUGCCAGGUGAGCCCAAUUUAAGGAAAAACUACUAAAGGAGGGUGUUCCACAUUAUUAAGCAGAGCACCAUUUUCAUGCAAUAUGGGGAAGAAAAAGUAUCUCUCUGCUGCCGAAAAGAGUGAAAUCGUUCAGUGCCUUGGACGAGGUAUGAAAACAUGAGAUAUUUCACGAAAACUUAAGCGUGAUCAUCGCACUAUUUUUAAGAGAUUUGUGGCUGAUUCAGAGGACAUAUGGUUUUAGUGCAGAUAAUGGCACAUUGAGGAAGAUUUCUGCCAGAUCCAUGCAUCCGAUCAAAAGAAGAGCAGCUGCUAAAAUACCAUUACAUAGUAGCAAACAGAUAUUUGAAGCUGCUGGUGCCUCUGGAGUCCCACACACAUCAAGGUGUAGAGUCCUCCAGAGUCUUGCAACUGUGCAUAAGCCUUCUAUUCGACCACCACUAACCAAUACUCACAAGCAGAAACAGCUGCAUUGGGCAGAAAAAUACAUGAAGACUAAUUUUCAAACAGUCCUGUUAACUGAUAAGUGUUGUGCAACCCUGGAUGGUCCAGAUGGAUGGAGUAGUGGAUGGUUGGUGGACGGCCACCCUGUUCCAACAAGGCUGCGACGUCAGCAAGGCGGUGGUGGAGUCCUAUUUUGGGCCGGAAUCAUGGGAAGAGAACUGGUCGGCCUCUUUAUGGUCCCCGAAGGUGUAAAGAUGACCUCUGCAAAGUAUGUGGAGUUUCUGACUGACCACUUUCUUCCCUGGUACAGAAGGAAGAACUAUGCUUUACGUAAUAAAAUCAUCUUCAUGCAUGACAAUGCACCAUCUCAUGCUGCAACGAACACCUCUGCAUCAAUGGCUGCUAUGGGGAUAAAAGUAGAGAAAGUCAUGGUGUGGCCUCCAUCCUCCUCUGACCUCAAUCCUAUUGAGAACCUUUGGAGCAUCCUCAAGCAAAAGAUCUAUGAGGGUGGGAGGCAGUUUACAUCCAAACAGCCGCUCUGGGAGGCUAUUCUGACAUCUUGCAAACAAAUUCAAGCAGAAACUGUCCAAAAUGUCACAAGUUCAAUGGAUGCAAGACUUGUGAAGCUGCUAUCAAAUAACGGGUCCUAUGUUAAAAUGUAAUGUGACCUGUUAAAAUGUUUAAAAAGUUAAAAUGUUUUUAUAAGUUUGAUUGAAAUAGCUUUUGAUUUCAGUAAAUAUGCUGCAAACACAACAAAUGACAAUUUUCAGUUCUUUACAACCUAAAAGUGUUUUGAAACUUACUGUGCAUAAUAAUUUGGAACAGUGCAUUGUAAGUUUGUUUAAAAAAAAAAAAUACUGUUAUCAUUAGGAGGUUUGUUCAAUAAAAUUUGAAUUGUACUCUUAAUAGUUGAUAACAUGAGAAUUAUGCUGACUGUUACCUCAAUUAUUUAGGUAAAUGAAAAAAAUAUAAUUUGCAUAAUUUGGAACAGGGUGUAUUAUAACGGAGUCUUUGGAGUUUUAUUGAGGAUAAUUUCACAAAGGAACAAUGAAUUAGCCAGAGAAAAAAGCCAAUUUAUUCAUCAACUCAUCAUGUCUGGCGAAGCUCAGUUUCAUUUAAAUGGCUUUGUCAAUAAGCAAAACUGUGAUUUCUGGGGUACAGAAAAUCCAUGGAUAAUUUAUCAGUGCCAAUUGCAACCUACCAAAUGCGCCAUGUGCGGGGUGAUCCUGCAGGAAGUCAUUCGAGCACUAGAGCUUUAAACAAUAACUAAUGUUUAAAGAAUGCAAUCAUAAUUGCCCAACUUUGCGAGGUGGCAAAUGAAGCUCAUUGGAAAGAUGUCACCGUAACUAGUCAGACAGAUCUCCAUUCAUUAAGCAUUAAUUAUAUGUAAUUUCAUUGAAAUUGGUUCAUUAAUAAAAAAAAAUGUAUCCUCCUUAAUAUCUCUACUCUGAAUUUUUGCCCACCCUGUAUAACUUUAUGCCAGUAAAUUUUACCUUAAUAACCUUUCUUUGUUUUAAAGCUAGUUUGAAGUUGAGUGUGUUGUAUUUUUUCUUAAUACUAUUGUUAGGAAUCUUUCAUUAAUUAUCUACCACUGGAUAGCUGUUUUUGUCCCUGAGCCUUUAAACCUAUAUUUCAGUGGUUUGCAUCUUUAAUGUGUUUUCCAGUGUUUCUAAUCGUGUCAGUCAGUAAAAUGACAGCAUUCCAAGGGUCUUCAUUAAUAAGAUGUGGUGGAUCGGUCCUAUCACGUUUUAUUUAUUAUUAUUUAGUUAUAAAUCUUUCCAAAAAUGUAAAGCUGUCAUGUUGUGGAAAGGGAAUUUUCUUUCCAUCCCCCCACCUAUCUUAAAUGUAUGGUAGUCACAUAAAGUGUCAUAGUCACUUUAGAUUUUUGACAGGUUUAAAUUAUCUUAUUGUACGCAUGUCAUUCUGCUAGCGUAGCAUCGAUCGAUUUUCAUAUGGAAAUCUUAAACACUCUUUUAAUUUAUGCUUUUUUAUCUUUUCUCAAUGCAGUUAUGAAUCACAGCUAAUUAUCACGUCAAUCGGCUCUUGUGAAUCUUGUCUCAUUAACCCCUUGCUGCUGGACUAGUCAGAAAAACUAUUAGACUGACACUUGUUGCUGCAGAUAGGUGUUUCUUUAUGUGCAGUGGAAUCACCGAAAUGGCUUCCAUUUUAGUGGCUCUAUGUUCAGAGAAAAGGCAGUGUUUACAGUGGUUCUUAGUAACACCUCUAGUAACACCUCUAGUGGCUGUCUCUCAGACAGCCACUAGAAGUACUUCCUAGUCCAGUGCUGCACAGCACCUAUGGUCAGCGUCUCCACGCUCUGCAUGGAGGCCUUGACCUUUCCUCAUAGAGAUGCAUUGAUUCAAUGCAUCUCUGAGGAGAUGCUGAUUGGUGCAGUGUUUUGCCGUUUAUGCGGAAAAGCCUCACAAUGCUUUCCUAUGGGAUCAUAGAUCAUCAGGAUUGAUUUACUCAGCGAUGGAGGCAGGCAAGCUGCUGUGAAACCGGCAUGACGUGGGAAAAAUGGUGAAUAAAAACGCCCUUCCCAUGCAAUCAGAGGGUGGGGCCGGUUACCUAAACAGACACAUUCAUAGACACGCACACAUAUUCACUGACACACACACUCCCUCUCACAAAUUAAUAUUUGUUUUAAUUUAAUUUACAAUGCUGGGAGAGCUGGAGUGGAUCCUUUCCCUGGGAUCCAGUGUGGCUGCUGUCAUCUUGCUGCUAUUUGCUCUGCUCGGUCUCGCGCCUUUUAGUGAAGUCAGGGCCGUAGUGAUGUUGUAUGCCAGCUCCAAGCAUCACAGCAGGGCACGCGGGAGAGCAGAGCAGGAAGAUGACGACUCUAAGGGGCAAGGCCAUGGGCAUCUAUGGCACUCUCUGUUUUUGUCAGAGUGUUGUGUCAAACUCAAAUGAUUUAAAACAGAGUUGGGUGAUUUCACCACUAGUCAACACCAUAACUGCUACAAUAGGCUGCAAUGUUUAUGGUGCUUAUUGUGUCCCUUUAAGUACAAGUCGAGUAUAUAAUAGUACAUUGUUGCUAAGUGGGUGUAUCUGGUGUAUAAACUAUCACCAAAGAAUUUAUUUUAAGAAUUAUUACAUUUAUUAUAAAUAUUUUACAAUUUAAGUAAUCGUGCAUAUUUGAUAAAAGAGAGCCUUGCUUGGUAAUAGAGGGCUUUCAACAUCACCGUUUCAAACAAGCAUUUGUUUUAACCUUUAUUUAUUUAUUUAUUCUUAAAAAAACAAAAAAAUUGUGGAAUGCUGGGAACUAAACAGCUCAAUUUAAGAAAUUCUUUAAGUUCUGAUUGGCUGCUGGUAUUGCAUGCUCCAGCAAUUGUGUUAUCAUUAAUCUCAUCAGUCUACAGUUGUGAUGUUCUCCUCCAAUGCUGUUCCCAUUGCCACAAACAACAAAACCUUCUAGUGAUAAUGAUAACCAGAUUUUCAAUUAUUUAGUUAAGUAAAAAUAUUAAACUUUCAAGUUUUUACGCAAAAAAGUAUUUUAACAGAUGGAGCUUUUUUUGUAUGGGGAAAGGAGUCUGAUUAUAUGAACAUCAGAACGCUGUCUAUUACAUUUCCUUAUCUGCUGAUUAAUUUAAUAGUUGUUUUUAAAUAUGUAUAUAUUUUCUUCCCUUAGGGGCUCCAGGUAUCAUCUCAUCCCCGUAUGCUGCAGCUGCUGGAUUUGCUCCAGCUAUUGGUUUCCCUCAGGCAGGUGAGGUUUGCCAAAAGAAGAGAUAUUUCAUUUUAUUAAUAAAGCACAUAAAACUCAAUUUUUGUGGGCAAUCUUUAUUAAUGUGCAUAAACACAUUCAGACAUUUUUAUAUGUAUCUUCAAGGUUUUUCCAUUAAAAAAAAGCAUCUAUUUCUGUAUAUUUCCUUCAAUGACUGGAACAACAGUUAAUUUAUUUUAACGUCCUCAUGCACACUCAUCCAUACACACAUGUCCUUUGUAUUGGCUUGUUUUAAAUAGCAGUUCUACUAUAAGCCAGAUAGCCCCCGUCUGUCCUUCAGCCAAGUAUCACAUGAUCCUAGUCAUCGUGAUAUUAAAAGCUGAAGAUCUGCCUGAUAGAUAUCCCGACUUAUAGAUUUAGAACUCUGUAGAUGGUUCCAUGCAUUAACAAACUUUUCCUAAUAGUGGUGACAGGAGCCAAUUGAUAAUAAGAAAUAAUUAAACUAUAUCUUCAAAGUGUUGUUUUGGAGACCGUAUGACAAUUGAUUUCCUAUUGAUGAAGUAAAGUAUAAAACCUUUUUUUCUUUUCAGGCCUUUCGAUGCAGGGUGUUCCAGGAGGUGCCCUGGGCCCACUUGCGCUCACCACUUCUGCCAUCACUGGACGUAUGGUUGGAAUAACUGCAAUGCCAGGACACUCUGUUUUGUUGGUCAGCAACCUAAACCCCGAUGUAAGCUGCUUUCUUGGUAUAACUGUAUAAGUAGCUAUAACUCUGUAUAAUUACGUUUUCUAGGGUCUAGGGACAAUUGCAGAGUACCUUGGCUGCAAUGCUAUGAAGAAAUAAAGCAUUAGUCUUUAUAAUUGGACAUAAUUCACUUCUGGAGUGUUGGACAUAACCGGGUUCAAACUUUUCACUCUCCCGGCAAAUACUGUAUAAAAUGGGUUCUCGCUGCCUGCUGGAUCCACUAUAUUGUUAAAAGGCUGCAGUUGAAUUUGGCUUGACAGGCCGUUGCCUUUUUUUUGCAGCUCUGGCCUUUAAAGGGUCGCUAUAACUGGCAAGGUGUAUGCAUUUUUUUCAAAGACCAUAGAAGGUGCCAUUUGCGUGUGUAAGGUGGUAAAUAUCGUAUAGUGUCCCAUACUCCACAGUGGAAGAAUUGUUUUUGAGGGAUUUUACUGCACAUAUUUUGAACUACUCUGUAAAUAGUGGGAGACUUACGAAGGGGUUGAUCCUAUAAUCUAAUAAAUCCCCAAUACUUCAUUACUUUUCCCGUGUCUAGUGUUAUAAAAUAGAUUACUCAGUUAAAAGCUAUUUUUGAAGUUCAGUGGACUGAAUUUUGUUAUUUUGAUGUACUGGUAUAUAUGUGUCUGUAUGUCGAUAUAAAUAUAUUGUGUGUGUGUUUUGUAUAGAUACACAUCAGUUUUUAAAAAAAAUUUUAUUGUAAUCUUUGUUGUAUUAUGCAAAUUUAUAGAGAGCACAUGUAAAAAGAAAAAAAACAUCUGGCACACAUACUUAAAAAAAAUAAAUAAAUAGCUUUCUUCACUAAGAAGAUGGUCCUUUAAUGUAUUUCAGUUGUUGCCAGUCUGUAUUCGGUCCUACCAUCCUUAUAUGUUUAUCUCCCACAGGUUAUAUUACCUCACAGUCUCUUUAUCUUGUUUGGUAAGUUACUGAAUUUUCACAUUUACUCUUUUAAUUGUGGUGUAACCUGUAUAUAUACCUUCCAAAAGUGGAGGCCUGUCCAUAGAGGCACUUGGGGCAGCGUCCCACUAGGUUUUAUGUCAGGACAAAAAUUAUUUGCAGUAGGUUAGAAAUUCUAAACUUCCUUUUCUGGUGGGGCAGGUGGUAAGCCAAAAAAAAUAUUGGCACUGGGCUGUCUGUCAUUAUUAUUUGAUAACUCCUACUGCACAUAGCCACCAUCUUCUUUAAAGUGCUCAAUCAGUCUAUAGAGACACGAGACACUCAUGUUGUGAAGCUUAAAACUGCAGGACUAUGACUGUGACUCUGAGAACUGAUAUGAUUCUGUUUUAAUCUGUAAUGUUUGCUGCUUCUGUUAACCAUAUCAGCUACUGUAUAUUCAUUAUAUUGCUUGCUGCAAAGGUAAAAGCAGUAUCCUGCUGCUUUAACCCUGUGUACACUAUGUGCUGAGAGCUAAUUGUGAGUUAGUAGUAGCUGACAUGGGUGGCGUCUAUCAGUAUCUUGAUGCUUUAACCGUGUGCACACUGUGUGCUGAGAGCUAAUGCAGUCGCUGACAUGUUUCAUAACUGCAGCAAUAUUUAAUAGGAAGCUAAAGGUACUAUAGCAGGAGAACUACUAAGAAAAUAGAGCUUUUUUUACCAGCUCCGUAUUAUCAAUCAAGUGAUCCUGGCUGUGUGAGAUAGUUAUGAGUAUCCUCUUAUUGCUCCCAGCUCUGUAUGUUAUUCUCUGUAUUUUACUCAGUUCUGCCUGUUGUAUGGGUAUCUCUGCAGUCUACCCAGCUCUGUAUAUUGUAAAGGUAUCUUUGUCUUGUGCCCCGUACUGUGUAUUAUAUAUCUAUUUUUCCUCAUCUAUGUGUGUUGUAUGGUUAUAUCUGUCUGAUACCUCCUCCCUUUGUCCUGUCUUUGUUGAAGUCCCCCAAAGCUCUGUCCUUGGUCCUCUUCUAUUUUCUUUUUAUACUGCCUCUCUUGGCAAAGUUAUUACCUCAUUUGGAUUCCACUACCACCUGUACGCAGAUGACACCCAGAUAUAGCUCUCUUCCCCGGACCUCUCCCCUGCUGUCCUGCAACGUGUUACUGCUUGCCUUUCUUCCAUCUCUGAUUGGAUGUCCUCCCGCUUUCUGAAACUAAAUCUCUCUAAAACUGAGCUAAUUGUCUUUUGUCCUCCUAAUGCUGAUCCUCCUCUUUCAUUCUCCCUUCAAGUUAGUGGUAUCCACAUCAGUCAAUCCUUGCAAGCACGUUGUCUUGGUGUCAUACUUGAUUUUGGCCUCAACUUUGAGCCUCACAUCCAGCAUAUUACCAAAUCCUGUAGAUUCCAUCUUAAAAACAUAGCCCGCAUCCGCCCCUUUCCUAUGCAAGAUGCUACUAAGGAGCGUGUCCAUGCUCUAAUAAUUUCCCGCAUGGAUUAUUGUAACCCUCUACUAAUUGGUCUUCCCAAAAACCAUGUUGAAUGCUGCCGCCAGACAGAUUUUCCUCUCUAGUCGAUCCUCUCACACCUCACCCCUCUGACAAUCUUUAUGUUAACUUCCUGUAUCCUAUAGGAGUCAAUUCAAAGUGCUAACCCAUACCUAUAAAGCAUUGACCAAUUCUAGCCCCUCUUAUCUCUUCACAGAUACUAAAUAAAAAUUAGUAACAUUCAUCAUGAAUGCACCAUUUUGCAAACAUUCAUUUUAUAGCAGCUACACACACACAUAGAAUGUCAAGAUAAAGACGGUGCAGAGAAAAAUGACACUCAGACCAUUUCACCUAAUUUGAGCCUCGUUUUAAGAUUUUCAAACAAUCACGAUCUGUUACAAAAACUUUUCAAAUUAUAUUUAUCCAAAAAUUCACGCAGACCUUAACGCUGACUUCUGUAGACAUUUAACUUGGAAAUUUUUUUUUCCAGAUCAUGAUUAUAUAGGUAUCUAGGUUUCUAUCCCAUUCACUAUAUGGUUGAACAAAAAUUAUAUCCAGAUCCCUUUUCCUUAUGUUACUUGCCGUAACAAUGUGGCAAAUAAUGUGGAGUCUAACCCUGGUCCGCCAGCUAAUUCUAGUCCUAAUCUCCCCACUAAAAAAAGGCCUCUCUUUUGUGCACUGCAAUAUACGUAGCUUGCUCCGUAAACUGGAUGUACUAUAAGCCUGGUGUUUUACAAACCAAAAAUCAUUGUGCUUUCGGAAUCAUGGUUAAUGGCUAAAACAAACUUUGGCCAGUGUUUGUGAUUUAGUGGCUACUAGACUGGAUUUAUUACCCAUUUGCAAUACAUUGGGUUGUCUACUAUUGUAAAUGGUAUGUCCUCAUGGGGAUAAUUCUCAUUCCUAGGCUACCAUAUGGUCUCAAAGGCAACGUAACCAAUCGGGCGAAUUUCAAUGUGAAAAAACGGAAAAAUUUAACAUGCUAUAUUUGACCCUGUAACUUCCCAAAACACCAUAAAAUCUGUACAUAAGGGGAGGAACUGUUUUAGGGGUUAAGUGAUCUCAAGAACAUGCCAUGGCACAGACUAGGUCUAAUACCAGCUCUAGACGCUGCAAUUGCAUCUUGCAUGUUUGGAAUUUGCAUGCCCCUCUGUGUAAAGUGUGAAUAAAAGAACACACAUGCCCAGGGUUACAGCUGACCUCAUUCAAAUGUACCAGUUUCGAGAUUCACUGUGGCCAAAGUUAAAGUGUACUGGCUCCAUGAACGAUCACUGUACUUACAGACAAUGGCGAAAUGCAUGCACAAAACAAACAAAAAUGGCAAAGGCACAAAAUUUCAGUGAAAAUUUGAACAACAACCUAUCAAACCCAAGAAACAUCUGGAAAAACCAUAAAUAGCAUACAAACCCCCACAAUCCACUCCCAACCCUCCACUGUCAAAAUGGUCAACCAAAAACUGCAACACCCCUUAGAUGUAGCAAAUCUCUUUAAUAAUUAUUUUGUUGGAUGUGUGACCACCCUGGUUGCUAAGAUAACAAAUGACACUCAUUUUCAGACCGCAAAUAAAGAUCAGGCCCUAACAAAUCUUCAAACUCCUCAUAUAGAGAAAUUCAAUUUUAGACCUGUGCCAGUUAUUUCAUUUAAAAAUGAAAAACCAGUGUGGACCAGAUCAAAUCCCAGCAAUGUUGCUGAAGCUCAGUGCGCUAGCAAUUGCUAAACCUGUCACUAUCCUUAUUAAUGAAUCCCUGGUGUCAGGAUACAUACCCAAACUAUGGAAGACUGCAAAAGUUGUACCUAUCCAUAAAAGUGGGGACAAUAUUUUGGUAUCUAGCCAUCGCCAAUAUCAUGGCUCCCUGUAUUGUCAAAAAUCUUGGAGAAAUGCGUCCACACGCAACUAUGUGAAUAUUAUCAACGAUCAAAUUAUCUGACCCCUGAUCAAUCAGGCUUUCAUUCAAAUCACUCAACUUUCGACUGCCCUCUUAAAAGUUUGCAAUGACAUCCAAAUUGGCAUGGAACAAAGAGACUUAACUGGAGCCGUUUUCCUUGAUUUUGCCAAGGCCUUUGAUACAGUAGACCAUGGCAUUCUUUUGCAAAAACUUUAAAAUUUAGACAUUGAUGAUCGUCCACAAACCUGGUUUUGAUCGUAUGUUUCAGACCGAUUGCAAUAUGUGGCCAUUUCUGACAGCGCUUCCCUCUCUCUUCCAGUUAUGUAUGGUGUUCCCCAAGGCUCCAUACUCGGCCCCCUGCUAUUCACAUUAUUUAUAAAUAAUCUGCCUAACGUCUGCAAAUCCUCAACUGUACAUAUGUAUGCAGACGACACUGUAAUCUACGCUACUAAAAACACAAGCUACCGCAGCUUGAGGCUGUGCUCCAAAACUAUUUCACAGAGGUAGAAAAGUGGAUAGCGGAUAACAAACUCUUCAUAAACACUGACAAAACCGUUACAAUGAUCUUGGAACUGUACCUAAAUUGCGUAAGCUACAAAACCAACAAUUGUGUAUAAGAACAAAUUCAAAUAGCACACUGACAGCAGUCUGCUCUUUUAAAUACCUAGGUAUGUUGCUAGACCCCAAUCUAUCCUUUGGCCUUCACAUUGAAAAAAAUAUUUUCAAAACUUUUACCAAAACUAGGUUCUCUGUACAGAAACAAAUCCUGCCUGAGCCCUACAGUAAGGAAACAGUGCAACAAAUGCUAUUGCCGGUCAUUGAUUAUGGGGAUGUAGUGUAUGCACCCGCACCGCAAACCCACCUUAAUAAACUUAAUACGUUAUAUAAUUUGGUCUGCUGCUCCGUACUAGAAUGUAAUUACUUUACCCACCCCUGUGACAUGUUAAAAGAGCUACACUGGCUGUUGCUGGAAUCCCGACGCACUCUUCACCUUUCCAGACUUGUGCCUAAGAGCGUUUUAUGAGAAGCUCCCACCCUACCUGAGUAGCAUACUCUCCCCGGCUGUUCCCACCUCCUAUAACCUCCGAUCCAGUACUAGCACAAUAUUUAGCAUACCGCAAUACAAAAAUAAAGUGGCUCGAGUUUCCUUUUCCUAAAGAGCACCGCAAUUAUGGAAUAACCUCAGGGACACAGUCAAAUAUUCAUUUAAUCUAAAACCUUUUAAGAGAUCUAUGGCAAUAUACCUGAGCACAGAAUGCACCUGUCAUGAUUGACUAUUUUUAUUACCUGUUAUUUAUUAAAUUUAGUGUAUGUGUAUAUAUACAUAGUUUGUAUAUUGUAUAUUUGUAAUAUUGUAUCCUAUUGUAACAAUGCAAUGUUUUGUGGACCCAGGACAUACUUGAAAACGAGAGGAAUCUGAAUGUAUCCAUCCUGGUAAAAUAGUUUAUAAAUAAAUAAAUUUGAGAAGCUUAUUCAAAAAAAUUAAAUCAAGGCCUUUUUAAUAAGAACAUGCAUGCUUUUUUGUGCAUUUGUCAUUGACUUCUUUUAGAAUAUUCUUCCAUUUAGCUAGAUACUUAUACUUGACAAAGCAGAGAAUUGAAGCAAAGUUUAGAACACUAUCUUUUAGAACACAAUGCAAGUAAAUGGACCUUCAUGGUGUCCUACUGUGUCUCCUAUAAAGACAACUUGUGGUGAUAUGUGAAAUCUUAUUAAUUAUUUAUUUGUUUAUUUUUAAGGGGUAUAUGGGGAUGUCCACCGUGUGAAGAUACUGUUUAACAAAAAGGAGAAUGCACUGGUGCAGAUGGCAGAUGCAACCCAAGCACAACUUGGUAGGUAAACCAUCCUAUUUAAAUUGAUUUUGGUUUAUUAAAACUCUUUCUUAAACUCCCAUCUUCCUAUAAAUUAAGGAUAUAUUUUCACAACAAUAGAGAUUCAUUCACUCUUACUGUAUUGUGCACUAGCAUUGUAGCUAUUAAAGGUAAACUAUAGUCACCAGAACAACUUCAGCUUAAUGUAGUUGUUCUGGUGAGUAUAGUCAGUCCCUGCAGGCAAUUUCAUGUAAUCACUGCUUUUUCAGAGAAACACUCUUUCAGAGAAAAAGCUCUGUUUACAUUGCUCCCUAAGAACUCCUCCAAUGGCAGUCACUCAGACAGCCACUGGAUAUGCUUCCUGGGUCAGUGGUGCACAAGAAAGUAUUACCAAGACUCUCUGACCAACAAGUGGAAACCACGACAGGGCAUUGAGAAAAGGCAUUACAGGGUUUAAAUAUGCCUCUUGGUGCUGUGAUUGGUCAUUACAUGGCAUUUGACCCCAAAAUGUGUGUGCGUCGACAUUGUGACAUCACACACACGCCGGUGCCAUCUUUAAUGUGGGCCCUUUAUCAGUAAGAACAGGACCACAGUGGCUGGUGUCCUUUAGAACGCUGCACCAGCCAGGACCGUCUUUUGGGAUGAUCGAAUGGCACUCUGCCGCGAUCCAGGUGAGUUUAACUCUCCCUUUUUGGAGCAACCGCCCAGCUCAUGUGCGGCCGCGCCGAUCAGGGACUUACUUUUGUCUGAAGUAUCGGUAUGAGCGCAAUGAUCAGGCGUGGUCAUGCUGAUACGAACCCCCUGCUCAGUGACAGCUCUGCAUGGAGAUGCUGAACUUUCCCCACAGAAAUGCAUUGAUUCAAUGCAUCUUUAUGGGGAGAUGCGGAUUGGCCAGCACAGUUUCUGGCCCCUUCGCUUCCUCUUUGGCUGAGAUCAUCAGUAUUUACGAUCUCAGACAAUUCAAUACUUUUGCUAGCGGCAGACCUGCGCAGCGCUGGAAUAAAGGUAAGUUUCUACCUUUUCUAACGGGGGUAGUUGGCAGUUAGUUGGUUUUUUAACACUAUAAGGUCAGGAAUACACAUUUGUGUUCCUGAUCCUAUAUUAUUCCAUUAAUAUGUUUUGAUGAAAACUGACGAUGCCACUGGAUAGUUGAACCAUAUACACCUAAUAAAAAUAACCAUGUAUUAACACGUGUUCCCUAUCUAUUUAUAAAAAUGUGUUUGGUCUAAAUUGUUUCCUUUUUAGCCAUGAGUCACUUAAAUGGACAAAGACUUCAUGGAAGGGUACUGCGAAUUACCCUCUCCAAGCAUCAGGCUGUCCAGCUUCCCCGAGAGGGUCAUGAAGACCAAGGUCUAACCAAGGAUUAUACGAAUAGCCCACUGCAUCGCUUCAAGAAACCUGGAUCAAAGAACUUCCAGAAUAUCUUCCCACCUUCAGCAACUUUGCAUCUGUCAAAUAUUCCGUAUGUAUCAGAAUUAAACACAGUCUUUUCAUGAACUUUAAGAUUUAUGGCUUACUAAUAUGUAGGAAAGUAAAACAGUAUGCUAUGAUAAAAUAAAUUUUUAUUUUUGGUUCUUCCUGUGGGAAUACUGUGCAUAUUCCUUUACUCCUGUACAGCAGGACUUUCUGACAGUUGUUGAAUACUUCCCUCCAAGGUGAAUUUAAACUGUAAUGGACAUGUAAUACCAAUUGUAAGCUGUAGCAACGCUAGCAAGCAUCUAUGCCAGUGCUUCCUAACAAAAAAAUUGGGUCCACAUGCAAUUUUUUUUUUUUUUUUUUUGUGGUUACUAAUUUUUUGGCAUAGGCACGUCAUAUUCAUCCGGUGCAUGAUAACUGCCAGUAUUACUAUUUUCACCAGUGUAAUAAAUGCAGCACAUCAGAAAGAUGUGCUGCAUGUGUACAGAAUGUGUGUGCUGCAUGUAUAUAGGAUGUAGGUAAUGUACACAAUAUCAAAUUAGAACGCUAUCUUCUAAACAGCUUAAAGAUGAACAUUUUCUUAAUUUUUUUUUUUAACCAUUUAGUAGAUAGCUAUCUAAUUAGGUGCCCUUAUGUGGGUUUGCUAUUUUAAGUCCACAUUAGGAGCUAUUUACUAAACACAACUGCUCCCUAAUUUGGUACCCUUAAUUAUGGAAAUCCGACGUAAUGAUACCAAAUUAGGGAUCUAUCUACUAAACUGAAAGGUCAAAUUUUAGGUUUGUAAUAAAAUAGAUUUUGAACAAAAGGAAUAGCUUAUGGCUAUUCAUUUUUACUUGGUUUUCUCAUUAAUUGAAAGUUGUCCAUGCAGCAAGUAUUGUGAAAAUAUUGCAUAUAUUGUAUCAUCAUUUUGAUUUUCCUUUGACUAAACACAUUGGAAUAAACAGUCCCAGCAUGUCCUGAGUAUGCUCUGUAAACUAGGAAAGUAAUUUCAAUGUUUUGUCUUUGACACAGGCCUUCAGUUACUGAUGAUGAUCUCAAGAGACUAUUUGCUAGCACUGGUUGUUCGGUCAAGGCCUUCAAAUUCUUCCAGUAAGUGUUUCUGUACUCUGUUUAAAAACAUUACCUUGUAUACUGAUAUACUCAGUGCUGUCACAUUUCAAAUUUAUUUAUAAAGCUAGAACCUUUAUGGAAAACUCAGAAAGCCAUAGCAUUGGGUUUAAAUGCCAACACAAUACACACUUGUUACAUAAACACUGCACAAGGAAAGUAGAGGUUGCUAAUAUAGUUUCUUUGCAUUUUAAAGGGACACUAUAGUCACCAGAACAAGUGCUUAUUGUAUUUGUUCUGGUGAGGAGAAUCAUUACCGUCAGGCUUUUUUCAGUAAACACUGUCUUACAAUACAGCGUAGUGAUAACUCCACUGGCCGCUCCUCAGAUGGCUACUCAAGGUGCUUUCUGGGACAAUGCUGCAUAGUGUGCAGUACUGCCAUUCAGUGUCUCCACCCUCUGCAUGCAGACACUGAAUUUUUCUCAUAGAGAUGCAUUGAUGCAAUGUAUCUCUAUGAGGAGAUGCUGAUGGGCCAGGACAGUAUUUGACUUGUACUGGCUCUGCCCCUGAUCUGCCUCCUUGACAGUCCUAUGGGAAAGCAUUGUGAUUGGCUCAGUACUGAUGAUGUCAGCAAGCAGGUCAGGGACAGAGGCAGCCGUUGCAGACUUGAAUCUAAGUAAGAUUUUACUAUAUUUAGGGAGGCAAGAGGGGGCCAGGAAGGCUAGAUGGUGGUUUUAACACUAUAGGGUCAAGAAUACAUGUUUGUGUUCCUGACUCUCUAUAGUGUUCCUUUAAGGUCUAUGAAAGACAGUAAAAGUAUGGAUGUAUUCUUGGUGUACAUAUAUAUAUUCUACCAACAUUUUUUUAUAUAGUGUUUGCCAAUGUAUUUUUAUAUGCAAAUUGUUUUUAUUAUAGACUUUUUAUUUUUUAAAUCCUCCAGCGGUUUGCUAUAACAAAAUCCUGUAUUUUUUUUUCUUUUUGUAGAAAAGAUCGAAAGAUGGCAUUAAUCCAGCUUGGAUCUGUGGAAGAAGCUAUUCUGGCUUUAAUUGAACUGCACAACCAUGACUUGGGAGAGAACCACCAUCUGCGCGUUUCUUUCUCCAAAUCCAUGAUAUGA